CUCUACGCAAUCCCGUGGUUUCUUACAAUGUUUACACGUAAGUUCUAUUAUUUUGCUUUACACUGUACAUUGCUUUUCUCCUGUGUCUCUUUUGCCAAUUAUUCUCUACGGUUGCAUCUUGUUGAAUUUCAUUUUGUUCUGUGCAUGGCAAAUAAUAAAUGUCAUUUCGGUUUCAGUUAGGGGCAGUUCCACCGUGCUAUGGAAGGGUUAGAAGGUUGUAGACAAAUGAAAGUGGAUGUGUAAUUGAAACAGAGCAGCAGAUAAUAGUAGAAUAGGGAUAAACUGGAUCUCUGCGGAAUGUGGACUUUGGUGUAAUAGGAGUUCAGUGAAGGUGGAAGAUUAAAGGCUACAGGGCCAUUUUCGUGCCUGCUGAUGUCGCGGGUUCUUUCAGCAGGCAUCUUGUCUUAUAACUACCUUUCUCAUACUGUGAGCAGGUUGAGUGAAGAACUCUUGUCAGGUUUGAUUAAAUAAUUAAUUUCUCGAUGUGAAAAUGACUUGCGUCAUCCAGGCAGAGACUCGAGAGCCAAAUUUGCAAGUAAAUCAUGCAGCCCCUCACAGUACCCGUGCACAAAGAGGAUCUUCUCUCUCCUGUUCAUUUCACAUUAGCCAAAACUCUCUUUGGAAAGCAAUUUAUUAUUCUCUGAAUGGCAUUUCAAUUGGAGAUGCUGACUGUGAACCUUUAAUAGGUUAAACAAAAAUCAGGACAAAUGCUUCCCAACUGUAAGUGCAAGUCACUAGAGGUUUCUAGAACCAGAGUGAUUUAAUGGCACCGUGAAAUCUCUGCCGUGUACAGUUAUUAUUAUUAUUAAUAUUAUUGGUAUAAUAGGUAGUUGAGGACCCUGCUCAAACGAGCUUACAAUCUGUUUUGUAAGUUAGAAUUUCUUAGUCAUGCAGUAUUUUAGUUCUGGUAAGGGGUUAUUUAAAAAGACAGCAGUCACAGAAUAAUAAAGAUUAAAGGCAAAUCUUAUCCUAUCACAUAUAUGAACUUUACAUAUGCCUUCUAUAUGUAAUAUGGAUGACAUAUACACGUCAUCAGAAGCAUUGGUACACAAAUAGUAAUGCCUAGUAUCCCGGGCCACACACAACAUUGUGAGAUUGCACCUUUCUUGGCUAUUUUUACCUCUAUGCCAGUGGUUCUUACUAGUUUUGGCAUGGACCCAAAUGGUGUACAUAUCAUAACCACUGCCACCCUUUCUUGAACUGUAAAAUUAGCUCCCAUAUGUCCAGCCAAAUGAAUAUGCAUUACUAUUAAAAUGGUAUUAUAAUAAAGUGAAUUAAUAUUAUUAUUAUUAUUAUGCUUUCUAGAGCCACUAGGAAGGCAGUGUCACUAUAAUACAAUACAUAGUGCAGUGCUGGUUUUACAUGCAAGGUGACUCUCAGAAUUCUAAGGCACCGCCCCCACACACAAACACAAGCAGAUCAAAUACGUUUAAUGGAUUUAUUAAACUGACAUUCCAGGCAUAAAAAAACAUAUGUUAGUAUUUGAAAACUGCAUAUGUAUAUAUGUAUGCAUGUGUAUUUAUCUGCUUGUAAUGUAUAGUGUGUGAAUCUGUGAUUACAGUGAAUGUAUGCAGCUGAGAUGAGAUGAGCACAGGGCUAAAGAUAAGUUACUAGGGUAAAGGGAAUGUAAGGUUUGAAAGGGGUUAACGUCACUGUUAGUGUAGAUACGGCGAGCUUGAGAGUACCAUUGUACUAUAAGAGUUUUAGGGAUAGAGUGGGGUUAAUUGUCGUAUUUGGGUAUAGGGGGUAUUUAGAAUUUUUGAGUGUACAGUGUUAGUUGGGUUAAAUGUAGUGUUGGGGUACAUGGGUAGUUAAAACUAGGGUUAAAGGUAAAGGGUUUUUGUUCAAAUUUGGGUCUAAGGAAAGGGUUUGUUUUCUUUUGCGGGGAGGGGGGAUUCAAUUAAGGUUAGGGAAAAGGUUUGCUUAGUGCAUGUUGAGUAUGAAGAGUUAUUUGCAAAGUACUUGCCCUGUAGUCCAGUCACCCUUAUAAGAAAGAUUGUUGGUCUGAAGUAGCAGUUUUACAGUGUGCAGCACUCAAUGCCUUCCCUGCUGCUCUUGCAAUACACUUCCUGUGUAAGAGGCUGAUAGUGGGAAAAUGGGAUCCCUUGCACCUUCUGUCCAGCCUCACACACAGACGCUGGAAGACCUGGAACAAGAAGAGUGUUAAGCCCUCUAUUAAUGUUCCUGCAGUUCUGCUAUAAAGCAUAGGAGGCUGACUAGACUGAAGAGGGCACUGAUCCUGGUACUUAUAAGACAGGCGCUGUAGACAGGUGUGUACUCUGCCCAAUGGGAAAUCCAGCCCUGAUUGCCUGGAGCUUUGGAAAUGUGCGAUAUGCUUACUUCAAUCAGUGUGGAUCCAUGAAAUAGCUGGCAACCUAAUUUGGGGUUCCGACCUAGGGGUUAAGAAACACUUCUCUACUCAUAAUAUGACAGUAAAAGAUAAAAAGGAAAAUGGUUAUGUAUAUUUUUAAUCUAUAGAUUUACUAGAAUUUUGACUAGGAAAAGGUACAGAUGAAACUACAUUCCCUAAAACAUUAUACCUUGUAAUUUUUGCAUGACCUGUGUGUUGAUUUUGCAGAGCCAGAGAGACAAUAAUAAUGGUUAGCUCUUCUUAAAGGUUUAUUCCAGACUAGUUGUUAACCCAUGUUCAUUUUGCUCUAUAUGGGUUGAAGACUACUGACCUUUACUGCCCCCCCUUAAAUAAAAAAUAAAUAAAUAAAUAAAGAUUUUUUGAAAAAAGGUGCAAACCUUCUUGAAAUCUGUGCCAUGACCGUGUUCCCAAAAGUGUUCCCCGCCCACUUAUCCAUCACGCUGCAUCAUCCAUUUUUGGCCCAAAGUUCAGUUAGAUUAUUUUCAUAGAGAAGCUUUGAUGGACCUCUGGCGCCACCUAUGGCAGUGUCUUCUUGCACGCCACAGGUGUCAAAGCGUUGCCACAGGUGUCAAAGCGUUGCCACAGGUUGCCAUGGCAACGCAAGCUGGGUUCAAUAAUCUAUUUUUUAUUUUUAAACCUGCUUACCCACCUAUAGCCCCUAUCCUGCACCAAGAACACACACAAUGCAUCCACUACACAGACACUGCAUUCACUACACACAGUCUUUCCACUACACAAACACACACUAUAUCUACUACACAGACACUGCAUCCUCUGCACAAACACACAUUGCAUCCACUACGCACACUGCUUGACAUCCACUACACACACUGUAUCUACUAUACACACACACAUUCUGCAUCCACCAUAUACACACACACUCUCUCUGCAUCCACUUUACUUAAAAUUGAGGAAGAUCUCAGGGGUGGCUUUGUGGUUGGACUCGGUGGCGAUUCUUGGGGCACCUAUGCCUAAAACUGUGUAAAAAGCCCUAAAAUUUCUGAUGGCAGCCCAGUCUGGCUCAUGCAUGGGAUGCACUGCACUCAAAGUGUAAUCAGCAAUUAAUUCUAGACAGUGGGAGGUAUUCAUUCUAGACAGUGGGAGGUAUGACUGGAGGCAGUGCCAAAAAAAGGGGAUGAAGUAAUAGUUCUAUUUUAAAAGGCAUUGAGGGCUGGACAGAGGAAGUUAUCGAGUGAGGGUGGAGGGAACAAGCAGAAUAUUGGACUGUGUGCACAUGAGCAGCAUGCAUAGAGUCCUACAGGCUACAUAUUGCAGGCACACUCACAGCACAGCCUGAAGAAGCUGAUUUAUUUUGUCAUUCAAGCGCAAUACAUUUUGACUUUAGAUAUAUUUUCUGUACAGAACUCACAUUAGGCAGAUUUGGACAGAGUCCAAAGCUGCUUAAGUGACGUGUACCUGAGAUGUGAUUAUAACCCGGCACAAAGCAGUUUUCUUUGUAUAAGCAUUGUUUCAAGCUGUAACUCUGCACAUACAGAUUGCUUGCACCAUGACCACUUCUAAAAUCAAAAGUUGUCAUGGUGGUUGCGGUAACCCUUAAUAAGGUUUGUAUAUACUCUUACUUGAAUACUGCCACAUUUGAAAAACCGCAAACCAUGUAACUUUCUGUUUUUUUUUUUUAUUUUCUGUUCAUUAGCAUGCACAAUUUGCAGAGCAGCGCAAGCCUUUUCUGUACAGAUUGGUUAGCAGGCUUAUCUCUUAGCCUCUCAUUUAAUUAUUGAAGCAGUGGGGACUGCACAAAAAGACGAUCUACAUGAAAAGGACAUUUUCAUCUGACUGCUAAUCUCCCAACGCUGAUCGGGCUUUUUAAACGUGCAAAUGGUUUGGGAAAGCAGUUUUCACUUCAAGGAAUUCCAGCCAUUAAUAAUUGAAUACAAACAUAAUAAUUACAGCUUCAUCCUUAGCCGCAGAUAGUCAGGAGGUUAGUGAAAUAAAGUGUUUUUGCUAAAGGGGAAGUUUUACUGAACUCUGACAUUGGCCUUUAACCUCUUAUUUAUCUGUACAUGUACAAGUGGAGAAUCGGCUAUAUUCAUAUUAGAAGAUAAAAGGCACUUUCCCUUUUAAAUGUUUCGGGAAGUAACAGAUCAUGUUGCAGCAGACACUGGUGUAUUGUCCUUGAAAUUGGACAAGACGUGUUAGAUGAAGAAUAGAAUAUAUUGGUAUGGGGUUAUACUCUUGAGCAUUAAAUUUGCAAUUAAUAUAUUUGUUUUGCCUGUGAAUAUAGGAUAGGGUAGUCCCUCGGAAUUUGACCCUGAAAUAGAAACCAAUCCAUCAUAUGUGUUUUUGGUAAACUUUAUAGUCAUGUUUAUCUGUACUGAGGCUUUUCUUUCACUCAUUACUGUUAAAGUUUUAAAUUUCCUCUGAUGCACAGAUAAUUAAAAAAAAGAUGUAAUAUUUGGUGGGAUGUUUACUGAGUUGGUAACCAGCAAUAUCUCUCAUUGCUGUACAAAAACCCAUCAUUUUAUCCUUUGUAAGCCAAUACAAUUAGAAUUAUUGAGCUGCUUAGAACCCAUGACUUAUGUAAAAACUAGAGAGGUAUAACUGUGUCUUCCCUGGGAGAUUAUUCACAGUAAAAGCAGACGAUCUUAUAUUCUUUGUAUAUCUUAAAUUAGAUCUGUUGGCGUAUUUUUUUUAAAACAUUUUGUGGGUUGUGUUUAAUGUAAAUCCCAAAGCUUUGUAAUUUACUUUAUUAGACCUCAAACAUUGCUAAAAUGUUCAAGCUUUUUGUUGAAUUCCACCUCCCGCUGAUCAGCUGCCCUGUUUUAGAACCUGACCGGAGGUUAUUUUCUUUUAAAAAAAAUCAUUAUGGUGUGUCUUUUAACUUGAGCUUAGUGAUACUUUGAAAUUUGCUUUCUAUUACCUUCAUAAUCUAUAAGAAGCAGUUUGGCAAAUUCAUUUUAUAAUCAAUAAAUGGAAAAGUGGAGCAGUGCAAAAAAUUUUUUUUCAUUAUUUUUUGUUUAUUUUUCUACUUGUGUGUGUGUGGUAUGCUGCAGUACAAUACCUAAGUAUGCAGCAGUAAUUUUCAUAUUAGUACAGAAUAUUAAAGCAAGCAUCUUAUGUACGGACUUCAGAGUCUCUUGCAUUCAGAAAAGUUGGGUUUCACCACAUUUUUCUCGUUUUCUGAAUAUUUAGCUCUACUUGUACCUCUGUAAUUUUAUUUUUUUUAAUUAAUUUGAUAUUGCUCAUCAUCUUGUGUAAGUGGUUCAUUGGAGUCUAAAAGUCAUAAUGGAUAUAUUUUAAUUGUACCACGAUUUCCUACAGUAUUCACUUUUUCAAUAUGGCUCAAUGACUAACAUAUAGGAAUUUGAGUUUCAAGGAACCCCAUUGCUUCAAGAAUACAAACAUGCAUGUCUAAAGCUAUAGCAUCCUAAUCACUAUUUAGAUUAAGCCCUUUUUGAGCUGUAAAAAUUAGUGAAAAAGAAAAGGUUUUUACUUGCCUUACUCCAGCGCUGACACUCACUUGAUGCUGACCCUCUUACUUUCCCCACCACGUCAUCCUGGAAGCAUCACUUCCUUGAUGAUCAUUAAAUCCAGUGCUUUUAAUAAAGAAGCAUUUGGCAUGCACACACUUCCUAUGGAAUGCUUUUCAUAUGGACUUAAUAAAUCCUUCCCUAUAAGCUGCAUUUGAUGGCAUACAAUGCGUGGGGACAUCACAUGACAAAGUAAAACUUGGUAGUUGCAGUGGAAGAGUGGCUGCUACCUGAUAUUGACUAUUUACAUAUCUCAUCAUCUCUGUACUGCGUUAACCUUGGCUAAUUUUAUCGUUUAUCCGUAUCUCUGCUGUUCUCGACCUUGGCAUUCUCUCUGACACUGUCCACCAUUAGUCUGGCCAAGGACCAUUACAUGGAAAGUUCAUUUGUUUGUUAUUUAGGUCUGUACGUUUAGAUUCCUCCCUGUUACUGACAGCCCCACGUCCACUAGCUGUAGUUAGCUAUGCAGACUAUGAUGCUUAAAUGUCCCAGCUAAACCCCAAGUUAUACAUAUGUUCUAGACCCCUAUGAAUUGUAUUCGCUCACCGACAUGUAUUUUCACUAUGUACACAAUUUUCUUUUUUGCUUUGCAGAUGUUUUUCCACUGCACAAGAUAUUCCACCUGUGGGACACAUUGCUUUUAGGAAACGCUUCAUUCCCAUUCUGCAUUGGAGUUGCUAUUUUGCAACAGCUGAGAGUCCGGCUUCUAGCAAAUGGAUUUAAUGAAUGUAUCCUUCUCUUUUCAGACCUUCCUGGUAAGCCAGCCCUUUACUUUUCUAUUGAAUGUAUAGCUCAUUUGUGAUAGCGUUUGUGAAUACUGAGCAUGUUAUUUAAACUGAGAAUUGUCAGAAAUUUAAAGUGAAUCUGAAAGUUCAGGCCAAAAUUUAAGUGAAAUGUAAGAUGAAACUUACAUUCAAAACUCUGCAAAAGUGAGAGUAAAGCAUGGCUUGAUUGAAUAGAAGUAAUACAGUCAAACAAGAAAAAUGGGCAAUGAGUCAAGGGGACAAUACUACAUCACACUAGCACCAAACCAGAGCCAGACAAGAAACAUGCAAACAUGGGAAUGAUGUGGGUUAGUUUGCACAUCCACAGGUCAUACAAUGGCAAAUCUCACAGAUGAUGUGAGUGAACAAUGCCAUGAUGCUGCUUGUCUCUGCCUGCACAGACUAGGGAUAGUAAACAAGGAACAGUCCACGUUCAGGUGUGUACAUGUGACACUGUUCAUAGCACUCCUGCUUGCAUAUGUAUACUGAAACUUAAGAAAUACAAUCUCGAAAUAUGAAAACACAUAAUAGUGUAGUAUAUUAAAACACCAAAUUUGCGCUGCAGGCUAAAAUGCACUCACACGAUGGUAAUUGAUUGUAGGCAUAUAGUUACAUAGUUAAAAAGAGACUUGCGUCCAUCAAGUUCAGCCUUCCACACAUUUUCUUUUUUGCUGUUGAUCCAAGAGAAGGCAGAAAAAAACCACUUUGAAGCACUUCCAAUUUUGCAAAAAACUAGGAUGAUAUUACUUCCUCACCCCAAAAUGGCAGUCAGAUUUAUCCUUGGUUCAAGCAGCUAUUAACCUACAUUGAAAAAUUAUAUCCUUGAAUAUUCUGUUUUUGCAAGUAUGAAUCUAGUAGCUGUUUGAACAUCUGUAUGGACUCUGAUAAAACCACUUCUUCAGGCAGAGAAUUCCACAUCCUGAUUGUUCUUACAGUAAAAAACCUUUCCUUUGCCUUAGACGAAAUCUUCUUUCUUCCAGUCUAAACGCAUGGCCUCGUGUCCUAUGUAAAGUCCGGUUUGUGAAUAGAUUUCCACACAAUGGUUUGUAUUGGCCCCGAAUAUAUUUGUAUAAUGUUAUCAUAUCCCCUCUCAGGCGACGUUUUUCUAAACUAAAUAGGUUUAAAUUUGUUAACCUUUCUUCAUAGCUGAUAUGUUCCAUUCCUUUUAUUAAUUUUGUAGCCCGCCUCUGCACUUUUUCUAGUGCCAUAAUAUCCUUCUUUAGAACAGGUGCCCAAAAUUGCACAGCAUAUUCAAUAUGGGGUCUUACCAGUGAUUUAUAAAGAGGCAAAAUGAUAUUCUCGUCCCGAGAAUGAAUGCCCUUUUUCAUGCAUGACAAUACCUUACUGGCCUUGGCCACUGCUGAUUGGCAUUGCACAUUGUUGUCCCAAGUCCUUUUCGUGUGUUGUUUUAUCCCUAAUUCGCUUCCAUUAAGAGUAUACGUUGCUUUUGCAUUCUUUACGCCGAAGUGCAUAACUUUGCAUUUUUCAACAUUAAAUUUCAUCUGCCAUUUGAGUGCCCAGUCACCCAGUCUAUCUAAAUCCCUCUGCAGCAAAGUAAUAUCUUGCUCACAUUGUAUUACUUUACAGAGUUUUGUGUCAUCUGCAAACACUGAAACAUGACUUUCAAUGCUUUUUUCGUUAUAUAAAAUAUCUUAAGGAUGGAAGAAGCUUGAUUUUCUUCUCUCUUAACCACUGGUCACUGCGAGCAAUGGCUGCGCAGUGUCCCACAGCUCCUUGUGAAACAGAUGAUCACUUUCUUGGUUCAGGAGCUGACCAUUCACAGCUCUGGGAGGUAUGUCCGUGUGCCCUGUUGCCCUGUUCGCAUGGACAUACCUCCCAGAGCUGUGAAUUGUCAUCCUAUACAAUGUAAAGAAUGUGGCAGUUUUAUUUUGGUUACUCUCUGUCUGAUUAUGCCAUCUUUACUUGUAUAAUGCCUAAUUUUACUGAACAGCAGGGCAUAUUAUUGAAACAUGAUUCUGGCAGCAGUUGGCAUGAUAUACGCCUGUUAAAUAUUCUAAGAUUCUAUACUCUAUACAGGUAGAUAGUAUAACAGAGUUUUUAGUUGUCUUGACCAUGUUGAUAGUUACUUCCUUUACAAAAGUUUCUUAACCACUUAAAAGGACACAAUAGUCACCAAGACCUUUUCAUCUCAUUGAACAGAUCUGUGUGCACUGUCCCUUUCCCCCUUAAUCCUUCAAUGUAAAACGUUGCAGUUUUACAGAAACUGCAAUGUUUACAUUACAGCACUAAGACUGCCUCUAGUGGCACUCUGUCAGACAGACACUAGAGGCAGUCUCCAUGCAGCAAUGCUGGAUGUCCUCAAGCUCUGCAUGAUGAAAUCCAGAAUCAGGGAAAACCCUAUAGAAAAGCAAAACAUGGUAGGCCUAACCUGCACGGAAACCGGCGUGCAUGCACAUUAGUUCCCCACCAUUAACUGAUGUUGGAAGAUGUGGAGCAAGUCCCAGCACAGAGGGACAUCAAUACUGGAAUCAGGUGAGUGUUUAAAAUUUUUGACACUUUUCAUUUAAAGGAUCACUAUAGUGUCAGGAAACCAAAGCGGUUUUCCUGACACUAUAGUGCCCUGAGGGUGCCCCCACCCUCAGGGUCCCACUCCCGUGGCGCUGAAGGGGUUAAAACCCCUUUAGCCACUUACCUUAAUCCAGCGCAGGGUUCCCUCGUCCGUCAGCGGAGCCGAAUGCGCAUGCGCGGCAAGUGCCGCGUGCGCAUUCAAAGUGUCUAUAGGAAAACAUUUCUCAAUGCUUUCCUAUGGAAGCUCUGCUCGAUGGAGGCAAAAAGAUUAACAGCCACUAGAGGCUGGAUGUUUGCAUCUGAACGGUUAAAACCUGAGGGACCUGGCACCCAGACCACUUCAUUGAGCUGAAGUGGUCUGUAAGACUAUAGUGUUCCUUUAACCAUUUUAUCACAAACCUAGGACAAACUAUUAUUAUUAUUUUUUUUUUUUUUUACUUUGGAGGCUGGGGCAGUAAAAGAAAUAAGGUAGCUGAGCAAUAUCGCUCAGCUGCAGUAUUUAAAGAGUUAUGAGCAGCACUCACUUUGAGCGCUGCUCCUAGCUCAUGUGUCAUUCUGGGGCCACUAAGUGUGGCCCCAGCUUACAGAGGGUACCCCCAGGUUAUAUCCUUGCUGGUACCUUUACUGCAUGACAAUCUAUGCCGUCACUGGGAAUUAAUUAAAGCCCUGCACUUCAUGACGGCAUAGACCCUCAUGUGGUCCUUAGGUGGUUAAAAAAUGCCAGCUGUAGCUAAUAAUGAAAAGCAUAUAUUGAUGUUAUGUGUUACACUACAUGCAGACAUCUGUUUUGCUAUGGAUUUAAUGUUACAAUCUGAAAGGUGCAUUGCCUGCAGGGUUUCAGGAAAGAGCUUCUGAGAAGCUGUGCUCAGCUGCGGCAAAGCAGAAUUACUUGACCUAAGGACACAGUAUUAGUUUUGUAAAGUCAGAAUGUCCCAACUCCAGUUCUCUCUAAAGUGUGCAGAGGAAAUUAGAAGGAUUCUUUCUGGCAAAGCUGGUAUAUUUCAUUUUGAUUUUGUGUACAUAGACCAAAAAUGUCAGCCAAAUCAAAGUUAGCUUUAGAGAUACAUGACCAGGUUAUAUUCAUUUCCGGGCAGCAGGAUAUUCUAUCAUGUGUAUAUAUAUAUAUAUAUAUAUAUAUAUAUAUAUAUAUAUAUAUAUAGUUUGAAACUUUAGCUCUUUUUAAAUUGGGUUAACAUUCACAGCAGGAUGUCCAGAUAGGAAAUAUGAGUUCUGCUAAAUCGACACCCGAAAACUGUUUUUAAUUUUUAACACUAAUGGUUUUUUUUUUUUUAAAUCUAAAUCACAGGAUUUACUCUGUAUUUGUCCAGAAAUUGCAUUAGAUGCUAGAAAACCAUUGUUCUUUGUUAUUCACUGAAUGAUGGAUCUCGCUUUUUAGUGAAGUUAUUCAGACACCAAACUGGUUGCUGUUUUGGUAGAGAUUGCUACUCAAGUAAGGGUGCAUAUUACUCAACUUUUGGGUGCUCAUGACGGGAGAAAAAUGAAGCCAUUAGCCAGCUAUUCAGGAUUCUCUGAGAGACAUCAUAUAUAACUUUUUUAUAUAAUGGAUAAUAAAUCCGCACACCAUGGCUGAGAACAUUGAAAUCAUUGGAAGGCUGUUGAGCAUGCAUAUCACAUAAAUUCAUACUUUGUAUAGUAAAAGAAUAAAUAUAUCUCAAUCAUGGGGGAUAUACUACAAAAUAAUUGCACAGUUAUUUUAAUCAAUACAAAGGCAAUGCUUUUAAGUUAAUCCAUCAGUAGAUUCUACAUAUAAGUUAGUCCAACAAAAUGUUUAUGUGAGAAUUAAGAUAUUUUACAGUGUGCACUAUGGCUUUCUGAUAUUUCAUCGUUUUUCAACCAUCAGCAUUGCUAUGUUCAAUUGGUGGACUAAACUAUAUGCAGCAUUUUCAUUGUUUGAAGUACCUGUGUAAUUACAAUGUAUUAUAGCCCCAUUUAUUAAGAUUUAUUUUUUUAUUAUUGAUUGAUCUUUUGACAUUUUCCCCAGUAUAUCAGCACUGGGUAUCAUUGUCUUUACGCAUCAGAGUUUUAAUAGAAGUUUUUGUUAUUUCCCCCCCACCCCAUGUUUAUUGUUUUUAUUUAAUUGCUUUAAUGUCAAAAAAACUAUUCACCUCUAAGAAUAAGUUUACACAGCGUUUUUGUGCCAUGCAUACAUUGAACAUUGAAAACAGUAAGUUCAUUCAUUUCAACACAAAACGUAACAUUAAGUGGAGAUAGAGCAGAAGUGCUGCAGAACAAGGUCACCAUUGUGAAAUUAACCUAUCUACUAUAUCUUGAUUGGGUGCUUCAUUGCCAGUUAGACCACAUUUCUGUAAAUUUCGGUAAUAUUACUUGAAUGUGGUUCGACAUUUCUUCAUCUUGUCGUAUUAGGUUGGGGCAUGUCUUGGCCUCAUUGAGGGACAGUGAAUCCCUCGAUGUGAUGUUCAGAUUGACAAUCAGCUGCCUCCUAUACUAUAAAAGUUACUGAAGUAUGACUACAGGGAACACACAUUUCACUUUUCUGUCAACUAAUUGAAAGUAGUGUUUUUUUGAUAAACAUGACAUUUACCAAGAGCUUUGUAAUUACUCAUCUGUGAAAAGGGAUUACAUCAUUCAUGGAAAGGAAUCUUAUCAUGACAGUCCAGAUCACACACUCUGUCUGGCAAUUUUGUGAAUUCCCAUGCUGUAGUAAACUUAAAAAAAUACUAAUAUAAGUCAUAUAUAUAUACACACUAUUUCUCACUAGGUAAAAGCUGUACAGUAUUGUGAUCACUCUUUUUUUUUUUUUUUUUUUAAAGCGAUCAAAUUACAGCAGCAGUGCAAUUUUAAGUUGCUGACAGGCAGUCCUCACUUACUGACUGGGUUCUGUUCUUACGACUCUCAAAACAAAUUGAUCAGUAAGUGGGGAUGCGCUGGUGAGUAAGCGCGAGUAAGAGAGCAGGUCUACAUUCAGGGGAAUUCCCCCAAACACAGACCAGUUCACUAGUGAAUCGCUGAAAUCUAUAUUUGGGGAAAAUUCCCUGAACAUAUUACCAGCUCUCUAACAUGUGGAAUACCUCGAAUCCCCACGCUAGAGAGCUGGUCGUAAGUGCGUGCAGUCUUAAAACAGGUCGGUUGUGAAGUGAGGACUACCUGUACUAGAUUUUAUAUAUAAAAGGCACACUUUAGAUCCUUUGUUUAGAUGUUUGACUAGUAUAUGCUCUUUUUCUAUUUUUACAAAAAAUGCCAACGUAAAUAGAAAUUGGCACUUUUUUAGGUCGACCUUGCUGCACCCCCUGGUUGUCAAUCAGACAACCAGUCCUGUUACUUUCUGGUUUAGUUAGCUCGAGGCAGCAAUUGAUCAGAACACCUGUCUUGCAAAGACUUCUCACUGAGCUGCAUUGGGAAUUUUGUGAUUGGGCAGCCACAGAAAGUCUGUGUAGAAUGGGUGCUUGCAAAGGUUGCAGUCAGGAUAUCUGCAACUUUUGCAAGCUGUUUUUUUUUGUUUGUUUUGUUUUUGUGCAUUUGAGUACAGCACGCUUGCAGAGCUACAUCAUAUCUAGUAAACAAUGAAAAAUCAAGCCGGUUAUGACAGUGUUGUGGCACUUAUGAAACAUGGGCAUUUUUAAAAUAAUUUUUUUUUUUUUUUUUGAAGCAAGGAUUAUAAGCGACAUACGCUGCAAUUUCUAGAGACAUUUUAGGAACGCAAUAGAAGAGAUAAACAUUAAAAUAAUCUUGAGGCAUAUGGUAUGCGGUCUCUGGGGCCGUGGUGUUGGAGACGAGGGAGUGAGAUAUGAGGCUCUGGCUGAGGGCCGGCUAUGACCUUUACGGGUCUGACCUGUGGUUUGGCUCGGUGGGCCUGUUGGAAAAAAAAAUAAAAUAGUUUGCAAAGCAAAAUCUGACCAACUUUGAACCGCAACUUGGGUAAAUCCUGUGUAUUUAGGGAGGAAGGUGCCAGUCUCCUACUGUCCACUGUCAGAAGUUGCAGCGGCGGGUGCUGCUGGUAUAGCUCUCUUUGGGGUGAAUGGCGUGAUCUCUGCCAUGUCCCAGUGGUGGGCCACCGGUGUCGCUGGUUGGGUGCCAUGUUGGAAUAGGGUGUCCCCUGGUGAGGAGUGUGGGGGCUUUGCAUAUGUCCGAGGUAGUGUGUAACACUUCUCCCUGUCUUACUUGCAAUGCACGUGGGGAUCUCCAGCGGUAUUCUAUGCCAUGGUUGCGGAGCAGGGCUGUGGGGGGUUUCAUCAUUUUGCGCCAGUGUAGUGUCUCACCGGAUAAGUCCGUGAAGAAGGAUAAUGCCAUGUUCUCAAAAUUGAAUCUGGUAGUCCCCUUCAGUGCCGCCUGAACCAAUGCCUUGUCUGCUCCACUGCGGAACCUCACAAUCAGGUCCCUUGACGCUGUGUCAGGUGCUCCCCUAGGUUUCGGCACCUGGACGGCUUGGGCUCCAGUAGUUGGGCUAGCAGUCUCCGAAGUAGAUGUGGGAGCUCUGCUGCGGGUACACCCUCCGGUAUUCCCUGGAUUUUCAAGUUGGUGCGGCGUCACGUGUCUGCUAGCUGGAUGAAUCGCAUGUCGGAGUCAGCUUGUUUUUUGGUGAGUGUUUGGAUGUUCCGCUGGAGUUGCACUACGGUUUGGAUGUGAUGCUCUGAGACAAUUUCCACUGUGCCAAUGCGGCCUACCAGGCCCGUGAUAUCAGUGCACAUUAAUGUUUUCUCUGCAUUUGGCAUAUAAAUCUACCGAACACCAACCACCCCCUGGCUCUUUAACUGUAAGCAAACCACAGGAUUAAGUGCUCUCUCUGUGUGGCCGUAUAACCGAAUGCCACGGGUUGGAGAAAAUGGCGGCCAUUAUGUGGCACGAACGCAGGCAGCAAUACUUGGUCGUUGAGUGUCUGGAACUCUAAGUCGGACACUCGACCCCGCAAACACCUGUUAAACCAUACGAACGCCUGCUUCUUUCCGUGACAAGCCAGGAGAACGCUGUUCGGUAGGUUUGUUAGUAUGAGCAAAACAAAUAAACGCUACCUAUGAGCCAGGGGAACCGUUCGUCAUUUUGUUCAUUUUGGAACUCCCGAAAUUGACCGACCGCUACCUCUGAAACUAUGGAACUAAUUUGGGCAUACGCCUCAUGAGCGGUUGGUCAAAACUUUACCCCGAUGGCGAUUCGACUGUAUAUGUGGGAUUUGGGCACUCAGAUCCAGGCUAUCCAGGGAUAUCAUAUUUCUGGGGGUUCCUAUAUGUUUAUUAUGUAUUUUCAUGCGUUUUAAUAUUUUAUGUCUUUAUGCCUAGUCAUGCUGACACUUUAAUUUGUAACCAUUUUGUGGGAAUGUUCUGGGCGUGUUUUUCUGCCUCUUGAUUUUGUAUAUAAGUGAGCCAGUUGGCCAGAUUAAACACAUUUGUUUCUACCCUUCAUCACGUCUAGGGUGGUUUGGGCUAUAAUCACUACUGUGCAUGGUUUAUAACAGAUAUACUCAGCCGGAGUAUAGGGGAUCCGUUUCAUAACCCGAAUGAAAAAAUGCAUAGUUAAAUGCAUGCAUGUUUUCCUUGGGGAAAAUCUACUAACUAGACUGUGAUUUAUAUUUUAUUUUAUUUGGGCAAUGGAGUGUCCCUUUAACUAAUGCGUCUUGUUUGCUAGAAAUGAAUUAAUUUUGGAUUAUUUACAAUAAAAAGUAGGUUCUUCUCUAAGCUCAUACUGCAAGUGGUGGCCUUAUGUAUUGAAGUAAUUCUCCCGUUAUUUUUUCUCAGUCACUUCAGCUUGUUUCUUAAUAGUUAUAAUUCUAUGUUGCUAUGCAUUAUUUUAUCUAAUUUUGCCUAUGUGUAUUCUUCUUUUUUUGUUUUGGUAUUGCUCUCUAUUGAAAAAAUUGAUCUGUUUGGUUUGGCUUUUUUUUAACUACUUAUUUGUCCUUUCAUUUUUUUAUCUUUAUUUAUACACUCCCAGCUUCUCAAUAAAAUUCUUUUAAAUCUUAAAAAAAAGAAAUAGGCAAGUUCCUUAAUUUUGAGAGAACUGAAAACCAUGCUCGUUUAUAUUAACAGACCCUAUGUUUAAACAUUCCUAACUCUUUUAUGGGUAUAGACUGUAAGCUCGUUUAAGCAGGGCCCUCUUCAACCUAUUGUUCCUGUAAGUUUUUGUAUUUGUCUCAUUUAUUGUUAAAUCUCCCCCUUUGAUAAUAUUGUAAAGCGCUACGGAAUAUGCUGUAGUAAUAAUAAUAAUAAUAUGAGAAGAAGCCUUUUUAAAAAAUGUUGUAUAAAGCAGCACAGACACUGAACAGGUGACGUCAUCUUAUAGGGUACUGAUUGGGUGCCCAACAUGCUUUUUAAUCUUCUACCAGCCUCACCUGCAUGCAUGUAAUACAAAUCAGGAUCUAUGGAAUAUCCUGCAGGAUUUUCCAUAGAUAGUCUCGCACUUGCACAAUAAAGUGCCAUCCUUAUCUGUUGCUAAAUAUGCAAGAUAAUCCCUGUUCCUACCAGCUAUCUCAACUGAUUGCUGAUGGGAAAUUGCACAAUUUGAUGGCAAAGAUCAGCACUUACAUCAGAAAAUGUAGUUCCAUAUUUUGUCACAUGUACAGUAUAUUUUUGGAUUUUGUUAGAAUUUCAAAGAUUUUAUUUUAUGUAGGGUUUACACAGAGCACACUUUAGUUAACCUAGGCUAAAGUGCUGUGUGCCGUAAUAAGAAUAUUGAGUUUCGCAGUGAAUUAUGAGCUGACAUGAUGAUUCUAGUUUUAACUGUGCGCCUGUCACUACUAAAUAUUACUGCAUGUGCUGACUUGGCUCCUGUGAAUUGAUAUUGGUAUAAAUAAUCCACAUUGUCUGUCAGACUAUACCUAAACAUGUUUUAUCACCCUCACCUUUAUGGCACGCUGUUCACCUAGAAACAUAAGUUACUCUGGAGGCCCUGGUCAUAACAUUGUAAUGAUGAAUUAAUGUUGAACAUGUGCGAGACAUUGCACGUCACUAAAGACUACAAUCCCACAAAAGUAGGUCUUUUUUUAUCGCAUUAAUGCCAUUGGAAGAUAAGAAUGGAUGUGUUUUGCAGAUGUUCCUGUCAGACAAAUGUACUGGACAAUGUCUUUAUGUCUAUGUUUGCAGACGGAAAAUGGCAAGCCUUUAUUAAGCACUUAUAUAAGACAGAAUUAUUUUAUACAAUAUCUAGGGGUUUCCAGUGUAUAUAAGUGCUAGAUCAAUUGUAUAUGGAUAUAAUAAAAGGUAUUCAAAAUUUCUUAUAAUUUUGUGUUUAUUAUAUAACCUGGCUCAAAAAAUAUUUCACAAUAAUAAAAAAAAAUAAAACAAUAUUGAGAUGCUUAAAAAUUACCAGAUUUUACUAAUUACAUGACGUAAAGUCAUGAUUUUAUAAAGGACACGGAGGCGAAUAUUAUGCUUAUCUCUUUCUUUAUUAUACCUCAGCAGCAAAGAGAAGGUAUAAACAUUCAUAGAAAAAAGUUUUAACAGGUUCUCCAAGGGUUAACCCAACAUCAUACCCUUAACCAAUAGGAACAGUCCCUCUAUCUAUAACUAUUCAUGUGACCUUUCCUCUUCCUCUUUCUUUGGUCAUGCCGAAGCUGUAUCAUUAUAACUUGAGGAGACACUGGAACACUUCAUCCGUUGUGUCGAACUUUCCCAUAUCCCGAACUUGUAAGAACUUGUCUGCGUAAACUGCGGUGACAACUGGUCAUCCAGGGUGUCGCAUAUUGCGAAUUAAACUGUAAUGGGAUAGAGAAAAAUAUGGUAAAAUGUGGUCUGAGGAACUGUUUGCCACAACGUUAGUGACGAAAUCUUAGCAUAUGCCUGAUGUACUACAGACUCACUAGUACAGUUGUCUUAAAUAAAAAACGAAUUAAAUCGAGACGAAAUAAGACACCACAGUGACCCUUAUUUUAUUGUUUAUUGGGUGGGCCUGUCACUCUACUUUCACUGAUAUAUGCCUGAUAUACUUACCGGGUGGGCCAAUAUUCGCCUCCGUGUCCUUUAUAAAAUCAUGACUUUACGUCAUGUAAUUAGUAAAAUCUGGUAAUUUUAUUAAAGGACACGGAGGCUCAUAUUAUGCUAGUUCAAAGCUUUGCAAUGACUCUUGAUACUACGUGGUCUGUAGGGUGAAAAUAAUAUUCCUUAAAGGUGGAUUCAUGAGACCAAUCUGCCGUCCGUAACAAAUCUUCCAGUCUGCAUCCCAAGUUGAAUACUUUAGAUGCCAUAGCUCCUCUAGUGGAGUGUGCCCCAUAUACCGAAGUAUCUAUGUUUGCAGAGGCCAUUAUCCACUUCACCCAUCGGGCUAUCGUUAUGGAAGAUACUGGCUGGUGUGGUGAAUUGACGGCCAGAAAUAGUUCAUGUUGUUCAGAGUUUCGAAAUGCCUGUGUCUGUGUUUCGUAUUCUUUGAGACAGGCAAUCGGGCACAGGUUUUUGUUGUGCGGGAAUGCUGGAUAUGACACUGAUGUUGUCGCUGAUUUUGUUCGUCUGGAAAUGUUGAAAGUUACUCCCGUUGGAGUGAACGUGCGUGCGUCGACGUCCAAUGCCCGGACAUCCGAGACUCUUUUGCAGGAUAUUAGGCAUAAGAGCAUGGCCAGUUUCGCUGAAAGUUGUUUCAAUGUGAGGUCAGAGUUCUGUGGCCAUAGUUCCAAAAGAUUUAAGACCACAUUCACGUCCCAUACUGUACUAUAUCGGGGUCGCGGUGGUCUUGCCAAUCGAAUACCGCGUAAGAGCUUGCAUACCAACAGAUGCUUGCCUGCUGGAAAUCCUUCUAUACCUUUGUAUCCCGCCGAGAUCGCUGACCUGUAUACAUUGAUGGUCCGGUAUGCAAGUCCUUGGUCGUAUAGGUGUGUAAUGAAACACAACAGGUGGUUUACAGGGGCACAUACGGGAUCCACGUGUUGUUCCAUGCACCAACCACUCCAGAUGUUCCAAGCUUUAGAGUAGGAUCGUCGUGUUCCCGGAGCCCAGGCUCCCGCCAGGAGUUCGAGAGUUGUUUGCGGAACGUUUGGCACGACCCAGGGACCCCGGAAAGGAGCCACGCUAACAACCUGAGUUGUCCCUGCGCCAUCAGAGGGUGUGGGUUCCCAUCUGGGUCUGAGAGGAGAUGUGGGUCCUCGGGCAGCAUUCUGGGGAGAUCUAUGGACAUCUCCAUGAGUAAAGGGAACCAAGGCUGUGCAGUCCAGAAUGGAGCUAUGAGGACUAGGGACGUCCGUGUGUGGUCGAGGUGCACUAGCGUUCGUGCAAGUAGGGCGAACGGUGGGAACGCGUAUAAUCGUUUGUUCGGCCAUGGUUGUAGGAAUGCGUCCGUAGCUAACGCAUCUGGGUCCGGUCUCCAGCUGAAGAAUUCCGGGUGUUGUGUAUUCAACCGUGACGCAAACAGGUCUAUAUACAUCGGACCCCAUAGAGUGUGCAAUCGUAGGAACGUCUCUCAGUUCAGGCGCCAAUCGCUGGUAUCCCGCAGAUGUCUGGAGUUCCAAUCUGCUACGGUGUUCGAAAGUCCCGGGAUGUAUUCGGCUCGUACUGUGAUGCUGCGUUCUAAGCAAAACUGCCAAAAUUCUGUGGCUAAGUCUGCUAAAAUUUUGGACUUGGUGCCGCCAAGGCGGUUGAUGUACUGGACGGCUGAGAUGUUGUCCAUUCUCUGGAUGAUGGAGCAAUGCGUUGCGGGACCCAGGAGGCUCUUCAGUGCGAACGAACCCGCCAUUAAUUCCAGGCAGUUGAUAUGUAGUGUCCUUUCUGCUUGGGACCAUUUUCCGCCCGUGGAGGUAUGUCCACAGCGCGCUCCCCAGCCCCGUGUGCUGGCAUCUGAUUCUGUUACGCAAUCUGGGUUGUUGCCGAAGAUUGCUCUGCCGUUCCACGCUUCCAUGUGCUGCAGCCACCACCUGAGCUCCUCCUUGGCUGUGUGAUCGAGUGGCACAGAGUCUGAGUAGGAGUGUCCUGAGCGCAGUUGUGCGGCUUUUAGUCGCUGUAGGGCCCUGUAGUGUAAAGGCCCCGGGAAGAUCGCUUGUAUGGAAGCGGAAAGGAGUCCAAUUAUCCUGGCUAGCUGUCUGACCGUAAGUGUUGGUCGAGCCAAUGUUCUGCGGAUCUCCUUCUUGAUGAUUUUCAUCUUUGUGGGUGGCAGGCUUAGGGUCCCUAAGACCGCCCCUAUUUCGAACCCUAGGAAUUCUAAGGACUGGGAGGGGGUUAGUACCGACUUCUCCCAAUUGAUUAGGAAUCCCAGGUUCUGUAGUAAAGUUACUGUCCAAUCUAAGUGUUGUUGUAGCAGUAGGGUGUCUUGGGCCAUGAUCAGCAUGUCGUCCAGAUAUAUGAUCAUGCGGACGCCCCUGCUGCGCAGCAGCGCAACCACUGGCUUCAGCAGCUUUGUAAAGCACCAUGGUGCUGACGAUAGGCCAAACGGAAGGCACUGAAACCUCCAGGUCUGGGAGUCCCAACUGAAUUGUAGGAGAUGCUGACACUCCUUUGCAAUGGGGAUGGUGAGAUAUAUGCAUCUUGAAGGUCUAAUUUGACCAUCCAAUCCCCCAGCCUGAGAAGAUCUCGCAGGCAAUGAAUCCCUUCCAUUUUGAAGUGAUGAUAUCGUACAAAUGUAUUGAGUGGGCGUAGGUUGAUCACUGGUCUUACCUCACCGCCUUUCUUGGGGACCAGGUACAGAUUGCUCACGAACCCUGGGGAGUGGGGCGCGACCUGAUAGAUCGCACCUUUCUCCGCCAGUGCUAUGAUUUCUUUCGACACCAGUUCCCUAUCCUGAGGGGCGAACACCAUCCGCCGUGGCAUUGUGGAUUGGAUUGGGUGUGUGACGAAUUCUAUAUGGUACCCCGCUACUGUGUCGAGAAUCCAGGCAUCGGACGUGAGUCUGUGCCAUGCCCCGAUAAAUUUGGAAAGUCUGCCCCCUACGUGUGAGGUAUGAGAGAGGGGAAAGGGAAAAGCACUUACCAUAAGGUCGUCGGCCGUAUGUGGCACCCAUGUGACCUCUGGGCUGCCAUGAUCUGCCCCUGACCGGGAAGAAAGGUGCGGGGGUUCUGGUCUCCGCCUGUGGGACUCUUGGUGUCGUGGGGCCCCGGUAGCCCCGGUGGGAGCUCCGUGAUGGGCGGCUGGACAGGCGGCCCCUGUACCUGCCAGCCCCUCCAAAAACCUUCGGGGAGAACAUCCGUUUUAGGUUUGUUUGUGCCUUAUCCAGGGCUGUAAAUGUGCUCACGUAGGUGCCCAGCUCUUUUACAAAAUUGUCUCCGAAAAGGGUCCAGGCUCGGUUAUGGCCAUGUUGACCAGCUUGGGGUCUAUUUUCAUGAGAAUUGCCUUCCGCCCCUCAGUACUAAGUGCGGCAUUUGAGUUGCCGAUGAGACAGAUAGAGCGUUGUGCCCACUCUCGGAUCACUAAGGGGUCUAGUGGUGCGCCACCUGCGAUUGUCUCUUCGACCAAGUCGAAGAUCUUUGCGCUAGGGCCCAAGGAGUCGAGCACCUUAUCCUGGCAGUGGCGCAGGGAGUAGUCUAGCCCUUUUUUGGCUUUCCAGCCAGCCUUACCCAGGAACUGGGCAAUCUUGGGGUCCACCUCUGGCGUGGCGCCCGCCAUAUAAGGGACCGUCGGGCGUGGGCACUCUGCCCUUAACUUAUUCCUGGUCGUUUUAUCCAGGGGCUUCCUUAUUCUGGCCGCAAUAUAUUGGGCCACAUGGUCAGCUGGGAACCAGUCUGUGGACCUGGGGUGCUGCAGGUCGUCAGGGUUGAAUAGGGGCUCGCCCUGGGGGUCUAGGAUGAUGGAAUCAUCCGUGGGCGUUUUUCCCUUAGCUGGUAUGACUGCCAGGCUGCGCUCAGGGGAAGAGUUCCCUGAUUCCAACGAGCCGAGUUCCUCGGACUCACUCAUUACCUCCUCUAUGUCCGAACCAGAGUCGGAUGUCUCUGUCUGGGCUUUUGCCCAUUUCCACGUCCUCACCGCUUUUGCCCGGUGGGUGGCUCUUUUGCGUGGGGGGCCCCACGUCCUCAGUAGUGACAGGGCGUAUCCUGUCCGUCGAGCUGUUUUUGGAGGUGUGUUUGCCCAUAUGGUGGGUCUUCUGCGUAGCCUUACGGCCGCUGAGGGGCACAGGUUUGUCAGGCUGGGCCAUGGAGCGGGGGCCGCCGGGAUGGCUGCUAGACGCCAGUAUGGCAUUACUAAUGGAUUGUGUCAGGGUCUCAGACAUCGCCCCCAUAGCCGUGACUAUAGCUUGAGUGACCGACUUGGUCAUGGUUGCAUCCAGGAGUGAGUGAAACUCCUCCGAGUUUAACUGAUCCACGGAUGCCACGUCUUCUCGCAGUGGCGAGCAUGGACGUGUUAUCUGUGGCACGUGAUGAAUGGUGUCCUUACUGAUAUCAGUGGGGGUGGCAACCCCGUGGUCCCUAAGGUGUUGCAUGACAGGUAGGUUGUAACAAAAGACACCUGGGGUGUGGGAGCAGUGACACCUAAAUGGCUGGGUAUACUAAGUGACACAAUGAAAUUUGUACCAGACUGGCACCAAUGUGUGAGAGAAAAAAUGCCCCUAGUGACCCUGUGCAGGGGCUAACAGGAAACCAACUGUGGGCAGUGAGCUCUGAGAACAGUGCAAGUGGGAGGAUGCAGGCACAAACAAAGGCUGUCAGCUUACCAAGUGUUCCCUCCGGAAUGGCCGCCAGGGAGCACUGGUAAGCUGCCAGCCAAUGCAGCUGGCCAAUCAGAGAACGCCCGCUCUCUGUUAUAGGGCGGGCGCAGAAAAAAGCGCGGCAAAGCCCGGCCGGCUUACUGGAAAUGGCCGCAGUGCCGAGCGGCCGUUAUUGCACAUGCGCGAGCGGGCUCUGGAGUCAGAGCGCUCGCGCCGCGAAACGGCCGCCGCGGCUCUCAGAGGACAACAACGAACGGGUAAUAAACUACCCGGUAAGGUGUGGGAGGGGGUAACCGCCGCAGGGGGCAGACAGACAGGCAGACAGGCGCCGGCUCUAAGAACCGGCUAAGUAACCCACACAAAUACCUAAGACAUAAAAUAUUAAAGACACAUAAACAAAACAAUACAAUACUAAUUCAAAGAGGGUGCUCUGAGGAGAGCUAAAAUUAGAUGGUACUUAGCUGAGGCAGCAGCAAAGAAAGAGAAGAGGAAAGGUCACAUGAAUAGUUAUAGAUAGAGGGACUGUUCCUAUUGGUUAAGGGUAUGAUGUUGGGUUAACCCUUGGAGAACCUGUUAAAACUUUUUUUCUAUGAAUGUUUAUACCUUCUCUUUGCUGCUGAGGUAUAAUAAAGAAAGAGAUAAGUAUAAUAUGAGCCUCCGUGUCCUUUAAUAAAAUCAGUCUGAUGUUGACAAAAGAAAAAGUAAAAUGUGUCAACGGUAAACUCCUGUAAGCUGAAUUUUGGUAUGCUAGGCUAAAUACCCCCGAAUCACACUGAAACACUCAUUCUUGGAAAGGCAAGUAUGACCUAGGUGUGAUGUCAAUACCAAAGAUUAUGUCAAUAUUAGGUCAUGCUGCAGGGCCAUUUCCAUCAAAUUGAAGUCUUCUGCUUUUGGAUAAACUUAAAAGUUAUCACUGCAGGGUCCAUAGCACAAUAACCGGGGGUACAUUUCUAUUCGCUAUGACUGAAUUUUCACUUGGCUAUUGUAGUGGGCAAGUGGCCAUUUUUAGCCCCGAUUUCUAUAAUUAUAAAAUUUAAUUAGCAAUGGUAUCCAACCAGUGUGCCUCCAUUGUUGAACAGCAGUUCUAAUGAUUAUCAUUUACUCAAACCUCCCAACAUUUUAAAUGAACAGAAAGGGACUUUAAUUAUAAGGUGGUGACUGGAAGUUUGGCCAGGGGAAGGACUGUUCUGAAAAAUUAUAGAUGACUUACUAAUAACAAAUAUUAUAACUAAAAUGUAAUUUAGAACAAAAACGCUGAAUCUUGUUUACACAAACUGAUUUCUAAACACAUUUAUUGUAUUUUAAAGACACAUUACUGUGUGUAUUAUUGCUGUAGAACUCUGUUAUAAACUCUGACAAAUCAACAAUAAGGUGCUCUUUCAAGAGAAGGCAUUUAGGAUGGGAAAUAGGGACAGAGGGAUUUCCACUUAAAAUAAGGACUGUUCCACCUAAAUAGAGCUUUGGAGGUAUACUGACUGCAGUCUGGGCCCUUCAGUCAAAUGUAGGCUAUGGGCCCCUUACAUGUCAAAUAUACAUCCAUACAAAUACCCUAUUAACCAUUAGUCACACUGAACUCAUCAAACCAUGUCUUCGUGGACUGUAGUUUGUAAACGGGAACACAAUCAUGCAGAAAAAGGCUUCCACAAACCUUUGCCACCAAGUUAGAAGCACUUAAAUAUCUGAAAUGUAUUUGUAUCCUGUAGCAUUAAGAUGGUGCUUCACUGGAACUAAGUGGCCUAGCCCAAACCUGAAAAACCGCCCCAGACCAUUAUUCCUCCUCCCCCGAACUAUACAGGAAGCACUGUACAUUACUGUAGGUGGCACUCACCUGGCAUCUCCGACACCCAAAUUAUUCCAUCAGGUUGCUGAUUGUGAAGAAAGAUUCUUCCCUCCACGGAACAUAUUUCCAUUACUCCAAAUUCCAGUGGUGCCGUGCAUUAUACCACUACAGCCGAAGCUUGGCAUUGUGCAUGUUUAUGUGAGGCUUGUUUACAGCUGCUCGCCAAUGGAAACACAUUUCAUGAAGCUCCCUACUCACAGUUGUUAUGCUGAUGUGACUUCCAGAAGAAGUUUGGUACUCUGUUGUGAAAUAUGUAAAGAGGGGUGAUUAUAUUUAGUUUUUAUGGAGCCUUGGGAGUACCCUUAAGCAUCUGUGUCAAAAUUUACAAGUGCUUUGUUCUUAGGGCACACAGCCCCACAUAUAUGCUGUGCAGCAUCUAUGCUCUUUAUUAAUGUUAAGAUCUCAUGGACACACAGCCUGUGGCAGUUCUGUAUUUGUUGGGUACAACUCUAAUAAUCAAAGAGCCUGAAAGUCAAGUCCAGAGCAUCUGAGAUUUCAGAAUCUGCUUAAUGUUGCAAAUGUCUCUGUUCUGUAUGUGAGACUGUUGCUUGGAGUGUUCGUUUAAUGGCAUCUUAUUUUAGGUGCGCUACCGGAGAGAAAACAGGGUUUGAUAAAGUAAUUGAAAAAAUACAAAUCCCAUUGUCCAUUAGAAGACUUUUACUGAUCAAAAUUGGGCGUUGUGGUUCAAGAGACAUCUGGGUUUAUUUGGAUAAGGAAAUAAGUCACAUGCGCAUCUACCUGGCUUUAUGACCAGUAUUAGGAGAUCGCACCCAUAUUGAAGAACAUUCUCCAGUUGCUGCUAGAGCUAGGGAAUCUGUCAAGGCUUUUUCAUUCUAGAUAGGGUUGUCAUGCGGCACUGAUUGCAGGCAGUUUUCACAUAUUGAAGUAACACUGCAAUCCUUAAAUGUUAAAGCUGUGGAAAUAAGAAAGCUGCAGUGGAGAUUAAGGUUUCAUAAAAUGUAAGUUUCAAAGCAUUGAUUGGAUCCAAAUGGAGAAGUUGUUUUAUUAUUAUUUCUGUUCUUGGUCCUAUAGUAAAAGAAAUCCUCAUGUACAGAAUAAAUAUGCAGCUUUAGAUUUGACAUUUGUAUUUUGCUGUAGUCUUUUGUACUCUUGUCAAGAAGAAAACGUAUUUCUUGUAAGAUUUAGAAUAAGUGGUUCAAACAACCUCUUGUGUGCCCAUCAUGCAGAUUGAUUUGAUUUAUAUCUCAGAAGAUACACAUUUGAUUCUUCAACAAUAAAGCACAAAUAUAUGCCUUUUUAUUUACUGUGCCAGUCUGCACAAGGUAAGUAGUGAAUGCUCUCAUAGGCUAACAUUGUAAAUUAAUUUAAUUGGUAGAAAUACAAGGUAAGAGAGGAAUAAUUAACCCUGUAUAACAAAUGUAUUUGUAAUGUUAAAGGAACACUUCAAGAACCAAAAAGCACUACAGCUUGGUAUCUUGGUUAUAUUGCCAGGAUUGCUCUGGACACCCCCUCCCAACCCCCCAUUGUAAGGAGUCAAACCCUUUUGAAGAGUUUGACUUGUUACCUGAGUCCAUUGGGCACUGCUCCGUGCAUCCACUACUAUCACCGGAGUGCCCGAAGUCCCAAGGCAUGAACUUGCGUUGUCUCAUUAGGGUUUAGCUCAAGAAGCCUUAUUCCCAGAUUAUAGCAGCAUAUACUGAUGGUUAAUACCCAAGCCUAACAGAUGGAUAAGAAAAAACAGCAACCACUGUAUAUGCAAAAAUAGAAAAUAUGUUAAUUUAAGAAACAUGCAUAAGGACUUUGUGUCCAGAAUUAGUCUUUUCUGUUACUUCUACAUCUUGAUAACGCUUGACAUAAAGUUUUGGAUGAUGACCAGAUACCUGAUCUGCCAACAGUAACUGGAGAGGCGUUGGCCAAAGAAGUCCAAACUGGACACUGGCCUGAUAGAUUGAGGCUUUAUCCCUCGAGGAAGAGACUUACCUUGGGCUUGAUAAGCAUUAGAUAUGGGUAACUAUCCAUCUUGAAAUCUAGAUGAUUUUCUGAGUUUCUUAGUCCUUUUUAAAUAUGUGCCUAGGUAUUGCGUAACAUCCAAAUUGUGCCAGUUUCGUUCUUCCUGUGUGGUAGGAUAGGGUAAAAUUGACCCCUUGGUUUAGGUGAAUCUUCAUAACCAUGAGAUCAAUCCAGUUCCAUGAGAAGCCCGGAACUGGUCUGAUCACUGCCCUCUUUGUGAAUGGAGGAUCAUGUGAAAAGACCUGUACUUUACACAUUCACCAAGCAAAGUUAAGAGCCAAGAAAAAAAGUCUUUAAGGUAAGCAUCAUUUGUGGAAUUGAGUACACUGGUUCACAUGGCUGCAUUGAGAAGGCAAUACUGAUCUUAAAAGGGGGGCUUAUCAGAAUUAUCACUCUUAAAAAGGAAUGACAGAUGUGUCCCUUGCCUAACUUGUUUUCUAUAAUAUCAGGGCGAGUUGAGAUUGGAAUAUGAGUCCCUUUUCUAGACCUGCCUGAAGAAAAUUGAGAAUGUUGCACAGAUUCGUAAGUUGACGUUGUGGAAUGUUUUCUUAUUUUUAGAAGUCCCUUGACUACUGAUACUGUGAGAACUUUGUUGUCAGAUUUUUCUCUUCUUUGUCUUCAUGCUGUUAAGGGUAGAGAAUCUGGUGGACCCUGAACCAACAGACCUUUUACAGAGAAGAAGGUUCCAAGGAGGUCAUAGUAGAGGUUUACUCCAAGCACCAUGACCAUUUCAGUGAAGUGGAAAUAAAACUAAAUAAAUAAAUAAAUGAGCUAGUGAGAAGAAAAAUAGAACAAUGUAUAAGCCUUUUGGAUAGCUGGAUAACAGUAACAAAAAGACCGGGCUGGGGAAGCUGGAGCCUAUUAUAGAAUUUAGCCAUUUUGUUCCCUGUCAUGUUGUCUGUCUAGCAAUGUGUAGGAUUCAUAAACCGCAGGAGAAAAAGUCAUUGUUUUGAUGAAUUGACCGACCUCCAGAAGCAUGUGUUCUGCUACAUACUGCACAGCAGUAAUUUUCAUACGUCUGCAAAAAGAAGUAAUAGGAGUGCAGGGAAUUAUGAUGAAUCUGGAAACCUUAGUACCAUUGAGUGGAUAUUUGAGUAGUCUUCAAUAGUGCUUGCUAAGUUGUAAAAACUCGUCAGAUGAUGUUAGUGAUAUGCCUUUUAUAGUAAUGGGAGACAAAUGAUCCACGUAUUAAAUUACACAAAAAGAGAGCUAUUUAAACACCAUCCCUAGUAAUAUAUUUUUUAGUCAUCUCCUGGGAUUCUCUGCAUUUAUUAUUCUGAGACAGUUUCCACCUAAAAUAGGAAUCUUCCAGACAUUGUGUGGAUGCACCAGAAGAUAUUGUUGAGCCUUAAACAACCCUGUGAUUACUAACAAAUCAAUUAUGAGCCAAUGGAAUUGUGUAAUGCUAAUCAAACAAUACUUUCAUCAUAUUAAAGAAACACUCCAAGCACUACAACCACCACAGCUCGCGGAUAGCUCUGAUCACCCUCAACCACUGAGCUAACUGAUGUUCUUGCUUAGAUAUUUAGUAGUUUAUUUUAUAAAGUGAUUAUUCCCAUACCUGUUCUCCAAUACUCCAAUAUUUGAGGAUUUUUGAAUUUCUAAGUUCUUCUCUUUAUAGAUAUUAAUAAAACCUGUGCUCUUGAUAUUUUUGGGGGGAUAUCAAACCUAAUAUCAAGUAGAAAGAGUACCUUACUACACCCAAACAUUUCAAAAUACAAAAACAGUAUAUUCAGAAACAAACACACACUAAGCAUAUAUUGAUAUUUGUUAUUUGUUUUAUUGAACUAACCUCACUGCCUUAUGUUAAUAUAUAUCUACCUAAAGUGUCUCCAAUCUCUGCUUUACAAUUGUAAUCAAAAGUAUUCAGCCCCCAUCAAAAAUCAGGUUUAUUGUCAAAUUUACAGACUUUCAGCUGUUUGCAAUGAACAAAUCAAACAAAGGCAUUUGAAGUAGCUCAACACAACAAAUGCUUCAAGUGCGGGACUUUUGCAGUCACUCAAGAGUUUUUCACAACCUGCCUUCUCAGAAAUCUGGUUGCAGCCAUUGAUAGCUUCCUUUUUCUAUUCCAGGUAGUGUAACCACUGUUCAUUCAACUUUGAACUUGCGAACCAUGCUUCCAGUGGUGUCUCUAAGAACAUUCAGUGACUUCGCUAUUUUUUUUUUGUAUCCUGUUCCUUGUUUGUGAAAGGUAGUGAACAUGUUGCUGGUUUGUGAACCAUUCCUUUGACUUGGCCAUAUUUCUAACAUGCAUUCAAACAUGACACGCAACAAACCCUUAGCCAGUUAAGGUACAACUAAUGACGCCCUUGAUUAGUUGCAUCAGGUGUGCUUGAGACCUCACCUGUUUUGCAUAUUUGUGCUGUUGUGACAGAUUCUUUUCAGUGUAUUGAAGAUUUUUGAGACUAGAGAAGUCAUUAUAAGUUGCAUUUCAGUUGCAUUUGGGGAAACCCACUCGCAUUUGUUGUAUUGAGCUAUUUCAUUUGUUUUUAUUUGAUUUGUUCAUUGCAAACAGCCAAAAGUGAAAAUUGUGACAAUAAACCUGAUUUUAAUAGGGGCUUAAUAAUUCUGAUUACAACUGUAUGUACCAUUUAUAGAUCAACUCCUUUCCUAUGUUUUCAGUUGAAGUGGUAUUCACUAAAGCGAGAAUUUAAAAUGAAUUUAACAUUUUAGAUGACUUACUAAUAACAAUGUAUUUAACUAAAAUGUAAUUUAAAACAAGUGCUAUGUAUCUUUUUUACACAAAAUGAUUGCUAAACACAUUUAUUGUAGUUUAGAGACACAUUACAUUAUUAUUACUUUGGAGUUUUGUUUUACACAGAAUUAAUCAUACUUACCAACAAAAUGGAGCUAUUAGAAAAGAGGGAUGGGGAUUUAGGCUAAAAUAGGGAUUGUUCCUCCUAAACAGCGACAAUGUAAGGCAAGCAUGUCAAGCCCGCGGACUGCAUGCAGCCCACAAGGGACAUCUAUGCAGCCCGUGAGCCGCAAGUACAUGCUCAGUGUUAUAGCAGAGUAGGCACCUGCUUUCCCCACAUUGCAGGUGCCUAGUCUGCUAAAACUUUCCUGGCCAUGGAGGAGGGCCAGCGAUGGAUCUCAGUGUUCCUGCUUCUCACUGCUCCCUCGCGCGCACCAUCUGUAGUGAAGCCGGGCACCGGAAUAUGACGUCAUAUUCCAGCACCACCACCGCGCGAGGGAGCAGUGAUGAGCAGAUAGAAGGACCCCAGGGAGAUGCCCCACAUCAGCUCCAAAAGGUAGGGAGCAAUAAAGUAAAGUAUGUGUGUGUGUGUGUCUGUCUGUGUGUGUGGGUCAUUGUUGCAUUGGCUGCGACUGGACAGUGGAGUACUUGAGGUGCAUGGAGAUAAGCAACGUCAUGAAUGUACGUAGUGGGCAUUGGAUAGCAUUCCCUUCAUCCACCAUAAAAUCAUAACUUAACCCUUCAAAUAACGACAGACAACUUCUUGGAGAAAACAGGCCACAGCAUUUAUUAACACAACCAAAUACUGUAUAACUCCUUUUACGUAUAACAAAAUAAUAAAUAUAAAUUUAUUACACAAACAAUUUGCAUAUAGUCAUACAGUAACCGAAGAAACCGUCCUUGCCAAUCUAACUUCCCCAAGGCUCUCACCUCCCCCCCUCGGCAUAAUAAAAACAUCUUCCUUUUCAGGGCUCCCCACCAGCCGGUUUUCCACUCGGUGGGGCCCAACCAUAAUGCUCCCCACCGGUCGACUUACAACCCAGUGGGGACACGUCCAACCUGGUACCUCCUCCAGGUUCACCAUAAGAGACAGGGGGAGGAUGAGACCCGGUUAUUAUCCCCCUUUUUCAGCUAAUCUACCAAACCAUCCCUUAUUUGGCAAGGACACAACCCCGAUGUUUUAAGCCUAAAAUCAGCGGGGAACCCCAAACAGACCAACCAUGGCCUGUUCCACCAUCUCUCGAAUGGCCAGAUUAAAAUGAUCAAGCCCGACCUCAGUCAAAUGAACCCCAUCCGGCUGCAACAAAUCUGCCGCCUCCUUCUCAAAACCCUAUGAAAAAGGGUAUCCCCCAAACCCCUAUAACGAACCGUGAAACCCAACGUUUGAACCCUUCGCGGCAGCGCUCCAACGCACUCUGGCUGUGUGCAUGCCGCCAAUAGUUCCUUGCCACAACUUCCGACCACACUAUGCACUCCGAACAACCCAAUUCGUCAUACCCAGCUGAGAGGCCUCCGUCGUAGCGCCAAUGCGGAAAGAAUGACCGCCAAAUAAAUUGAAAAUGGGAGAGGAAGUUCCCCUCCUCGUAUACCAUGAGCGAGCCAGCCAAGGAUGGCCGUACCGUAGACUCCCUGAUCGCCCUGACCAGAUAGGCGUCCAAUCCUGGGACCGCUGCCAGCGGGACCCACCUGCCCUUGCCGACACCAGGUCCUGACAAUCCCGGACAUCCGCAAACAGAAUCCCUCCCUACCGGCUGACCAGUUCAGACUCACCAAUAACUCAAUCUUCAUGGCCCCAAAGAAAGGAAGAAACGGCGAGGCAUACCUCUGUGAGCACCUGGCACAAUUGUCCCCAUAGGGCCCCCAAACCGGUCUCUUUGGAUUCGCAGAAACUGACCACUGCACAGGCCCUGCACCGCCUGCCAUACCAGAAACUCUGUGGUGACAUCCACCCAACCCUGGGGCUUACCAGAAAAAUUAAACCAGACACGCGCGACAUAUCCGCCAAGGACCCAACGCUCCAGCAGUCACAACAGACCUUGUAACGAGCAGGCGAACCCACAAAUACACCCACCUCUGACUCCUGCGCCUGCCAUUCCACCCAUAACCUGGAGUACCUGGCCCAAAAGGAACCGGACCUACACGACACAUUAAGACCCAGGCGCCGGAGCAGGAGAAGUACUGAAAGAGAAAAGGAGGGGCCGAAUGCUGGUUAAUCGCCUGCACAACCCCGAGGUUGGCACAGUGAAUAACGGCCCGACGGUCCUGUAGCUCCCGACCCCACAAUACCACUACAAUGGGAAAGCUCCAGGAAGGCAAGAUUCCUGGUCAAGCCGGAGGCGGACCACGCUGCCGGCCAUGUCAGCAAACCAGCGCGAUCCCAGAAUCACCCCAACCAGACAGAGCCAGCCGCGUCCGUAUAUAUGGGCAAGUCCGAACUGGACACCUCUGGCGCCUGCCAAGGUGAUCCUCCAAUAUACUCGGUUAGGAAGGAAUCCCAGACCUCCAGGUCAACCUGCAAUCGCCUUGUGAGCCGGAUAAAAUGCUGCGGCCCCGGUAGUCACGGCCACCAGGCGCCUGCGGGACAAUUGCCCCAUGGCAUGAUCCGGCAGUUGAAGGUCAACUUCCCUAACAGGGACUGCAGUUUGCACAGCUGCAUCCUCCUCAGACCCCUGGCCAUCGCCACAUCCCCUCAACCUUAGCCUGCGGCAGCCGACAUUCCAUGGCCACUGAGUCAAUUUUGAUACCCAAGAAGCUAAGGCACGUCACUGGCCCCACUGUCUAAUCGUGCUCUAAGAGAACCCUAAAGCACCCGAAAACUCGCUCUGCCGUGUCGACAAGUCAGCGAAGGCCCACACACAAAAGCCAUCAAGGUAAUGCAGCAACGAGCCGAUCCUUGCCUCCUGCAGCACCACCCACUCCAGGAAAGUGCUGAAGCACUCAACGUAAACCUCCUGCAGGAGCUUAUCCAGCACCAUCCGAGGGGAGUCUAGCACCGACUUAGGAACAUAAACUAUAGAAUGUGACGGCAGAUAAGAACCAUUCGGCCAAUCUAGUCUGCCCAAUUUUCUAAAUACUAUUAUUAGUCCCUGGCCUCAUCUUAUAGGUAGGACAGCCUUACGCAUAUCCCGCGCAUUACUGUGUUAACCUCUACCCCUUCAGCUGGUAGGCUAUGCCAUGCAUCCACUACUCUUUCAGUAACGUAAUACAUCCGGGUAUUAUUUUUAAACCUUCGCCCCUCUAAUUUAAGACUAUGUACUGUCAUUGUGGAAGUUUUACUCCUUUUAAACAUAGUCUUCUCCUUACUGUGUUGAUUCCCUUUAAGUAUGUAAAUGUUUCUAUCAUAUACCCCCUGUCUCAACUCUCCUCCAGGCUAUACAUGUGAAGAACCUUUUCUUCAAGGGCGCUCCGAGAAGGGGAUCCAGAAGCCUUGGGUGACCCCCUCCAGCAGGAGCCCCACGGCCUGCCGAUUCCAGUCGCGGUUGAGCCAUAGGUGCAUCGCGCUUACGAGCACUGGGGUCGCCGCCCUGAGCUCCCAAGUCCCCUUUCUCCCCGGACUACUCUUCUUGAAACAGCAGGAGGCAGAGUGAGCUCCACCGCAAUGGGAGCAUUCGUGCUUAAAGCAGCUCGACCCGCCCCACUUACAUCGGCUGACAUUAAACUUCCAGCAACAACCUGGCCGUUGCUGCGAAGCCAAUGGGGCGGAGCCGCCCCGUCCCCCCACCCUGGAAAGGGGGACAACCCCCCUCUAGGCGCCGCUGGCCGGGUUAUGAUGGAUAGCCAGAGGCCAAUGUCCAUCGGAUCCCACGCUACAGAGCUAGACCGCGAGGCGCUGACGAAAACGUUUGGCAUAGCACCACCAACCCAGGCCAUCAUAAGUAUGUCGCACAUUCCAAGUGGUGUCCUGGUAACAAAACAGCGCCGCGCAGUGCUGGGGAACCCUCUCUCCAAUCAUGCUCUCCAAGAUAGCAAACCCCGAACCCAAUUCCCCAACGUCUUAGGAAUUUCCUAAAACGGAACUUUACAUCACCGUCAUCCGAGUCCAACCCCUCCUUGUGCCCCAAGGGCCAAAGGGGGAUAUCUUUGAAGAGCACCCUCCAAGGGCCAAAGGGGGAUAUCUUGUGCGACUGCGCAGGAGAGUGGGGGUGCUGCCCCCAGCGAGGAAGAGGCCCAACUCCCACUCCCCAAUUGCCGCGCUGAGGAAUGAGCACACCGCCCCCCACCCACCUGGGGACACACCUUCACGACAGGAAGGUACCACACUGAGCAUCCUGACCGUUGAACUUGGCAAUGUGGCAAUGUGAGUGGAGUCUGCUUGUUGGCUAGAGGGGGGUGCUGGGAUUUAGUAGCGUGAGAGGACUGGGAUUUAGUAUAUGGGGGGGGCUGGGAUUUAGUAGAGGGGGAUGCUGUUUUUUUUUGUUUGUUUUUUAAAUACUGUAAUUUUCAAAAUAAACCUAAGUUUCUAUGAAAAUUUAAGGGUUUGUUUUUUUUUCCUGCCCACAUAAAAUUAAACCUUGUUUAUGUGGCCCGUGCUAGACUUUGAGUUUGACAUUCUUGUUGUCGAGUGCAGAUCGUUGACAAGAAGGUAAAAUACAUGAGGGGUAAACUGGGGUGAAGAUACCACCAACCCAAAAAAUCUGAGUAAAGAAUAAAGGCAGAAACAAAGUGGACAUGCGUAUUAUUCAUUCUGUAUACACAAGCUUAGCAUAUGAACUCGUUCAUGCAGGUCAUGUGGUAGAGCAUGCAUGCAUCCUGUGGGAUAGGUCGUUCUUCUUUUCACUUAGAUUCUGUGUGUGUAUCUUGUUUCCUACCUGACAUUAAUUUUAAUUAGCUAGUUAUUGUGUGAAAGCCCUUGUUUCAACUUCCCUGUGUUUCUGUAAGACUGUAGGCUUUCCUUUGUGUCAGACAGGCCUCAAGGCAUGACCUAGUGGAAUAACAAAUUAGCACAGUUAUUGUUCUCGAAAGAAUAGAUAAUGUUCGCUUUGUGUAGAGUGCAUCCAUAUUCUGAGAGGCCUGCAAGUGUUGCUCAUUCACUGCUAGGCAAGUUUCUAACCGCCUCUGUUUGGGCUCUGAGGUGGAAUACCGGGCUUUUAAUUUACUGCUCUCACAUAAUACACACAAUGUUUUUAGGUUGUAGAGAAUAAAGCUUGUGUUUUAACCCCUUAAGGACCAAACGUCUGGAAUAAAAGGGAAUCUUGACAUGUCACACGUCAUGUGUCCUUAAGGGGUUAAAGGAACGUGUUUGCUUCCUUACCUUUUUAAUGCAUUGUUUAUAGCAAGGUACAUACAAUUACCACAUAUUUACUACCUCUUAAUGUCAGCGAUGGGUUUAAUCUAGGUUAAAUAGAGCUCCUCAUCAAAGUAAAAACAAGUAUCAGUCAUUCUAAAGUAUGAGUAACUUUACAUCUCUCUGCCUUAGUACUGAAGGAGUUGAGUACAGAUCUCAGCUGCAGCAUUGAAAUUAAUCGUAUUUCUUAAGUUAUGAUUUCAUUAAAAUUAUUAAUCAUUUUGAACCAUCAGUAAGACCCCCAAGAGACUGAAUGGCGCAUUCUUUGGGAGAAAACGCACAAAGAAUGAAGGUUGUUUUGAACGCACGUUAACAGCAAUGAAUUGAUGUCAUAUAUGUCAACAUAAGAAAUCAACACCCCCUGCAGAUCUGUUUGCAACAUAACAAAACCCUGAAAAAAAGUAUAUUAAAAAAGGACAUUAGUAACAAAGGCCCCAGUUAGAAAGGAUCUAUGUUAAAUAUCUGAUACAAAUCAAGGGAUUAAUAUAUUACUAAAACAGCGAACACGAGAACUCUGAAAAUGUGCAAAACCUCAAUAGUUUGCCCUUCAGUUAGUCGUUAACCUGCUAUAAACGUUUUUACCUCCUGCACUGUGAAAUUUACUUUAAUCCUAUACAGGAGGCUCCUGCAAGGUGUAAUACGCUAUUAACAGUGCAGGGGAUAAUACCUUCUAAAUUAAACAGAAUUUGCAAUAAAGUGUAAACAGAUCUUUCUUUACAGGAAGUGUUUAGGAAGGUUGUGCAAGUCACAUGCAGGGAGGUGUGACUAGAACUGCAUAAACAAAGUGUUUUAACUUCUAAGUGGCAGAUAAUUGAGCGGUGAGACUGCAGGUGCAUGAUCUAUACACCAAAAUUGCUUCAUUAAUCUAAAGUUGUUUCGUAUAGUGUCUCUUUAAGUAAAUGCAUUGCAACAAAACCAGAUAAUAUGAGAACUCUGAGAACUGACAAAAGCUCAGAGAAACCUCAGUAGCUUACCCUUCAUUUAGUCCCUGCUUAGGUCUCGAAAAUGUUUUUGCCAAAAGGAUCCUGGCAAGUUUCCUAUGCAUGUGAGAUCCAACAAGCCCAGACACCCCCAUGGGUUCAGUCUGAUUUGCAUGUGAUAUAGUUUCUCUCUGUAAUUGGCACAUGUGAGCAAGGAAUUACAGAAGGACAACCUAUUGAGGUUUCUCUGAGCUUUUGCUCUGUUUUUCCUGCAGUGCGUUUGGUUAGGAUCUCCUUAAGUAAAAAGGCUAAUCCAGACAUACAUCACAUGCUCACUGUGCCUAGAGGUGUUUCAGCUACACUUUGCUGACAAGGCCCAAAGAAGGUGAUUGUCUGGGGUUGCUGUAUCUCUCAAACUUACCAGCAUGUCAUAUCUGGACUGCCCUUAUAGGUGGGAUCAGUCUGAUAUGCAAAUGGUAUAGGUUCUCUGCAGUGGCACAUGUGAGAAAAAACUUUUUGAGACCUGAGCUAGGAUUACCAAAGGAUAAAUUUCUUUGAUUUUGCCCGUUCUCAAAGUUUUUAUAUUUUCUGUUUAUGCUGCAAUAAUAUAUAACCUCAUCCCUUUCAAAAGUCUCUGGGAGGCAUAUUUCCAGUGGAUUUCUCUAUUCACCAGAUUUAUCUCUGCAGGCUUGCGGUUACCCAAAAGAGGGCUUAAAAUUUCCACUUACCAUUAGCCAUUGGCUGCGAAUUUAGCACUGGUGAGUAGAAAUUCACUCAUAGUGAGUGUGGUCCUGGCUUGCUUAGGCAAGUAGUAGUUUAAGACUUGAACAAUAGUUAUGACUGCAAAUGAAGAGGGUAAAAGGCAGUGUUUUUUUUUUUUUUUUUAAAUAGAGACCCCCUUCCUGUCUCAACAGAGAAAUUUACCUUUUAGCUGAUACCAGCAAGGUGAUAUGUAAGUUUUAUAGCCCUAUUUAGGGUUACUAAGUAUGUAGGGGUUUAUAAAAGACCCCUUCAUGUCACAUUAGAGAUGUUUACACUUUGUCUGAUACCAGCAAAGUUUAUUGUAUGUGUAGAAGCCCUAUAAAGGGUUAAUUGUAAUAGGGUUUAUAAAAUACCCCUUCCUGUCUCAUUGGAGAUUCUUGGCUGAUAUCAGAAAAUCUAAUAGCUAGUGUAGGACUCACCUUUUGGGGCUUGCCUUGACGCGGCAGGUGAGCUUAUAUUCAAAUGGCCAUUGGAAUAAAACUAAACAGCCUCCAUUUUGUUUAAAUGUACAUAGGGAUUUGGGCCAGAGCGCAGGUAACGUUCUCUUUGUUUUGGCUACACAUAAGGCUAGCUAGACAGGAGAUAAAGGCUAUGAGUAUGAAUUUACAUGCUAAUUUUGAACCUGAUAGACCACUGGAACUGCGCUCAGUUUUUGUUUGGCUUAGCUAUGAGUUAAUAAAAGAAAAAACAACAGGUCAGCAUAAACAGAGAGGUGUGACAACUGUGCAGAGAACAGACCUCAACUAGUCGCAUGGUAGGUUAGUGAAGUGCCAAUUAGCUUUUAGGCUGCUUCUCUGGUGUCAGAAGCAGCCUAUCCCUGCAAGUGGCAUAGUUGGCAUGUGGUCAAGAAUGUCCAGGAGGGGAUCCUCCCGAAGGGAGUAAGGUAGAAGCCCCUUCCAGCCCCAGGCCUGUGUGUGGGCCGGCAUCUUGUAACCACAGCCUCUGAGUCUCUGUGAGUCCCAGUCCUUUCCACUUAGGGGUAACAGGAGACCCUGAUGUUGCGUAGCCGCCGAUGGCAGUUUGUCUUCUGUCUGCAUGGACGAUGCUUUGAAGGACAACCCCUGAUGGCCGUCAGCCUAGGUGGGCGAGCUUUGGUGAACACAGGUGGCUGUAUAUUUGCUAUGCCCGAAGGGGCUCCUCUCACCUCCUGGUUGCUGCUCUCCUGGUUAUCACUCUCUAAGGACCGCUCCAACAUGCUAGAACAGUCCUGCCUGGGCUGCAUAGGUUUAUAAUGUGUGUACUUGUGGGAUAUGGGUGAAUAACCCCCAUCGGUCUAAAGGUGGGGGAGGAGAGAUGGGGCUGCUAGGAGUUGCCUCAAGGGUACAGCCUGUGCAGAACAGGAAUUUGGCUGCCUCUCCCGCCAGGCAGCACUGGAGAACCCCAAAAACUACACAGAGCUUCUCAGCAGGUUCCCAAAGCAGGUAGGUUGCGUUAGACGUCAGAUUAGGUUUUUGGGAGUCAGUGUAGUAGCUCAAUUUUAAAAAACAUCAUGUGUGAAAAUAAUAAAGGCUUGAAACAGCUGCUACUGCCACACACCAGUAAAACGGUUAUUUAUGUUUAUAAAAAAAUUAUGUGAUUUAUUGUACCUGAAGUAGUGAUUUAUAUCUUAAAUAACACAAACAAUACACUAUACCAAACCUUCACAGUUACAGAGAAUACUACUAGGCGAACAUAAAGGAAUUUAAUUUGUGUGAAGUUUGAAAUGUCAAAGUCAAGGUGCCAGGGUCGCUGAUUAACGUGAACCUGGCACUCCAAGUUCAACCUUAGCUAUAACAGCUCCCAAGGUAGUAAAUAUAUAAUUUAUCAUAAAGAUAAGUUAUUUAACUUUGGUGCAUUACUUACCUGGUGUUCCUUGCUCCAGUGCUUCCAAGUUACACUAUUGUUCCACCUACCCGUCACUGCCACCCCUUUCUGUAGUGAUUGGCUUGGUCUGUGGCCUCUUCAAGCGGGCAGUUCUCACUGAUGAUACCAUUACACUGACUUAACUUUUAGAAUAUCAACACUAGAAUAUUCCUGAUUAUUUCAUUUAUUAUUGAAUUGGUUGUUUUUUGCCUAUUUUAAUACUUUAUAUAUACAAUACUUUAUAAUAGAAGUUGUCGAUUCCAGCUUUGAAUACAACUUUAAGGUGAACAUUUUAAUGUAAAGUUAGAAACAAAAUAUAUCUAGUAAAAUACUGAGGGGGAAAAAACACACUUGUGCUGUCAAUGAGGCAGAGAGAGAAUUUUAAGUUCUCCUCCCUUUUCCAAAAGAUCCAAGUGGUUACCACGGUGAUCUGUGUCAUGCAGUCUAUGAAAUCAAAUGACGCAAAUCACUAAAUGAUUCUUGAGUGCAGCCUGGGAAAUUCUCAGCCAGGUCGUUUAUAUGAGCUGUCAGCCCUUUACUACUUUUACCAAUGACAAUGACAGAUUUAUUGAUAGCUUAAAGGUGAAUUAGGGACAGACUAAAGGAACAAAUAAUGCCUGAAAAAAUAUAGCUAUAUUAGGUGUGUGCAUGCACACCAGUUCCAAAGAAAACAGUACAAAAACAUUCAUGAAUUUUGUUGACAUAUACCUGUCAAAAUAGAGAAUAGAACUUCCUCAAUACACUAUCCUAUGUAUUGCAUAUAUUUGAUUGUAUUAUUUAAUCAUUUAUUUAUUUACUGUCUGAUUGUAGUUUUAUGGCACUGGCAAAAACUCCAAAUAAUAAUUUGACUCCCAGCAGGUAAUGCAUGUGCUACUGCCCUGCCCCCAAAAUGCACUCACAUGGUGGGGCUAUCAGUAUAAUUUAGGUGCCGUAGCAGUAGUUACUGAGAGUCUCAAGAGCUGAAGAUGGUUGCCAUAUCUGCCUAGCAGAGAAUCACCUGGGAACAUGUGAUUAUUUAGGAAUUACCAUGUGCAAAUUAUUUGUAACUAAGUACUAACUCUGGCAUGUUUAAGAUAAUAUUAAAGCUAAAGCAAUGGGUGUCACAGGAAUGCUCCCACUUUACUUCAGUGCACUUUUGAUUCUCUGGUUAACCACUAAGAAACCCUCAUGUUGGGCUCUACCACUUAUAAAACAAUUACAUUUGCCUCUGGUUCAAGAUCCCGCUACAUCUCUACCGGUGCUUAUGUAGGCUAUUUGUGGAUUUCAAUAAAUAGCUGUUUAACUUGUCUAAAUUAGAGGCCUUAGUGCCUACAUACUCUUUCCCAUUCAUAACUAUAUAUAUAUAUAUAUAUAUAUAUAUAUAUAUAUAUAUAUAUAUAUAUAUGCAUUUCUUUGUUAUUUUAUAUAAUAUUAUGCCAUUACCAAAAUCUAUCAAUUAUCUUGAUUACUUUAAUAAACCCUAUACCUAGAGGCUAUUUUUACUGACCAAACAAGAUGCUUUCUUAUGGGAAAAUAGCAAAUAGCUGACACUGGAUGUCCUCAUGCACAGCGUGAGGACAUCCAGCGUCAGCGGACCAAAAGUCCAGUAACAUUCUGGAAGCGCCUCUAUUGGCUGUCUCGUAGACAACCACUGGAGACAAACUUAGUACUCUAAAACUGCAAUGUUUUACAUUGCAGCACUAAGUGCAAUAGGGACACUGUACCCAGACCUUCAAUGAGUUGAAGUGGUCUGGGUCCUGAUAAUGUUCCUUUAAUAAGCUGAAUAUUAGGUGCUGUCUUAUUAUUAUACCCCAUAGAUUGGUUACAAAGAAUGGCUUUUGAUGCAAGUUAACCUUUGAUUCAGUGCACAAGUCCGCCAGUUAUGGUACCUAGAGUGCACCAUUUGCAAAUUGUUUAACAACUUACCUGGGGUCGGCCAGGCAUCAGUCAUUAGUUGCUGACUACAGGAGGACCAGAAGCUAUCUGCUCUGAGCAAGCCCAGUAGUGUAGGGCUUGGCUUAUUAAAUAAGAGAGCUCAGCUAACACUUCAGCCAACUAAUCCGCUACACAGUUUGGCAAGCAGAAGCUUAGUGCAUGAGCUUCAGGCUCUCCAGGAAAAUAUUAUUGAUUCCCCCUACUCCCCCCCUCCCCCCCCAUGGAUCCAAGGUAAGUUGUCAAACUGUUUGCAAAGAGUCUGACUACUUUCAUUUGAGGGCACUCCCGACACUAGAACCAUUACAGUGCACUUUUGAUUUUCCUUUAAAUCUCAUUUUAUAUUACUUCAUAUAAUCCCAUUUUGAUUUGGUUUUGAUGCCAAAGUUUCUUAACAUGUGACACUUAUUUUUAUUUAUUCACCUAAUGGGUGAAAAUAUUACCAUUUGUCAUGUAUUACCUCUAACACAAGACUGAUUGUAACUAACAAUCAUGCAUUGCUACAUAAAACCUGCUCUUUUUCAGAGGUCCACUGCCAAUAUACCAUUCCUUAUCAGAUGUAUUCUUACGUCAUUCCUAGAACAUUCAUUUUUAUGAUCUUAAUCGCCGUUAUUAAACAAUUAUCACAUUUUAUUUAUGUUUUAGAUUUGCUAAUCAAAUUUUUUUUUAUUUAAAACAAUCUAUAGAAUCCAAUGAAAAUUACACUCUUAUAGUGCAUCUGUGUAACACAAAACAUAUGAGUUAAAUAAGGUAAGCAGCGGGUCUCAAAAAUCCGCUCUGUGGUGUAGAUGACUUUAGUCCAAAGAAGUGUCCGUUCUUUAAUUUUAAACAAAACAAUCACAAAUCAUUCUGCUUUCUCGCAUCCUAAUAUGUCUUACUUCAAAAGAACAUGAUGAAUCGCUGAUUGUACUUGUUCGAGACGGUGACACUUUCAUCAUUAUAAAUCAUUUCAUUACACAGCAAUGCACUGCUGCCUCCAACUCCACAUUUAAACAGGUUGUGUUAUUAUUUGCUGAUAAAGCGUCUCUGUUCCUCUGCUGCCAGCUAAGAGAUCCCUUCCUCUCGCCCCCUAAAACUUUGUAGACCCUGCAAGCGGUAUAACUUACCCUUUUUUUCAGAGGGCUUGUCAUACUGGAUCUUCUUUUUUGGCUCUGCCAUUAUAAAGGACCUAAGUGGCACCUUGAAAUGUUCUCUGAACUUUCUUGGACAUAUGUGUGAAAUCACAGUGAAUUCCUGAGAAAUAACUGUCCACCUUUAAUAUAUUUGUGCAUUUUUCUCCUCCUAUAGAUAAACAAUAUAUCAAGAAUCAGAAUAUACCGGCAAAUGCAUUACAAAUGAAUAAUAUUAUCACUGUAGAUCCUGUGCCAGCGUUGCAUAUGUCAUUGCAUACAUACAACGUAGAAACAUAGUGAUGCCUUAAAUGCUAAAUAGAUGUAAGAAUUAUACAAUUUAUCAUUAAACAUUGAAAUGUACAUAUUUUCAGUGCAUUAAAAAAAGAUGUAAGUCACCAACUUAUUUACUGUACACUGUGCAUGUUGCAUUAUACCCAGUGAACAAACUAAAAUCCCAUGACAGGCAGGUUAUUGUCUAUUUGUUUUCUCUGCAGAAAUAGAUAUUGAACGAUGUGUACGAGAGUCAAUCAACCUGUUCUGCUGGACACCAAAGAGUGCAACAUAUAGACAGCACGCUCAGACACCAAAGCAAGCUGGAGGUGACAGCAAUGGCAUGAGCAGAUCACCAACCACCUUCACUGCUGAUUUUGAGGACUCUUCCAAAACUGACUUGGUAAGCGCAUUUGUUUGAGGACAAGCUCAGUUUGUUUUGAUGAAAUUAUGACAGAGCAGCAUGUUUCUAGGUUUAAUGACCAAUGUCAUAUAUAGGUGCUUUAUCCAUUAGCAGACAGAUGUAGGAGAGAUGCCAUUAGCAGACCGAUGUAAUGAAGCCACCAAUGGUAAAACCAGGAUGGAUAGCUAAAAACCACAAAACAACUAAUUUGCAUCCAAGACAAAAUCUGGUACACAAUAAAAUAAGUAUUUAUUUGCUUAUCCUUUGCAGAAACAUUUGGGUUGGUGGGUUUAAAUUACUAGAGUUGACAACACAAAUUCUGGAAAGUUGAAGGAACACUAUAUGGUCAGGAACAGAAACAUUUAUUCCUCACCAUUUAGCCCCCUUGCCUGGUCACCCUAAAUAUAGCAAAAUAUUAUUUUUAAUCCAGUCUGCUGCUGCAGGCUCCACUCCUGAUCUGCCUGCUUGGCUGAUUUUAUCAAACGUGUUGAUCAAAAGCCAAUCACAAUGAUUUACCAUAUCAAAGCAUUGUAUUGGCUGAGACUGUCAAUGAGGCAGAUCAGGGCAGAGCCAGCACAAGCCAAACACAACCAUGGCUAAUCAGCAUCUCCUCAUAAAGAUGCAUUGGAUUAAUGCAUCUCUAUGAGGAAAGUUUAGUGUCUCAAUGCAGGGUGGAGACACUAAAUGGCAGUGAUGCACACUGUGCAGCACUGCCCCAGGAAGCACCUCUAGCAGCAUCUGAGGAGUGGCCGGUGGAGGUAUCCCUAGGCUGUAAUGUAAACACUACCCUUUCCCUGAAAAUACUUUUUCUGCAAAAAUUAUAUAUAUAUAUUUAUAUGCUAUGAAAUAGAAGCCUCAUUAAUGUUUAGAUUAUAUUUAAGUGAAGAUUUUAUGAGCAACAUCUUGGAGAGAUGAUAAAAAUGUGUGUAACUACAUUUCUUAUUUUGCUUUACUUUUUAUAUUCCUGAUUAAAGUGUAAAGCUGUAUACCAUUUAAAGGUGUGGUAAUAUGAUGAGAGAUAUUUUCCUACCAGGUUCCAUUAGCUUUCUAAAACUACUGAAAGUUGAAAGGCAUAUUAGCAAGUCUAGAAUGAUUUCUGCUGCAUGAGACUUUGUGUAGGCGAUUGUGCCCAUUUUGGUGUCUAAGAUUUUGUGUGGAUCGUUAACAGCUCUUAUGAAGCUCCAUCAGUGGCAAGAGUUUCAAAUCAUCAAUGGCUGCAGAGCCUUUCUCUCUUAAGCUAAAGCUUUGAAACUUGCAUUAGCUCCCUCCAUUAGCAUCCUACAGUGUACACUUUAGACUAGAGAAUGGGCUAUUGUUGUAGUCUGGUAAGGUGAACCUCUCUUUAUCUCUGCUAGUGACAAUAUCUCAGGGACCGAUUGUUGCUGCAUGCUUGCAGACAGAAUGCUCUUGUUAUGUGAAACAGAAGUUGUUACUUCACUGAAAAGAGCCAAGGACUGUUACGAUCAAGAUUAUCCUCCGCGGGCUCCUUAACGAAUCAUACAGAUGCCAUUCCUACACUUUAAUAAUGACCUAUUCAGUGAUUGUGAUUACCUACAAACAGGAAACGUUUCUUAGUAUAAUACUAGCUAAACCACAUUUAAACAUUUUAAUUCUCUCAGGUACCGAGUAGGACAAAAAGCUAUACCAUCUUAAUACUUUGUAUACAAUUUCUUCAAAGCUAGUUUUGUAAACUUGAUGUAUACAAGACUUUAGUUUGCCCGGAGUUUGGGUUUUAUUGUUUUUACAUACAUAUGAGGAUGAGAUGAACACUCCGAGCACUCUCACGGAGAGUCUAUCACUUUACUGUUUGUAUGAUGCCCACAGCAGUAUUAUUAUUGGUGGUAGGUUUUUGCAGUGCUAGCAACAACUGAGGUAUACACCUUAUUGCACCUUUUGGGGGCUUACCUUCCUGCUCAUGUUGCUCUCCUAGAUUUUAACAGUUGACCUUUGCAGAUCAGGGUCUCUUUUGAGUUGAAUCCUCUGAGGGUUCCAUGAGUGAGAUUCUUUUGUUACCUGUAGCAUGUAGUGCAGGGGUAGGCAACCUUUGGCACUUCAGAUGUUGUGGACUACAUCUCCCACAAUGCUCUUACAGCCGUAUUGUUAGCAAAGCAUCAUGGCUUUGCCAAAACAUCUGCAGUGCCAGAGGUUGCCUAUUCCUGCCCUAGUGCAUGAUACACUUUUGAAGAUAAUUAGAUCUCCUUAUUUCCUUAUACAUACAUAUUUACAAUCCCACCUUCCCUAGUAUUUAACAGGCAUCAUUUGCUUUUGUUACUUUGUACCAUGGGCACUGAAGAAUAAAGCGUGAAGUUGGAAGUUGUCCCUUGUUUUUGGUUUCCUCCCAUUCCUUCUUUUUUUUUUUUUUUGUGGAUAAAAAUGUGACAAUGAAAAUGCGGAGGUGUUAAAGAUGUGCUCUUUGCACCAUGCCAACUUCUUCACAACACCAUGAUAUAGAAGCCUCCUAAAUAUUUUAAUUCCAUUUACUACUCGAAAUACUUACCUUUCUAUAAAGUAAGUAAGUCUUUGACAGAAAGCGUCAGUGUUGAAUCCAGGGACAAAGGAAGAGACAGAAGGGCCAGGUGAACGGGUUUCAACCUUAAGGUAAGAUGGUGCCCAGGAUCUCAGACAUUAUAAACACUUUUUUGAGAUCUUCAUCAUUAUGGUACCCUGAAGAGUCCUUAAAUAACAUGUAAUUAAUGCUGACAUUAUGAUAACGGUCCCUGGGCACAGACAAAAGAGCUUGGUAUUCUACAGAUGUUUUACACUGUCUGUAAAGCACCAAAACGAUUUCAUUCAGAUGAAUUAGUGUCUAAAAUGUCCUUUAAAAUAAUUUUUUUAACCAUAUCAGUUCUUUAGACACAGAGAAAGUGGGUCCUCUUUAACACUGCCUUUAAUUGGACCUCUUGCUACUCCUAUAGUGAUCAGAGAUCUAAAUUGGCAGCUGCUAAAAAGUAGAGACCCAAUACAUAUGACGGAUUAGGCAUUCUUUCAAGUGAAAUAUUAUGGUUUAAAACAUUCUUAUGAAAGUCAGUUAAAAAAAUUAUUCAAUCAACUUAAGGAUAUGAUCUCUGGUUCUAGAUACCAUAUUUUUAAAGAAGUCAAUUUUGAAGUACAAUGAGCAACGUGUCUUUGUGUCAGAAGGUGUAUCAGAGAAACUGUCACAUAAGAGAUAUGGUGUAUGAUACUUUUGUAUAUGUACCACUUAUUUUGUGUUUGCUUGGACUGCUUCUAUCUAUAUGUCUCUUGCUGUGUAUGGAAAUUCCAGUGUGUACUAUGGAGGUGUAUCGGUAGUGGUGUUUAGGAAUGCGUGCAGGAGAGCUGCUGUAUUGAAGCCAAACAGAAGAGUAGCAUGCAUGUUUAAAAACUGGCUACAGAUGAAACAAGUAGUAUCAGCAUAAUUAUCCUGCAUGGAUUCAGAACACUGCACAAUUGAGAUGUAUUAUGCAAACAGUAAUGAAUUUGGAAUAACUUCUAAGAGAGCAGGAGGACAAGAACAUCUGUGGAAUGUUAGAGGCUUCCACUUGCAUAGAUAAGUUGUAACGUUAGUAUACUUGGGAUAUUUAGUACUUGUGUGUAGAUCACAUAACAUUUUUAUGCAGGACAGCACCAGUUCAAUUUACAGAUGGCAAAUACAAAUUAUCGAUUGGAAGUGUAUAGUAUUUGCUGCAUUUUGCACUUCCAUUAAACAAAUUCAAAGUUUAGUUACCAGAGCUUCUCAUCCCAGUUUGAACAUAAUUGAGGUAAUUGUCCGUUCUUUGGUUUAAGAUUGCUAUUCAGACUGGAGGAGUAAUUUCUCAUCUUUAGAAAUAAUUUGGCAUCUGUAUUACUGCAUUCUCUACCUAAAGGAAAUAAAGUGAAUGCAGGUACUUACCUUGUCUGUGACGUCGUGUCAUAGACAAAGAGCAUAAUUAUUGUUUGGCCACAUUAUAUUCAUAAUACAUUAUAGUGUGAAAUCUAUUUGGCAUUAAUUACUUUUUACAAUCAACACAUUGUUGACAAAAUGGGUGACCUGCAUUCCAUUCUGGUUUGUUAAAUACGUCUCAUGAUACCUAGAGGUCAAUUGUCACCUCAAAACUAUUUGAAUACAACAAUACUUAUUUUCUUUGUAAUAAAACAUAUGUUUUAAAAAAGAUCAUAGAGACUGUUGGUUUUCUAACACUGUCUGACCCACGGUACAUGUAUAAAGAAAGCUGAAGGAUCCUGUUACUAAAUACUAAAGGUAUUUCUUCUAACACAGAAUCCAUUAUCUGUUAUCUGGGGGGGACAGUAUGAGAGUAUGAUCAAUAAACCGACAGGCUAAAGUUUACUACUUAAUUUCCAAUAAUAUGUAUUAUUAUUAUUCUUUAAAACGGAGAGAUACAAUGUUAAUUUUUCACUAUUUGCGACAAUUUUGUCAUUUAUACCACCUUUUUGCUAUGCUUCCUAUAUAGACUAAUUUCUUGCUGUCUGUAGAAAAAGAGUAUACAUGACAGCAUCUGGGGUACAUAUUGCUACCAGCAAAGGUGCUUGCAGUCCAUGUCUGCUCAGAACUAAUAACACUGCUGCCAGUCUGCAUCUUAAAGCAGAGGUGUGUGAUUAGUUAUCUCUGUCACGUCUACCCCCAAUCACAGCUUCGCCACACACUGAUUACCUCUGAGAAUAGACACGGGCAACCAUCCUUAUCAGGAGAUUUCACUUAGGUGCCAAAGUCAAUUUACAGAUGUCCUGACUAAGUUCUGGAGUACUGCCUCAGUGAACAGGGAGACAUAGACAUUGCAAAAGAAAAUUAAAUAUGAGUCUGCACCCCAGGAAACCCACUGCAGCCGUGACUAUGGUGGCAACGUGGAUUAAUGAAAAUGAUGUUAAAUAUUUCCAUGUUUAUUAUUAAAGUUGGCUUUCAAUGAAAGCACUAAUAUAAAAUAUUAGCACUAUAUACAAAUUGUUAAAUUAAUAAAACUGUUUUUUAUUGGGGUAUAAUUAUUUAAACUUGUUUUUAUCUAUUCUUGGAGGUUUUUAAAUAUUUUUUUGUAAUAUUAGUUGUAAUAAUAGUUGAAAGCAAAAUUAUCCUUUUGUUGUACUGAAUUUUCUGCAGUUACCUUUUAAAUCAGAGAAUAAAUACAUCAUACACCAUUAUAGAUAAAGUACAUGUAUCCAUUUAUUGAUGAUUAAAAUGCAAAUAUGGUUGCAUUUUACCUCGGCUAUGAGCACAUACAAUUGUUCUCUAUUUCUAAAUUAAAGGGACACCCUGGGCACCAUAACACCUUAAUUGGAAUGAAGUUGUCAUGGGGAAGGAUAGCUUGUUUGCUGAAUUACUACAAGGGGUGCUCUUUCACUUCCAUUCCAGUCCAAGGCUUCAGGAAUCAAAGAAUCAUAAAGAUGCUCUCAGGCUCUUAGUAGCUCCACAUUAAUAAAAAGGAGUGAAAAAAGUACAGUGGCACCAGGUCCGAGCCUUGAACUAGAAGUGAAGGGGCAGGGGCCCAGAUUAAAGAUUUUGGAGUUAAAAUGUUCAAUAACGCUUUAAUCCCUUGAGGUAAGCCAACGCCCGUGACUUCCUGCACCAUAAAAAUGUAAUUCCGAUAAAGUUGUUCUGGUUCAUGGGAUAGUCCUUUAGGCAGUCCUGUCAUCUGUAAAUAUUUUCAUGACAAGUCCACUUUGAGACAGUUCUUUGCCCCUGGAUGACUAUCUUCUUCUAACUUCUCAUUUUAAAAAAAAAAUUGUACAUAGCAAAGAUCAGUUUAUAGUUACAUUUUACGUGAUUGAGGAAGAAUACACACUAAUUACAUUAAGUGCAUGGUUUGUAUGAAUUUGCAGACUAAUCAUGAGAAAAAAUGUUGGAAAAAAACAUGACCUUUGUUCGAAAUCUUCUCUUUACACCAAUUUAUUUAAGAUUCUUCAAGGGAUUAAACAUUUUAUGUGGAGGGGGGUACUGUACUCUGUGUUGGAUUUAAAUCUAAGGUUUCCAAAAUGCCUUCCAUCACAGGUUUAAAUAACUUAAAUUCCACUCCGAAUGUUUCACAUAACUCUAAUAAUAACAGAGAGUAAUAAGAGGGAGUCCUUUAAUUGGCUUACCUAUUUUAAACCUUUCUUUUUGUGUUUGUUUUACUAUUUAUCUUUUAUAGUGCACUAUUUGAUCCCAUCAUUCUAAUAGGAGUAUGAGCUUAGCAUUUGAGUGAAAAUUUAUAAUACAUUAUCAGCUAUUAUGACCUUUUUGUUAAACCUUUGCUUGUGAAAAAGAGAAAAAUGUGAGGCUUAUAAUCUUAACUAUUGUUUGAAUUUAUAUCUGCACAGUAAAGUAGAAUGUAGGAUCAUGUGUGGUCUUUACUUAUGUUCGCUUUUCUUAUAGAGGUCCAGCAAGCAACAAAAUGUGAUGGUCACCCCCAAAAGGGGAUGUGCCCCAAAUUGUUGCAGUUAGUGGAGCAGAGUUACACUGCUGUCAUGGUACCUGUGGAUUUUUUUCCUUCAAUGCGUCACCAUACAACUUGAUGCUGUACCUUUCUGGCAUGAUGUCUAAUGUGGACACAACACUCACAACACUUUUUAUGCUUGCCUGACCUCCGGUCUGCUUUUCCCAAUUUCUCUAUAUUCCUUGAACUUGGCUUGUUUAUUGAACCUCUUUAUUUGGCCUGUCCUGGAAUUGUGUUAAAUCCAGCUACCUCUAUGAAAUGACAAUACACUACUUUCCUUUCUUUACCCUUUUUUUGUUAGGUUGGACUUACGUUCUGCAUACUACAACCAUACUCUAUCUUGACAACUGUCAGAGAUUAAAGCGAGACUGUCAUGCUGAACUUACCUUUCUCCUAUUGAUUCCUCUCUCAGAAUCUGUUCUUUUUUUUUCCCUUUCUGAUCUAGUUUACUUUAAAACACAAUACGACUACUUUGUUUUAUGUAUUUUUCCCACACUUGAACUUCUUUGAACAAAGGAGGAGCUUAAGUCUGCUCCAUUUCCUGUGGUCAAAGGAAUUUUCCCACAAUAUUCACCCUUUGCUUUCUUAUUCUCACAUUACUUUAUUCGCUGUUCGAACAUCCUGUCAUAAAGAAAAGGCACCGUCAAAAUAACCAAAUUUCAUCCUAACAGAAUGAGUACAGUUUGUUCAGAAUGAGUACUAUUCCAAUCCGGUCAGUGCAGCGACUGCAUCUUGCAGCUGCUUAGUAGAUAGCUCCCUAAUUCCCACAUUAUUGGGGAGCUAUCUACGUAAAGCUGAAAGACCAAAAUUGGUCUUUGAGAAAACUUUACUAAUACAAAGUAAAAAUUACUGUAAGUAAAUAGGGGAGAUUGAAAUCUCCCUCCUGCCCCUACUUGCGGCAUUGCAUGUUUAGUUUACUAAACAGUGAGCAGCCCAUGGUGGGGAACAUAUUAAAAUAAUUAACGGUGGGGGAAAUCAUGUCCCCACACGAGUGGGGGCUAUUAAACUAAACAGGAUCACUCAAUGUCAGUGAUCCUGUUUAUUGCUACUCACUGGAAGGCAACAUUCAACCCAACCCAGGUAUACUCCAAGCAUUUUAAUCACUGUGACUUUUUUUAGUGGCUUUUCAAGUCUUUAACACCAGGUUACACCCUAACACCCAAAGCUUAGUAUGCGAUGUUAUAUUAUUGAGGUUUCACUGUUUUGCGUCCAGAAUAUUUCUCAGGCUAAUGAUAUUUUUUUGUUGCCUAAUUACGCUAAACCUUUUCACAAAUGCUAAAUUGACAGAGGGUAUUGAAUUGUUUAAAAAGGGUUUAUGGGGAUUUAGCUCUGCUAAAUCAUAGUUACCCUUACAAAUGUUUUGGAUGCAUAACGUAUAAGGUAAAUAUUCCUAAUAUGUCUUCCUGAUCUUGACACCUAGGUGUGUUGGAAUUUCCUUUGUUGUAUAUUUGUACAGGACAGGCAGAACCAGAAUUUGAAGAUAUACUAGUGAUGUGAACAUGUUACACGUUACACUCACUGUGGCAAAAGUAACCUCGCCACAGGCUCUUGAAGGGGCCUGCUGGCCAGCCUCUUGCCUCAGGACUAUGGCCCCAGGUUCAGGACUGUUAAAAGGCUCUGUUCGUGACUUUUAAAUCACCAGGUUCGGUACAUAAGAUGCUAUAGCUAAAGAAAGUUAAUAUAAACAAAGCUCCAGGGCCUGACUGUAUUCAUCCACGAGUACUUAAGGAACUAAGUGUAGAAAUAAGUGAACCUCUGUUUUUAAUCUUUCAAGAUUUGUUUCUUUCAGGAAGUGUUCUGGAGGUUUGGAGGAAAGCAGAUGUGGUUCCUAUAUUCAAAAAGGGUUCAAAAUCCUUGCCUGGAAAUUAUAGACCUGUGAGCUUAACUUCUGUGGCUGGAAAAGUAUUUGAAAGGUUAUUAAAGGAUAAUAUUCAAGAAUUCAUUGAGAAGAACAAGGUUAUCAGCAAAAUUCAGCAUGGUUUUAUGAAGCACAGGUCAUAUCAAACUAACUUGAUUGCAUUCUACGAAGCUGUAAGUAGAAGUAUAGAUCAGGGUGUUGAAGUGGAUGUGAUCUAUUUGGAUUUUGCAAAGGCAUUUGUUCCACAAAAUAGAUUAGUGUUCAAACUCAAAGAAAUCAGUCUAGAUGAAAAUUCUUGUACUUAGGUAGAACAUUGGCUUAAAAAUAGAGUACAAAGAGUUGUCAUUAAUGGUAAAUUUUCAAGCUGGACAGUGGUGGCAAGUGGUGUCCCUCAUGGUUCUGUUCUGGGACCCCUUCUAUUUAACAUGUUUAUAAAUGAGCUUGAAAAAAAGCAUUGAAAGUCAUCUUUCAGUGAUUGCAGAUGACACAAAACUCUGUAAAGUAAUACAAUGUGAGCAAGAUAUUACUUUGCUGCAGAGGGAUUUAGAUAGACUGGGGGACUGGGCACUCAAAUGGCAGAUGAAAUUUAAUGUUGAAAAGUUCAAAUUUAUGAACUUCAACACAACGUAUAUCCUUAAUGGAAGCGAAUUAGACAAAAGGACUUGGGAAUUGUUACAGAUAACAAACUAUUCAACUAUGCAACAAUGUGCAAUGUCAAUCAGCAGUGGCUAAAGCCAGUAAGGUAUUGUCCUGCAUGAAAAAGGACAUUUAUUCUCGGGAUGAGAAUAUCAUUUUGCCUCUUUAUAAAUCACUGGUUAGACCACAUAUUGAAUAUGCUGUGCAAUUUUGGGCACCUGUUCUAAAGAAGGACAUUAUGGCAAUAGAAAAAGUGCAGAGGCGGGCUACAAACUUAAUAAAAGGAAUGGAACAUAUGAGCUAUGAAGAAAGGUUAACAAAUUAAGACCUCUUUAGUUUAGAUAAACAUCGCCUCAGAUGGGAUAUGAUAACAUUAUACAAAUAUAUCCGGGGCCAAUACAAACCAUUGUGUGGAAAUUUAUUCACAAACCGGGCUUUACAUAGGACAAAGGUCAUGCGUUUAGACUGGAAGAAAGAAGAUUAAUUCUAAGGCAAUGAAAAGGUUUUUUUUACUGUAGAACAAUAAGGAUGUGGAAUUCUCUGCCUAAAGAAGUGGUUUUAUCAGAGUCCAUACAGAUGUUCAAACAGCAACUAGAUGCAUACUUGCAACAACAGAAUAUUCAAGGAUAUAAUUUUUCAAUAUAGGGUGUAAUAGCUUCUUGAUCCAAGGAUUAAUCUAAUUUGUUGCAAAAUUGGAAGUGCUUCAAACUGGUUUUCUUUUGCCUUUUUUUGAAUCAACAUCAAAAAACAAAUGUGAGGAAGGCUGAACUUGAUGGACGCAAGUCUCUUUUCAGCUAUGUAACUAUGUAACUGGUAAGUUGAGUGUGCAGCUUAUUACCCCUAUUAACACCUCUAAACUGCAACUUAAUGGGUGAUCGGCUGGGUGGUCGUCGUCAUUAUGUGCAAACACAUGACAGCGGCCAUCUACCGCUGUGUUUGGUUGUCGAGUGCAUGGAACUAUAAUCGGACACUCGUCAGCGCGAACACCGCUGGGACUUCCAUCUCUUUGUAUGUUCGACUGGAUUCACUUGAGAAGAGUGGCAUUCGGUGGAAACAUAAUCCUGAACAAGAGACCCAGACUCAGUGUACAUACGAACUGGUUGCAUUCGUAUUUCUGAUGUAUUGUGAACUACCGAAAGAGACCAACUGCACAGCUUGAUUUCAUUUAACUCUUUUGGGCAGGAGCUUCGUGUGCGGUCAGUCAAAAUAUGACCUCCAUGGAAAUCCCGAACCCCUGAACCGAUCUCGGUGAUUUUUGGAUAUGUUGGUCCCCCAGAUCAGGGCUAUGACUUUUGUAGGGUUUCAAUGUGUUUUAGGGGUACUUUCAGGAUGUUGUUAAAUUGUAUGUUUUCUGUGCCUGGAGAUAAUUGAGUUUAAUACAGUGCCUGACUCAAUUAUCUCCAAGGGGCGGGGGGGGAGGGGACAGCUGUAUCUACUGUAGGGAUUGCUAUAUCACUAGACUCCCCUGGGUUAUAAUCACUUGCUCUUGUAAGAGCAACCUGCUCUUCUCUCUGGACUAGGAGAGGUCUACCCACUGGAAGCUGGAUCCUGGUCUUGGGUUUUUUGUGUAAAAACAAUAAAUAUAAAAACAAACCUAAACAAUCAUUUUUUUUAUUGGUGUGCUGCUGUAUUUACCAAGCAUUAUACAUUAUAAAUAUGUUGGUAAAACAAUUAAUUCUAUUAAUGAAUUAUAAACAAAGUUUACAUAUGAGAACACUCAUCUACUUUUGAUGACCAACACCUGUUUUGCAGAAUUGGUUCAUGUUUAAUUUCCAUUUGGAACUCUAAUGUUCACCCUGUCUAAUUAUUUCAUUGUAUGCCAAACCUCCCAAGCAUUCUCCUCCAGCCUUGAACUACCACUCAUAUUUUAUCUGGGUCAUAUCAAAGCCUUGCCACAGCUCCAUCAGGAGUUUUAUACACCAGCAAACCUAGCAAACACACUGUUUCCAUUUCCUCUGGGGGAGUAAUGUCUCUCUGUGAUUGAAAACAUAUGCUCACAAAGCAUUUGGAUUUUUAGUAUUUUAUUUACAUACAAAUUUUUUCAUGUUCCAAGGAAGGAGGUCUUUGCAGAAUGUCAAACUAAACUUUAAUAUGAACGUACAUGAUGCACAAAUUGCUGAUGGGGAAAUGUUUGUAAUUGAUACCAAGAUAGGGUUCAUGCAGUGGGGUUUAUGAAUGAAAGUAUUUUUUGUUCUAAUAAAGGUUGAGCAAUUGAUGCAGUUAGUGUAUGCACCAAUUGAAAAAGUACAAUUGUAGCAGUUGCUGCAGAAUAGAACAGCAGGCUAUUUAUUGUUUAACCCCAUAAGGACACAUGACAUGUGUGACAUGUCAUGAUUCCCUUUUAUUCCAGAAGUUUGGUCCUUAAGGGGUUAAAGGAAAACACUAAUACUAAAUAUAAUCUAUAAUCUUAUCCUGUUACUUAGGUAUUUUAGAUUAUGCACACCCUUUAAAAAAUAAAAAUGCGGGGGCGUGGCCUGGCAGCUCAUGGACACAGACGUGUGAGCUGUUAGCUCCGACGAGGGUGCAACAAACCACAACGAAUUGACGAGCGCAAACCGCCCAGACCGACUCAUACACGGCUUAUUUGACAAGCCCAAGCCAUCAUGUCCCACAGAGCACAAAAGAAAAUGAAAUUACGCCCUGCAGCCCUCCAAAUAUCGGCUCUCACACCGCCGCGUAGCAGAGCACAAGAUGGCGCCGGAGGCCCUGACUCACCCACAGCAUGCUCUGAAGGAAGUGACAGCACAUCCAUCUCCCAUACCACCGCAGCUCCUGCCUCAGAAACGGCUCUGCACCGCAUGCUCCAAGAGCUACAGCAAAAUCUCCAAGCAGAAUUCGCUAAAUUGGCCCGGGACGUCCGCGCAGACAUUAAAGAGAUAGGCGCACGCACCGCCAUUUUAGAAGAUAAAACAGAGGAAAUUAUUGACGCGCAUAACAACUUAGCCGCAACCUGGGAAACCCUGGAAAGCCGACUUACCUUCCUGGAGGCUAAGAUAGCGGACCAUGAAGAUCGCGACAGACGCAACAAUAUUCGUCUGCGCGGCAUACCAGAGGAAAUCAAACCCUCUGAACUAAGGGACUAUGCCAUAGGCCUAUUCAAGGCCCUCUGCCCACAGCUCAGUGAUGCCGACCUGUGCCUUGACCGUAUCCACCGCCUGCCGCGGCCUAAAUUCUUAGCAGCAACUGCGCCCAGGGAUGUAAUUACACGCAUCCACUAUUUCACCUCCAAAGAAGCAGUACUGAGAGCAGCAAGAAACCCUGACAGCAUCCCAGCUGAAUUCCGAGGCGUGAAACUAUUCGUGGACCUCUCUGCAGCAACCCUGGCUAAGCGCAAAGCACUGUCACCAAUCACCCGGGCGCUCAGGGAUGCAGAUAUCCUAUAUAAAUGGGGUUAUCCAACACGCAUCAUUGUGAGGCGAAAUGGAGUGGAACACCAAAUACAAUCGGUAGAUGAAGGAACCCGACUACUAGGCGACUGGAAUUUACACAUCAAACCUCCAGACGUGAAAGAUUCAGCGGGCAGAACCACCAAGUCGCCCACAAAAAUCUCUAAGGACUGGUCCGCUGGGACAAAACAUAAGUGACAUGAGAAUAAGGUUAACACAUCAGGCUGUGCAGCCCAGCCUAAUGCAUCUUCGUACCGACUAGAUACGUGAGCAUGCUACAUGUCGGUAUAAUUGUUUGCAAUGUUUUUUUGUUAUAUAUGCUUAGUAUGUGGUUAAUAGAAUACCUAGCAUAACAGACACAUAGCCCUCAGUCACAAACUAAUGUGUAGAUGAUAGAUGUUUACCAGUUUCCACUUCCACAGAGGCGGGCUAUAGGGCAUUCCAAGCUAAUACCAAUGCCAAUAUGGGCGGUUAAUACCCACAAAGACACCCUCCCCCAUUGUGGCUCCAUAGGGCCGACAAAGACCUCGUUGUGGUCUGAUAUACAAUAUCUGACCAAUCUUUUGUACAUAGUUCCCCGGUGGGGAGUUAUCCCUUUACACCCCUGACCCCCCUCCCAUACCCCAUUUGAUACUAAUAACUGUAGGUUGCCAACCUUAGAUACUCGCUACCAUGAUAUAGUCAACAUUGGCGAGAUCGCACUACAUAAAGGCUUCCUCAAGGCCACCCAGAACAAGGCUCAGACUCGAAAGGCACGCCUUACUUUUCCCACACCACACUGCGGGCAGAAGAGGGUCCCCGCUACAUCUCCAUGGCGUUAGUAGUUCUCUCACUCAACGUAAAAGGCCUAAAUACACCACACAAAAGGAGGCUAGCUCUCGAAGAAGCUAAAAGGAUGAGGGCCGCCGUGGCUUUCUUCCAAGAAACCCAUUUCCUAACCUCCAAACUACCCAAGUUCUCAUCAAAAGACUACCCGAUAGGUUAUCACACUGGUUACUCAAAAAAGAAGAGAGGAGUCUCCAUUCUCUUUAGCAAAGAUGUGGCUUUUUCCUUGCACAAGAAAAUUGGGGACAAAGAGGGACGCUUCCUUCUGCUUCAAUGCCUUCUAAACAAUGUUCCAUACACCUUUAUAAAUGUAUACGGCCAACACGAUAACCAAAAAGCAUAUCUAAACAAAAUCCUAACACUAGCAAACACAUACCAAUUUGGGACGACAAUCAUAGGGGGAGACACGAACUUUAUUUUAGACGACCAAUUGGAUACCUCCUCUACCCUCCACGUUACGCAAAGAACGAAGACUAAACGUACCACAUCCUCGACCACUGCCAAAACACAGUUGACCAACUUGGGAUAUGUGGAUAUAUGGAGAAUCCUACACCCUUCCGAAAAAGAUUUCACCUUCCAUUCCCAAGUACAUAACUCUUACUCAAGAAUAGAUAGAUUCCUCAUACACAACACAACAAUCCCAACAAUACAAUCCACCAACAUAGCAACCAUCACGUGGUCGGACCAUGCACCGAUUACCCUAACCAUGUCAACUCGAUUCCCCACCAAAGGGCGCGGUUCAUGGCGCCUGAAUGAAUCUCUAUUGCGCGAUACCCAAAUUAUCAUACAAAUAAAGACAGAACUAGAAGCAUAUUUCAACACAAACACUACCGCAGAUAUUUCCAUAGAUACACUGUGGCGUGCACACAAAGCCGUGCUCAGGGGCUUGUUCAUCAAACAUGCUAGUUACGCCAAGAAGCAAAGAUUACACACAUAUAAUACCCUGAUCCAACAAAUAACAAUCCUCACACACACAAACAAGACGAACCCAUCGCCAGAACAUUAUAACAAGUUGAGAACUUUACAAGCACAACUGAAUGAAUUUGAACUAGACAAAACCAACUACAUCCUCCAGAAGUAUAAGCAUAAAUUCUUUGCACAAGGGAAUAAAUCGGGCAAACUUCUUGUGUCCAAGUUAAGGGCCCGCACGGCUAACACUAAAAUAGCUUACAUUAUGACACAAGGGAACAAGAAACUCAUGAACCCACAGGACAUAGUAGAGGAAUUCGCGCAAUACUAUAGCUCAUUAUACAAUCUCAAAGAUGAUCCCACAACAACCACACCGACCAAAGCACAAGUACGAGAGUACUUAGAUACAGUAACACUACCUACAUUAACCCAGACAGAAAUUGAUACAAUUACUAAACCAAUCACAGAGGAAGAACAUAUCGAAAUUACCCCCUCAUAAGUCCCCAGGCCCUGAUGGUUUUACCAAUUUGUACUACCAAACUUUCUCAGAAACCCUCACCCCGCACCUCUCCAAGCUCCUAAACCACUACUACACCAUAGGCGAAAUGCCCCCUGAAAUGCUACAGGCACACAUAUCAACACUCCCGAAGCCAGGCAAACCAGCGACGAUCUGCCAGAAUUUCCGACCCAUCUCUCUACUCAAUUGCGAUACAAAAAUGUACGCAAAAAUUUUAGCUAACCGCCUUACAAACAUACUAAAUCGCAUAGUUCAUAACGAUCAAUCCGGCUUCACCAAAAACAGACAAGGGUCAGACAAUACGAGGAAAAUUCUCAAUAUCCUAGCCCACAUGGAAACACGCAAAACAGAGGGCCUCCUGCUGGCAUUAGACGCCGAAAAGGCCUUUGAUAGGCUCAAUUGGGAAUACAUGGAACAAGUACUUCUAAAAUUUGGCUUCCCAAGCUCGUUUACUACGGGCAUAAUGGCACUAUACUCCAAGCCAUCCGCUAAAGUCACGAACACAGGCUUUAUCUCGAACCCCUUCCACAUCACCAACGGCACUCGCCAAGGAUGUCCACUCUCACCUCUAUUAUUUAUACUCUCCCUUGAACCUUUGGCCUACAAGAUUAGAACCCACAUAGACAUAGAGGGAAUCCCCGUGAAACAAGCAAACUACAACUACGAGACCAGAACAUUCCCUACUGCACAUUAUGAGCACAUUGGAAGAAUACGGCAAAAUUUCCUAUUAUAAACUGAAUCAGGCCAAAACCCAAGCACUUCCCAUACGUCUUCCUGUCACAACCAUACAAGCACUGAAAAAACUAUACUUGUUUGACUGGAGACAGACUCAUGUAACAUACCUAGGGGUGAAAAUAGCCGCCACAUAUAGAGGAAUUAACACACUAAACUACUCCACAAUUCCACACAUGUGCAAACAGAUCCUGCACAAGUGGAAAGAUGUCAUGCUAUCAUGGCUAGGCAGGAUUAAUGCCAUAAAAAUGAUUGUACUCCCGAAACUGCUUUAUGUAUUUAGGAUGCUUCCAAUACCUCUCUCCCCUACAUUGAGCAAACAAAUCCAAACGAUAAUGACAAAUUAUAUAUGGGAGAACAAGAAACCCAGAAUACCAUUGAUUCUUCUACAAACACCCACUAAGGAAGGCGGACUAGGUUUCCCUAACAUAGCAACUUACCACAAAGCAGCGAUUCUCGAAAACGCGAUAAAAUUACACGCACCACCCCACACACUACAAUGGGUGGAUCUCGAAAACAAUUAUGACCCCGCGGGGUCAGCAGUAAAUUAUAUGUGGACGCCUAAACAAAUUCGGGACAAACACAAAGACAUGUUACCACUUACCAAAUACCUGAUACAGACCUGGGACCACUUACACCGCACACGGACAACGGAGAGCAAAUUUUCACCCUGGGCUCCCAUCACAGCUCUCACCACUGUGUCACCCUGGCUGUCCCUAGACAAAUGGAGAGAACUUGGAAUAAUCCGCAUUAUGGACAUAUGCCAACAAGGAGCUAUACUACCCUUCCCGGAAAUUCAAAAAACGCAUAACCUACCAGCAUCCUAUAUCUUCCCAUAUCUCCAACUUAAAAGCUUACUUGCUAAUAAAGUAGCACCCCCAACAUCGCAAGUAAGCCCCACAGACCACGACCUACUAUUACUGUACCAUAGGUGCCACAACUCACCGAUUAAGCCGAAGAUGCUCUCAUUGAGCUACACAGCUUUAAGAAAUCAAAUUCCACCUCCAGAGUUCAAAUACAGAUUGCACUGGGAACAAGAAUGCGCACUGUCAUUCACAGACAAGCAAUGGACAGCGUCGCUCCAAGCCCUAAAGGGUAUCACCGCUUGUUAUUCACAUGUCGAGGCACAUAAAAAACUACUCUACAGGUGGUACUACACACCUGACAAACUCCACAGGAUCUACCCCCACACCUCGGCCAAGUGCUGGAGGUGUGGGAUGGAACGAGGCACAAUGACCCAUAUCUGGUGGAACUGUCCGAGCAUUAAGCCCCUAUGGAAGGAAGUCCAUCAGACAUGGCAAGAAUUGGGGAUCAAACAACUAUCACUCACACCCCUGCUGACUCUCUUCCUCCAAUACCCCAACUCAAUACCUUACAAGGACAAACACCUGACAGCGAUGAUGAUCCUAGCAACCCGCAAUCUCAUAGCGUGUCAAUGGAAACAAACAGAAUGUCCCACCACCACAAUGUUACACCACAAAAUUAGACAAUACCUCCGAUAUGAUCUGCUUACAGCCCACACUCACAAACAGACCUCCACCACACUCCUUAAUUGGCGAAGAUGGACAGAAUGGGUAACUCUUAAGGGGAACGCAGACGAGGCCAUAACUACUACUGCUAACAGAGAUUAACUACUACUGCUACUAGAGAUUGACACAAUAGAUUGAAGCCAACGACCAUAAGCUGUUAACACCCUGAACACUCGAGGCCCGUAAACAGAUAAACAGAUUUGCACCACGAUGCGAGGGCACAAAAUAGGACAUAUUGUACCACUCACAACAAAACAAAUACUCAUAAUAACAACACAGCAUAAAUUAGCGUAAUAGUACUCAAGCGACAACAAGCUACAGUACUAUAUAACACACAAAAAGGUAACCAACUACACCCUUGUAUUUCUGUACCUAUGGAAUUUGAUACCCUAGAUCAAAUAUGUAUGCGUGCCGAGCCAAACUGUGUCUAUAUACAUGUGUACUUAAGAAGAUAUAACAAGCAACCUGAAAGAAAUUUGUAUUUGAAUGUCCUCCACCUCCCCCUCCCCUUUUCUUUUCUGUACCCCACCCUACCCCAGACUUUGUUCAAUACAAUAAAAUACGAAUUGAAAAAAAAAUAAAAAAUAAAAAUGCAAUUAAAACCACCAGUAAUCCAACACCGGGCAGAUAUCUUUCAAAGUUGGCAAAGUGUAAUUGUAUGUGGGGGUUAGAUAACUGUGACUGUGUUGAGUUGGCUGUGUGUGAUUGUGUGUAGAGCUGACUGAGUGUGAUUGUGUGUGUAGUAGUGUGCCUGUGUUUAUUAUUAGCCACCCUCCUGCUUGCCUUCAUACAGGUAGAGAAGCUCAACCCCUGGUGGUCCACUGGGUACUGGCAGUAUUCCUGUUAAUUUAUUAGUUGCUGGCCGAAUCGCUGGUAGUCCAUUGGAGAAGCGUGUGGUCUGCACAUCCUGUAGGUGCAGACCACACACUCUUUUUGGUUGGCGUCUGUUCAUUGAGCCAGAGUGUUACCAUGGUAACAUAGCAUCAGCACUCUGACUCAUUGAAUGAAAGCUAGACAGGGCCAGAUUAAGAGCCCAGUGGGACUGCUGACAAUGAUGAUGGGCCUCAUUACAAAAUCUUAUCGACCGAAAAAACUCAAACAGUCCUACCUACCAAGAGUCAUGUAUCUGAUGGAGAUGGUGCUGGAGGGAAACUCCUAGAAUGUAGCUAUGAGAAAACACAUACCCUAUGCUAAUCUCACGCUUUCACCUUUCAAGUAAAUUCAAAUCCCCUAACAGCAGUGUCUUUACAUUCUUACUAGCAGGCAGAAGCUUCUGGUAUAUAGUCUGGGACAGAGAAAAGGUGUAUGUAGUGAGUGUAUAAGAAAGAGAACAUACCACAGUGUUAGAGAGACCAAAUUCAGCAUUACCUAAACUAAGUUCAUUGUCAGCCAGUCCACACAAGUUUUGUUCCUAUACAUCCCUCUUAAGUUUCAAAAAGUAUUUGAAAAGUAGUUAGGGUUGCUACCUUUCUUUAAAAAAAAAAAAAAAAUACCUACUAAUUUACUUUGUACUAAUUUUCAUAAUACAUUUUGUAUGUGUGACAUCACAUGAUGUAAAGCACAAGGACUGACUUAAGAGAUCAUUCUGUAAAAUCACCAAAAAACAACUUACAAUUUGAUUCUACUGUAUAUAUGGAUUGUUCCCAGUGUCUCCCUUUCUUAGUCUUCCAGGUCUCCCAGUCUCUCAGUGUCCCCAUGUCACCCAGUGUCCCCAUGGCACCCAGUGUCCCCUAGUCUCCCAGUGCAUGUUUCCCCAGGUCUCCAGUGUCCCCUAUGUAUCACGGUGUCUCCUGUGUAUCACAGUGUCCCAGUGUCCCCUUGUGUCUCAAAGUCGCCCAGUGAUCCCAUGUCUCCCAGUGUCCCUUAGUGUCAGUGUCCCCAUGUCGCCCAGUGUACUUAGUGUCUGUGUCCCCAUGUCUCCAAGUGUCCCCAUGUCACAGAGAGACACUGAGACACUUGAGGACACUGGAAUACAUGGGGACACUGGGUGACUUUGAGACACGAGGGGACACUGGGAGACAUGGAGCACUGAGACAGUGUGAUACAUAUGGAACACUGUGAUACAUAGGGGACACUGGAGACUUGAAAAAGAUCUGGGUACAGGUCGAAACGUUGCGGUUUCCAAUAAACCUGCAUAAAUCUAUCACAGUGAGUGCCUGAGCUUUUUUACUUUUAUAUUAUGGGACACUGGGAGACAUGGGGACACUGAGACACUGGGAGAUUAGGAAACACUAAGACACACCAGGGACACUGGGAGACAUGGAAAUACUAGGGACACUGGCUGUGAGACAUGGAGACACUGGGAGUGCCCCAUGUUUCCCAGGUCUUAAAGUCGACCAGUGUCCCCAUGUCUCCCAGUGUCCCCAUGUCUCUGUGUCCUCUAGUGUCUCAGUGUCUCCAUGACACAGUUCUCUGUCGCCCAGUGUCCCCGAGUGCUUGUGUUCCCAUAUCUCCCAGUGUACCGAUGUCACUUGGACACUAGGGGACACUGUGAGACAUGGGAACACUGAGACACUUGGGGACACAGACACUUGGGGACACUGAGAGACUAGGGGACACUGGGAGACAUGGGGACACUGAGACACUAGGGCCACUGGCUGGGAGACAUGGGGACACUGAGAGACCAGGGGGCGUCCCCAUGUCUUACAGUUUCCCCUAUGUAUCCCAGUGUCCCCUAGUGUCUGUGUCCCCAUGUCUCACAGUGUCCCCAUGUGUCUAACUGUCCCUAUGUCUCCCAGUGUCCCUAUGUCUCCCAGUUUCUGCUAGUAUCUGUGUCCCCAUGUCUCACAGUGUCCCCAAGUUUCCCAGUGUCCCCUAGUGUCUGUGUUCUCAUGUCUCCCUGCAGCCUUUCCCCCCAUCCCUCACUUACCUGAGCUGUAGGCUGUCUCUGCAGGCUCGGAGCUGCUGUCAGGACUCUCUGUGCAGAGCUGCUCCUCGUGGAUCAGUGAGUAGAGAGAGGCACAGAGGGAGAUGCUGUAACUUCCUAUCCCUGUGUAUAAAAAAAAAUAAAAAUAAAAAAUUGUGGAACUAUCAGGGUCAUAACAGCUGGUAUGUCGAUCAGGCCAGAAAUAUUCCCUAAAUUUUGGCUAAUUGGCAAAAACUCAUGGCUCCUUUAGUGUGGAAGAACAGGCCCAAAUUAAAUUGCUCCAUCAUGGAAUAUUAUUUUCAAAGUAGACCCAUUAAUCUAUUUCAGCUAUGUAUUUCUUUAUUAAUAUGAAUUUCAUUAAGGCUGUAUUUUAACCCCUAUAUUCAUAUUUACCCCCUGAGUACAUCAAUAAACCUAAUAUAUCCCAUAGCAUAGACCAGGGGUAGGCAACCUACGGCACUAGUGCCAUGCACGGCACUCCAGGCUGCUAGAGCCAAACAGGCUCUGGCCUAUCAGGAGUCCCAGUAAAACUUCAGAUAUCUGCUAAUACGAAGAGGUGGUGAAGGACAAUCCUCAAUUUAAGCAUUGCAGUACAUAGAGGAAGUGAUCCCAGCACUUGUGAAUGGGAAUCCACACUGUAGUAGAGCAGCCUGCAGCUGCUGUUGCAGCUCCUGUCCUUGACCUGUAUCUGGCCAGCCUGGUCCCCACUGGAACCCAGGGAAGCCACACACACUGCAAGAUAUACACAGAAAUGCAGAAUAACCCUCCCCUCAUACAAAUAAUAUGAACAGCCCACACACAAACAUACACACAAUCCGCACAAACGUAACCCGCUAACAACCCACAUACAUGCACACAACCCCAUAUGCAGCCUCUCACAUGCAAUACCCCAAACAGCCCCCACACACUACCAAACACACAAUGUGACAUAUCCAUCCACACACAAUUCCACAAGCAGCCCUCAUACACAGCCCACAUUCAUAUGUAUCAUACACAAUACCAUAAACUACUAAUGAACAUAUACAAUAUAAUAGCUUAUACACGCACAAAUACAACGAUACAAAGCAACUGCAAUAAAAAUAACACAAGCAGAAUACGGCAGCAUACACACCUCAAUUUAAAAAAAUAGGACCGGCACGCUACUGGACAUCACCAUCCUAUAUCGGCACAGUGCUGCUAAAAGGUUGCUUACCCCUGGCAUAGACAGUCUAGAUAUCGGGAUAAAUUAGAGACUUGCUUUAAUUAUACACAGGCCUUUUACCACUGCUCCAGUGAUGCUAUCUUAUGAAAUGUCACCAUACUGACUAGUAUCAGACUUUGUCCUCAAUUUCAUCAGCUCUCCAAAUUAUUCAAUAUUGUUAGAAAAACAUUUCAGAUGUUUUUUUCACCAAAAUGUCCCACAGACUGUAACAGCGACUCCUUUAGAAAUAUCCUUUGGAAUGUUUUUCUAACAGUAUUAAAUGAUUUGUCGAACAGUCUAAGAAUGCAAGUAUUUUUCUGCGUUUUCUACUCAUGCUUCUAAAACUGCAACCAUUUUAAGUGUUUAAAUGGUUGAAAUAUUGUGUCAGUUAUAUCCUAGAACAAUCUCUUCUUCAUUUAAAUUCUGCGUUUCCAUUGUAUUGAUGUAAUUGUAACUGCUGCAAUGCAUGUACGGUAAUAGAUCUGUCAUUUCAGUAUUCUAUAUAAUACAUUCAGUCCCCUCCACAAUUUCUGUGAUUUGCAGGCCGUACUGCAAUUCUAGAAGUAUUACUUGGAAAACAAGAUUUGUUGCAAUGAGGCAUGGUGAUAGCAGAAUUAAUGGCGCCGUGAUCUUCUUUGGCAAGGCAACAUCACUCUUUAAUUCAUGACAGAGAACUGUGUCAUUGGUUUCCCACGGUGAGAAUAUGACACAAAGUAAACUAUUUCAGCAGGCAUUCUCCUAUAAUAUUGAUGUGAAUGUACGGUCAAAUUGGUUUACCCUGUAGGCAUUCAUAUCUAGCCUGAUUCUCUUUUUAAUUUUUCAUAAAACUGAAAUUGCUUCCAUUAUAUUCACUUGGACCCAGAGAAAUAAGUUUGACCUUGAAAUAUGUCUGUGAUUUUUGCUUUUCAUGUAACCAGCGACCUUAACUAUGACAACAUGCCCUUUGAAUUUACAGGUUUAAAAGGUAAUUCUUACAUUUUGAGGAACUUUUUUUUAUGCUCGGAUUCCUACGAGGAGGUAAUGCUGCGUGCAGUAAAUGCUGUAAAGAAAAUUUAUAAAUGGUAUACCAUCAGAUAAAAAUGCAGCUCUCAUAGUAGGAUGCCAUCCAGAAUCACAUAACGCUUACAAGUGAAGUCAGUUAACCUUAUUAAAUAUUGACAUGCAAGGCAAGGCGUCUUUGCUCCGUGAGUUUCAGAGGAGAUCUAACCAAGGUUAAUAAUCAUUGGCUGCAUGUGCUCAAAUGUUGCAUAAACAACAAAGUGAACAAAUGUUGUUUCUUGUAGACAGACAGUACUGGCACCAGACAGAAGGAACUGACAUUAUUAGAAUUCACUUAAUAUCAAGGGAAAGCUAAAUGAUUAAAGUCCUCACUGACAUGUAUACGGUUGCUAUAGCAAUUUGCAAGAAUGAAUAAGAACAUAUAUAAACAUAGGCAAGCCUGUAAGUAAAGCUAACAAAUUAUCUCAAGGUGGAGAAGCACAUUUAAAAAAUAAUAUAUUUCUCCCUAUGUAAUAAUUUUGGAAGUUAUUUAGCAGUACUGAGAUAUCUCGCCUCUUUAGAAAAAUACCACACCAGAACAUUACUGUGAUUUUCUCAGAUUAGAGCCAUGACAAUACUGAAAGCUGUAGAGCAAGUUGGUUCCCUGCAUCAUCUUUAUCUGGUGUUAUAAAUAGUGAUGUCCCAAAUGGUUCACCACGGACGGCGAAAAUAUGCGCUGUUCGGUCCGCCCCCUAUGUCAUCAUUGAGUAAACUUUGACCCUGUACCUCACAGUCAGCAGACACAUUCCAGCCAAUCAGCAGCAGACCCUCCCUCCCAGACCCUCCCACCUCCUGGACAGCUCACUAAGAAUGCAGCUUCACAAUGAAUGUAAAAUGGAUGCUUUCCAGGAGGUGGGAUGGUCUGGGAGGGAGGGUCUGCUGCUGAUUGGCUGGAAUGUGUCUGCUGACUGUGAGGUACAGGGUCAAAGUUUACUCAAUGAUGACGAAUAGGGGGCGGACCGAACAGCGCAUAUGUUCGCCGUCCGUGGCGAACCGUUCGGGACAUCACUAGUUAUAAAGUUUAAGUAUUCCACCCCUUGGGGCCAUGCACAUUUUGUAGAGUUAUAAAUGGGGGCUUUUAAAUGUUGAUAUACUAAAGAUACCUAACAUUUUUGAAGGCCCAAAAUAUUUUGAUUGUGACUUAAAAGUAAGUUUUCAGAAUAGCAGAAAAUUGUAACAAAUAUCCUGAUCAUUAUUGCUUAAUUGUGUGAAUGUCUGGGUCCAGGUUUAAGAGAUCAUUUGCUGGUGUGUACUUGUUUGGGCAAGCUCUCUUUGAAUUUUAUGAUGCAUUUCCCAGGACAGAUGGACAAAGAGACUAGAUGCAUUUGGGGACUGCUGUACACUGAAUUUAGGCUUUCACUGCUGAGAUUGGCGACCUCACUCAUACCAUGGGCUAGUUGACUGUAGUGAUGUAGUUCUGGUAAUAAACCUUGAAAAUUCUCCCCAAGAACACAUUUUCGUCUACUGGAGAACAUACAGGUUAUAUUGCUUUAAUACAAUGAUUAGUUUGACAUGUAACACCAUACCCUGACACCAACAGCCAUUAAUACAAGCAUAGAAUUUCUAGAAUAUGAGUGCUGCAAUAGGUGCACACAGUCCAAUUCAGCCAACUAGUAAUGGUUAUGACUGGUUUAAUUACAUUGUAAUUCGGCAGACUUAAAUUAGAUUAACUACCAGAAGAGAGAGCUGUGCUCAUCAGCAUCAAUAAGGCGGGGGAAGCAAACCUUUCUCUUUAAAGGACCACUAUAGUACCAGGAAAACAAACUAGUUUUCCUGGCACUAUAGGGUCUUUAGGUUCCUCCCACUCCCGCCAGGCUGAUGGGGGAGGAAGGGGUUAAUCACUUACCUUUCUCCAGCGCCGUGCUCCCUCGGCGCUGGAGAAAUUGCCUCCCUCUUCCGACGUCAGCGCUGAAUGCACAUGCGUGGCAAGAGCCGCGCGGCGCAUUCAGACAGUCCAUAGGAAAGCAUUACUCAAUGCUUUCCUAUGGACAUCAGCGUCUUCUCACUAUGAUUUUCACCGUGAGAAGCGCCUCUAGUGGCUGUCAAUGAGAGCCACUAGAGGCUGGAUUAACCCAUAUGUAAACAUAGCAGUUUCUUUGAAACUGCUAUGUUUACAGCUGCAGGGUUAACCCUAGAUGGAACUGGCACCCAGACCACUUCAUUGAGCUGAAGUGGUCUGGGUACCUAUAGUGGUCCUUUAAGAACUGUGAGUGGGGGCAUGUAGUUAAAGCUCCAUAAAUGAAUGCAAUUAUAUAACACUAUGUAUAGGAGUACUGCUUUGCACCUUAUCCUAUGCAGAGCUUGUUAAGAUACUGGUACUUAUAGUUUUGGUCAUGAUAUAUUUUUCAUGGAAGAUUAUGUAUUUUGAAAGCUUUAGUAGAACAACAAAUAAGUAAUGGCACCAAGUGAGCUGAAUACUUGUCUCCACACGUACAGAUCUUCUGAAAUUUGUGUGUUAGCUUCCAUGUGCCAUUUGCAACGUACUGUUUGGCAGUUGUGAUGUAAAGUUUGAAAUUCACUUUGGUCAGUCAUGUCUAAAGUCCGGCCCACAUUCAGGUUUAAUACGGCCCCACAGUUAAUUUGGAAAUCUUUCUGUUGUGGCCCCCCAGUGAAUCCCCGAGCGCCGCUCAGGACCCCUGGGAUCUCUGGAUUUUUUAACACCGUGGUCCUGAGCAGCGCUUGGGGAUUCACUGGGGGCCAAGAGAUCGCGAGAAUGCAGACGGACGUGCAGUGACCUCAGUCUGCGUUCUCGCGAUCUCUUGGACAUCACGGGAUUCGCGGGAUUUGGUGCGCGAAAUCGCAGGAUUUGGUUCCUUCUCCCUGCUGGGACUGUAAGAGAGAAUGGACAGAAUAAAGAGAGAAUGGACAGAAUAAAGAGAGAAGGGACGGAAUAAAGGGAGAAGGGACGGAAUAAAGAGAGAUGGGACGGAAUAAAGAGAGAUGGGACGGAAUAAAGAGAGUAGGGACGGAAUAAAGAGAGUAGGGACGGAAUAAAGAGCGUAGGGACGGAAUAGAGAGCGUAGGGACGGAAUAGAGAGCGUAGGGACCGAAUAGAGAGCGUAGGGACCGAAUAGAGAGCGUAGGGACCGAAUAAAGAGAGUAGGGACCGAAUAAAGAGACGGGACGGAAUAUAUAGAGACGGGACGGAGUAAAGAGAGAAGGGACGGAGUAAAGAGACAGAAUAAAGGGACGGAAUAAAGAGAUGAAAUGAAAAGUAUGCAGUUUGCAAUAAACUUUGUAUAAAAUAGUUAAAUUGCAUUAAAUUUUAAUGGUUCAAAGAAUGUCAGGCAAAAUGGUUGGCCCUCAUGCAUGUUCACUUCAUCAAAUCUGGCCCUCUUUGAAAAAUGUUUGGACACCCCUGACUUUGGUGAAUAACAAUCAGACUGUUUUAAUGCCCCCUUCCAAUGAAUCCAUUGAAGGAAGAACCAUCAGAAAGUUAAAGCUAACAUUAUACCAUAACGGAUCAAACAAAUACAAAUUACUCUCGGAAUUUCUGGUACAUACUGUAUUUUUUAUGUAGCAUACUGCAGAGUUAAUUUUCUUAAAGCAAUAUGGCUUUGUUGGUUCCAAGAAUAGUUACAUUUCUACAGUCCCACAAUAAUAAAAUUAACCUCCCUGAGCUAGACUUGUAAUGUUUCAUUCAUGGAUACCCCUAAAGCAAAAUUAAUUUUCACUAUCAAUCCAUCACUUAAGAUACUUUAUUGACAUCUGGCAUGUUGCCUGCUGUUUUGAAACCCCAGCAUCUCAUCUCUUUACAUAAUUAUAUAUCCAUACACACUUGUGAACUAUGGCUAUCACAGGGUAAAGCCAAGUUCCCAAUGGACAUGUGUGAGAGUUGUAUUUACAGUCAAGUAAAAAGUGUGUGUUUGACAAAGUAUACUGGAAAAUGAUUAUGCAUACAAAAUAGGGUAUUUGAGCUGCAAUGUUGUACACUUCAUUUAAAAUAUGCUUGAGACAAGCCACAGCUGUAAUAUAGCUUGCAAUUAGAUAUAUUGUAUGUAGACAGAAAGUUUUAUUCAAUAAAAAUGUGAGCUGUGGUGACCUGGCAUCCACAUUAUAAAACUAACACCAAGUUGUGAAAAAAAAUAUGUGAACAUGUGUGAUGAAUAUUUUUGUGUUUGUUUUUAUACCAUAGCUUUCAAAUACUUCUUACCAGUCUUUAUGACUCACUGUUUAGUGUAUUUUGGACAGUUUUCUGCAUAUUUAUAUGCCAGAAUUUGCCUCAAAUUCACAGAGCUGUAAGUGGAGACAUUGUCACCAUGUGGAAUGGAGAAACCAUCAUCUUUCCACCAAUCCUGAUCAUGGGGGCAUGGUCUCCUGAUUUUUGUCUGAUUGCUUUCUUCCUAGCCCCAUGACAAGUGAGAAUGGAAGAUCUUGGCAAUUUGAAUGUUUUCAGUGAUUGGAUGAUAAUGGUUUCAUUGAGACUGCAGCCCUGACCUCCUAUAGAAAGCUAUAACUGAACCUUUGCAGCUUUGAUCCUAGGAAGCCAGGAAUUUAUUAUAUAACAGCACCAAAUAGUUUUCGUUCUAAACAUUAGAAUACAGGUAAUUUUACUUACAAAAUAAAUAAAUUUAAAAAAUCAAUUAGUUACUGAUAUUUGCUCAUUCUAUGGGCACUAUGUGUACUUGGUUAUUGGGAGCUGUUCCCAUUUGUUUCCAUUACCAUAACAUAUUUAAACAUUUAACGCAAUAUAUGCAUAACAGCUUUCCACAUACUACUCCAUAUUGCAGCUUUUGCCUAUGUCAUCGCCUUAAUUGUUCUCUAAUUAAGCCACGCUCGUCAUAAUUAUACGCUAUUCAUCACUGCAUAAUUGAAUACGGAAAGUUUUAAUUUGUUGUCCCAACUGAACCUCUUUUCAUAUAGAUUUCCCAGGUUAAUUAUUAUUCUGACUCAAGCAGAUCUUUUAUUUUGCCCAAGAUCAUUAGAAAAAUAUAGGGUUGGCUAAGGCUUCUCCUCUACACAAAAGUACUCCUUUCCCAACUCCCCGUCUGCUUCGUGAGCUAAUUACUAGUUCUAAACAAAUUCAUUGAAAGCGGAGAGACUGCCUCAAGGGAAGAAAAAAACAUUCUUUGAACAUUUUUUAAGCAUACAAAGAAUAUGGCAAAAUAAUACACAUAUAUCCCUGAUAUAAUGUAAACAUGUAGAAAGCACGCAUGUCUGUGUUUUGUUUUUUUAAAUAAAGGGGAUACUUUUCUUACAACUGUCUUCAUGUUUGUCAAGAAACACUUUCAGGGCCAGUUCAAUGAGCAAAAAAGCAAGGUUCACAAACAUCUAUAGUGCCAAGGUUAGCACUCACUUCUAUAAAAGUGUAUAUUUUGUGUAAAGCUAUAUGUAUAACGGCAGUCCAUGCAUAACGUAUGCCUACGCCUGUCAGUACUUGAGAGCCUCUGUUCUCGUUGUAAUUAACUAUGACCUUGAUUUAAUGUUUUUUUUAAUAAGAUUUUCACCUGAUUUAAUAUAAUUGGAUAAACUUUUACAAUUAUUUUUUUCAAUAUAUUAACAUAUAAAUAUAAAAACAUAUAUAAAAAUAUAUCAACAUGUAAAAAAAAACUAAAUAUUAACAUUUUUAAAAUAUUACAUCAUUUUACAACUGUAUCCAUAAAUAUUGUCAUUUGAAAAGCUUACCCAAAACUAUUACAUUGAGGUCUAAAUCAAUGAAAAAAACAUGUAUGGUGCUAUACAGGAAAAAUGUGGGGUAUGUACAGUUAGGUCUUGGAAUAUUUGGACACUGACACAAGUUUUGUUAUAUCGGCUGUUUACCAAAAUAAGUCCAAGUUACAGUUAAAUGAUGAUUAUGGGCUUAAAUGGCUGUCUCUCAGCUUUAAUUUGAGGGUAUUCACAUCCAAAUUGAAGAAAGAAUUUAGGAAUUACAGCUCUUUAAUAUGCAGGCCAGUCUUUUUCAAGGAACCAAAAGUAAUUGGACAAUUGACUCAAAAGCUUAUGGAUAGGUGUGGGCUAUUCCGGUGUUAUUUCUUCAUCAAUUAGGGAAGUUAAAGGCCUGGAGUUGAUUCCAGGCGUGGCAUUCGCAUUUGGAAUCUGUUGCUGUCAACCCACAACAUGUUGUCAAAGAAGCUCUCAAUGCAGGUGAAACAGGCCAUCCUUAGGCUGCAAGAAAAAUGAAAUCCAUCAGAGAGAUAGAAGGAACAUUAGGAGUGGCCAAAUCAACAGUUUGGUGCAUUCUGAAGGGAAGAACACGCUGGUGAGCUCUGCAACACAAAAGGGCUUGGAUGUCCAUGUACAGUGGUGGAUGAUCCUAGGAUCCUUUCCAUGGUAAAGAAAAACCCCUUUACUACACCCUGCCAAGUGAAGAAUGCAUAUCAUUAUCCAGGUCUGCCAUAAAGAGAAGACUUAAAGGACCACUAUAGGCACCCAGACCACUUCAGCUUAAUGAAGUGGUCUGGGUGCCAGGUCCAGCUAGGAUUAACCAUUUCUGCUGUAAACAUAGCAGUUUCAAACAAACUGCUAUGUUUAUAUUAGGGUUAAUCCAGCCUCUAGUGGCUGUCUCCCUGACAGCCGCUAGAGGCGCUUGCGUGCUUCUCACUGUGAAAAUCACAGUGAGAAGACGCCAGCGUCCAUAGGAAAGCAUUGUGAAUGCUUUCCUAUGAGAAUGGCUGAAUGCGCGCGCGGCUCUUGCCGCGCAUGCGCAUUCAGCCGAGGCAGAGAGGAGGAGGAGAGCUCCCACCCCGGCGCUGGAGAAAAAGGUAAGUUUAACCCCUUCCACUCCCUAGAGCCCGGCGGGAGGGGGACCCUGAGGGUGGGGGCACCCUCAGGGCACUAUAGUGCCAGGAAAACAAGUAUGUUUUCCUGGCACUAUAGUGGUCCUUUAAUGAAAGCAAAUACAGAUGGUUCACAACAAGGUGCAAACCAUUCAUAAGCCUCAAGAAUAGAAAUUUGUUGUGGAACAGCGUUAUGGGAAGAAAUAAAUAUGGAGAAGGCUUGGAAUGACUCAUGAUCCGAAGCAUACCACAUCACCUAUAAAACAUGGUGGAGGCAGUGGGAUGGCCUGGGCAUGCAUGGCUUCCAUUGGCACUGGGUCACUAGUAUUUAUUGAUGAUGUGACAGAAGCAGCCAGAUGAAUUCUGAAGUGUAUAGGGAUAUAUUGUCUGCUCAGAUUCAGCCAAAUUCAGUUGAUUGGAAGGAGCUUUACUUUAGAGAUAUAAAGUGCAUGUCAGUACAUCUCCUGGCUGGACCAUGCUCUGCUGGAGAUGACAUUUUUAUGUCCUCUGUAAUCACAAGCUUAUUCAGUCCAAAACAUUGUGUGAAUUGAUUUUGUUACGGUACACACCGUGAGGGGUUAAUACCGCUAAGGACGUUCCCUUUCCGAAGAAAGAAGCAGCUAACAGCAAUUCCAAUUAGUCGAAACAGGAACCAUACGAAAUCCUUCACCAAUCAAAAAGCCGAACAAGUAAAUCAUACGAAUCCAAUACCCCAAAGUACGAGACCAAGCUCCGUAUUGAGGGUUAAGCAGAGAUCUGGUUUAUUGAAGGCUACCUGCCCGGUGUUUAUGCAGGUUUCCCACCUGGUGGACACUCCCCUAGGGGACCAGAUGGAAGACUGGGGGGACAAUAUGGAUACAGUAGCCAGUCACAGUGGCACAAGCAUAAACUCUCCCCUUUGGUGUAGAUAAACCCUCCUCUCUAUCCUGGAGAUAAUUGAGAAGUAAUCCAACUAUCUCCAUGGAUAGAGGCUAAACUCCAUUUUGUACCUGAACAUAAAAAUACAAUAAAAUCAAUAACUUUAAAUUCCACAAACAGAAUCCCUACAUUCAACGUAUCCCCAGAUAGCUGGGAUCUGAGUGCACAUUAUUACUGAAUGCCGCUCAGAUGCAUACAGUUCAAAUGCCAUGGAGCCAAAGUCUUUCACAUUGUCUUUCGGUAUACAAACAGGUUCCAUGGGAUGGCUAUCUGGGGUGCGUCUAUUCAUGCCGGAAAGUACCGACAUUCGUGUGCUGGAUGGCAGAGAAGGGAGGUCGGCGGCUUCAGUGGUGUUCGUGCAAAAUAGUGUCCAUUUUCAGUUCCAUAGUUUGGGCGCCGAACACCGCUGGCCGUUCGGGACUUUAAAAUGGCUGCCGCAAUGUGGGAGUUACACAAACAGCGACCUCCCAACGUUCACCAAUUAAGCUGCGGUUAACCGCAGCUUCUGGGAGGUCGAUUGAUGGCACACUCCAUUUCCCAGGUGGUCGAUCGUUCGGUAGUUUAUUCAGUAGUUUGUGAAAUAAGUUAACCGGGUGUACGGACAGGCAAUUAACCGAAAGAUAGACGAAGGCAACCGAAUAGAAGCAUAGUUCCAAGACAGAGGGGUCUGUCACAAAUUUGAUUUGCUGAAACUGUCUCACAGAGAGCGCGUUUGUGAUGCCCAUCGAGUGCACACUAGCUAUUGUUUACCUAAAUAGUCUUUGAUCAGUUAAGCCGUGCCUACAGCCAAAGAUGACUUGAUGAAAACAGCUUGCAUGGAGAGAAUGUAAACUAGGAGAUGCUUUAAAUAAAGAUAUUGACGUUUAUAUUUAUGCUCAACAAAAUAAAAAACAAUGUAAUGCAUGCAAUAAUGUCUCUUCUCUAAUAGAAACGAAUGAUAGUUGUAUUUAUAUCUACGUGUAUAAUUAUUUGGGGGAGUGAUGACUGCUAAGUCCUUUUGGCAUAUCAUAUUUUGUACGGAAAGCACUGCCUGCUUCUUUUUCCUUUUGGAGCUGUAGUUACGCUUGGUUUCCCCCACUUUUUUAUACCACGCUAACAACAAAGAUUGUUGUUUUAACGUUGCAUGGCAACUUGUGAACGCAAUGCAUUGAGGAACCUAAAGAGAGCUUUUCAUGGUAAAUUAAGCCUACGCAGAUUGAAGCAGACACUGAAUUUAAUGAUGUCUUGUAUUUAAGAGCACUGGCUUAUCUCAGUCAUGCAGAAUGUAUGAAAUAAAAUAUGUCUGUUCCUUUGUAUGAAAUAACAUCCGCCUUGUGAAUUUCUGAUCAUGACCCGAACGCAUCACCUGAACCUAGAUUAAUUUGUGGUUAAACUCAUUGGGGGGUGGGGGGUAAUAAUACUGUAUAACAUCAUUGAUACUGAGGAGGCAAAAAUCAUUUCUAGAAUGUACUUAGGUCUCAAUUGAAUUCUAUUGGCAAAAAGUAGUCAAUACAUAUUGACUGAAUGUAAUGCCAGCUGGAAUUCAAACCACUGAACCUGAUAAGCGGGACGACAGCUAGAAAACAAAUGCUUCUAUAUGCAUCAGAAGCACAUUUAUUGUCUUUUUUAACGGCCAGCCCUGUUAGUCAUUAGAAAAAAGAAAUUAAUAAAAGCCUCCGCAGGUUGAUAUGACCUCCAUAUUAAUAUAAGGGAGGUUUUAAACCUCCCUUAUGCCCACACUUGUCAUGUGAGGGCAUGCAGCUAGAGGCAUGUCUACCAAACAGUGAGCAGCCAGAGAUUUCCUGCCCAAGUUUCGAGAUUAGUGAUAAUUUCCUGUCAGAGUGCUCUGACUGAGAUUGCAUAAAGUGGGGAAGCCCUAAGGGACAUAAGGAAUGUUCAUAUACUAAUGUGGGGUUCACUGUAAAGCCCACAGGCUUUAUUUCACUAUUUUCCUUGCUGGCUGCUUGCUUUUUUUUUUUGGGGGGGGGGUUGAAUUCUAAGAGUCCAUUUAUUCGACCCUAAGUGUCACUAACAAAUAUUUUCAAUGUAAAAUAUAGAUUUCGGUUUCAAGUUUUGAAUCGAUAAAUGGUGGUAAUGUAAACAAUUCAAACUGUUAAAAGGUUUAUUGGGACCCAAACACUGCAGAUAAAUGUGGGUGACUAAUUACAAAAAAAGACAAAUUGUUGACUUAACUGGGUGUUAAGCUAGAAGGGAAGCUGUCCCUUAAUAUGUGCAAUUUAUAGUCUUGUUCUUACAUUGAUGAAGAGAGAGAAAGAGAUCAUUUUUAUCUGUAAAUUACUUUAUGCCAGCUGUAAACCCACAUGAAAAGUACUCCUAAAAAAACCUUGUGUGUUAGAGUUGUCCAUAACAAAAAAAAAAACAAUCCAGAAAAACGCAUGUCACAAAAGUUAUAAAUUGAAUUGCAUGUCAUGAGUGAAAUAAGUAUUUGAUCCCCUAUCAAUCAGGAAGAUUUCUGGCUCCCAGGUGUCUUUUAUACAGGUAACGAGCUAAGAUUAGGAGCACUCUCUUACAGGGAGUGCUACUAAUCUCAGCUCAUUACCUGUAUAAAAGAUACCUGUCCACAGAAGCAAUCAGAUUCCAAACUCUCCACCAUGGCCAAGACCAAAGAGCUGUCCAAGGAUGUCAGGUACCAGAUUGUAGAUCUACACAAGGCUGGAAUGGGCUACAAGACCAUCGCCAAGCAGCUUGGUGAGAAGGUAACAACAGUUGGUGUGAUUAUUUGCAAAUGGAAGACACACAAAAUAACUGUCAGUCUCCCUCGGUCUGGUGCUCCAUGCAAUAUCUCACCCCGUGGAGUUUCAAUGAUCAUAAGAACGGUGAGGAAUCAGCCCAGAACUACACGGGAGGAACUUGUUAAUGAUGUCAAGGCAGCUGGGACCAUAGUCUCCAAGUAAACAAUUGGUAACCCACUACGCCGUGAAGGACUGAAUUCCUGCAGUUCCCGCAAUGUCCCCAAGCUCAAGAAAGCAUAUGUACAGGCCCGUCAGAAGUUUGCCAAUGAACAUCUAAAUAAUUCAGAGGAGAACUGGGUGAAAGUGUUGUGCUUAGAUGAGACCAAAAUCGAGCUCUUUGGCAUCAACUCAACUCGCCGUGUUUGGAGAAGGAGGAAUGUCGCCUAUGACCCCAGGAACACCAUCCCCACCGUCAAACAUGGAGGUAGAAACAUUGUACUUUGGGGGUGUUUUUCUGCUAAGGGGACAGGAAAACUGCACCGCAUCAAAGGGACAAUGGACGGGCCAUGUACCAUCAUAUCUUGAGUGAGAACCUCCUUCCCUUAGCCAGGGCACUGAAAAUAGGUUGUGGAUGGAUAUUCCACCAUGACAAUGACCCACACACAGCCAAGGCAACAAAGGAGUGGCUCAAGAAGAAGCACAUUAAGGUCAUGGAGUGGCCUAGCCAGUCUCCAGAUCUUAGUCCCAUAUAAAAUCUGAGGAGGGAGCUGAAGGUUCGAGUUGCCAAACGUCAGCCUCAAAACUUUAAUGACUUGGAGAGGAUCUGCAAAGAGGAGUGGGACAAAAUUCCUCCUGAGUUGUGAGCAAACCUGGUGGCCAACUACAAGAAACGUCUGACCUUUGUGAUUACCAACAAGGGUUUUUCCACCAAGUACCAAGUCGAAGGAGUCAAAUACUUAUUUCACUCCUUGACAUGCAAAUCAAUUUAUAACUUUUUUGACAUGCGUUUUUCUGGAUUUCUUUUUUUUGUUGUUAUUCUGUCUCUGUGUUAAAAUAUAACUACAAUUAAAAUUAUAGACUGAUCAUUUCUUUGUCAGUGGUCAAACAUUCAAAAUCAGCAGGGGAUCAAAUACUUUCCCCCCCUCACUCUGUAAGAAGUUUGGAAUCCUAUUGCUGUGUGGUCUUAUUGAAUUGUCAAAUUUGUAACUUAAUAUUUUCUGCUGAGCAAUUAUCGUCUACAGAGACCUGUAUUUUGCAUAACAUAUGCUGAAUCUCAGCAUUUUCUAUUUUAAAUGCACUCUGUGUGGGUGGCAGGUGCUAUUAUAGGUCAGAUCUAGGUCUCCAAACAUUGUAGUUCCUGAUGCAUGUUUUAAAGUGCUAGCACAUACUCAUGUCUGUAACUAGAUAAAGUGUGGAGUAAAAAUACAGCCCACAGACAACAAAUGACCAGGUGUCUUCUGCUUAUAUCUGUAUUUUACCAUCAAGUACUUUACUUGGAAUACCAUCAGAAGCCAGUGGUUUUACCUUUUUUACACUUUCUUUCAGAAAUAAAUUAAUUUGCAGCAUGACUUAACCCCUUAAGGACACAUGACAUGUGUGACAUGUGUAAAAUCUGGUUGGAAUCGAUCGUCAACGUUAAAUCUACUUAAUUUCGUCUUCUUUUCAGUUGAUUGAUAUACAUACGUAUUUUGUAUAUAUAGUCUUGGGCCAAAUUUGCUCGCAACAUUAAUAUAUGUCUAUAUUAAUGAAAAGUACUAAUACGCAAUCUGACUUAUGGUUUCUUCAGGUUUAUUCUUAGUUACUGAUACAUAAUAAAACAACAAAGGAUGUUACAGGAUAAUAGUGUCAGGGGUGGCGGUACGGAAACCUGAGUGCCUGAUGAGAAGUGGGAGUCUUCAGCGUGGUAAUGGACUAUCAGGGCCUGGUGCAGGGUAACCACACGUCCUCUGGCGUUGAGCACCAGCGUUUGCGCGGCCACAUACCAGAACCCUGGUGCAGCUACAGCGGAUCCCAGGAACUAGGAGCUUGAUAUGCAGACCUCCCAGGAACUGGAUAGGGGGGCUCUGCAGCCGACAUGUAUCCAGUACAGAAACAAGGCAAGGCUAGAACAGGCACCAAACAUGAAAACAAGACAUAACUAGUAGAACCCAGAACCAGAGAAGGAUAGGAAGCUAAACCCAGAACAUGUACACAAUACAUAAGGGAACAUUAACUAAACAGGGGCAGGACAGGACUGUACAUGGACUGGGAUUACAAAAUAAACAAGACAAUAUAUAAUAGUCAAAACAAGAGGAGACAUAACUAAGCACUGUAUAUGAAAAAUAUGGGGAUUUAGUUACAUUAUAUGAUCAUACAUUGCAUAAGCCUGCCACAACGCCAAUGUAUUCCAUAUUCGGCAGGACCUACACUGCCUAAUGUUCGCUAAAAGAACCAUACUAAACCACAAUAGCACUUACCUGCAAGAAAGGGCAGAGACUUGAAACACUGCUGCAGGUCCAGAAUGAAACAAAAAGGAAAAUGGAAAACAAACGGGUGUGGCAACAUAAAACAAACAUUUAAAGGAAACCUGGACACUGGGAAUUCCAGUUACGGAUUACAGGAAUGAACCCAGAAAAACCCCCAGACAUAGAAUAGAAAACCAAAAAAACAAGAAAAACUAAACAAGAAUUGUAAAAAGAGUACUGGAUGCCAGACAUCUCCAUAGAACAUGGUAUAAUGUGACAAAUAGAUGUUCAACAACAGAUGCUAAUUGCUGGACUCCUGACGGGAGAGUUACAUCCUUACAUCUUUACAUUGAGAGAGAACCAGAGAGAGCCAAGAGCCAAGAGAGCGAGAGAUCUCGUGUUCAGUUACUAUAUAGAAGUGCCCAUAAUGACGUCAGACUAUAAGGACAAGACCCCCAAAUCCACAUUCCAGAGCCUUGUGACUUAUAAAGCCUUGUGACUUAUACCAUCUGUUACUUAUGUCAAUCCACACAUCCAUAUAUAAUCAAUAGAAACAUAGAAUAUGCAAUAUUCUACAUUCCCUCUGUUUAUGGUUUGUUUUAAAACCAUAACACAAUGUCACUAACCUGUCCAUUCAUACAUCACUCGUAUCACGUUCAUUGAGCACAGAACAAGAUGUAGUCACAACUUUCUAUUAUAUGAGAGUUCUUAGAAAGUCGAGUUUCUAUCCCUCAUACCGCUUACUUUACUUCAAAACUCCCUCUGUUUCAGCUAUGUAUUGAUAUCCAUAUCCAUGUUACAUCAUAACUACUUGAACAUAAUAUGUACAUAUAUAUAACAAUAAUAAAUGAAUAAAAUAAAUUACAAAUGUUGAUCCAAUAAACAAUGUAAAGCAAUCAGAAAGAUCUAUCUGCUCUGGUACUGUCAUGUCUUUGUAAAUAACAAAAUCAAGAUCGUAACUUUCUAGAUAAUAACUGCGUAUCACUAUCAUAUUCUUACUAAAGACACAUAACAGUAUUUUCAUUCUCAAUACCUGAUAUUACUAAAGUACUAAUACAUAUAUUACUAUAAUAUACGACCACUUAUACUUCCAUGAAUCAUGUUUUCUAGUAACUUAAAAUCUUUAGGUCAUUUGUAUUCAUGAAUUACAUCCCUAUACCAUUAAUACCACCUAGUGCUGAUUGUAUCAGUACUUUACAAUCAUAGUAUUUAAUUUGUAUAUUCAGUAGGCUCUCACUACCUGAAAUAUAUCAACACUACUUAUAAGACUCAUAAUAAUUUGCAAACCUUCAAAUGUGUUAUCAACCAUGAAGUUUUAUAAUAAUUCUUCAAAUAAUGUUCAUGUUGUUGACAAUACUUAUUGUUCUAGAUAAUCUCCACCCAGAAAUCUUUCUAUCAUAGAUUUGUUUUUGUUUACAUAAUUAUAAUUUUCACUAAAAUUCCACCUUGUAGUAACAAACUUUUCAUUCAAGAGAAACAUAGUUUACUUUAAAAUAACUUGGAAAGAAUAAUAUAAAUUAAUUAUCAUCACUCUCCUCAUUAGACCUUAAUUGUGAUGACUUAUUAAUGUAAUACAUCUUAAAAGCAGGAUUGUCCUAAUGUUCUGACCAAUCCGUAUUCCUUAGUACACUUCAACUGACUAAAAUUAAAUAAAAUAAACAAAACUUGGGGCCAUACUGCCCAGAAACAUGUAUUCCUAGUCUGUGUCUAACAAACUCAGGGAAAUCAUAAAACAACUUAUAACAACAUAUUCAAUUCAUUGGAUACCGUCAUAUCCAGAAACCUAUUCUUCCUAGUCCAUACAUUUUAUAGACUUAGGUCAAAUAUAAUCGUGUACUAUACUGUUAACUAAACUCAAUUCAAUUCCUCUUGGAUCUCUGAACUCUUAUAUCCAAGGCAUUUUUAAUGUAUAUAAUUACUUAAUAUUAAUCAAUAUAAAUUAUCCUUCCUUAGUUUUCUUCCUUAUGUUACCAUUGUUUGUUAUACUUCACCUCGAUAUAAACAAAUUACUUAUUCUAGUGAAUCUAUGAAAUACUAUUGAACUCAAUCUUUGUAGAAUUAAGUAUACAUGAUCCUUAUUUUAUCAACUUCAUAUUUUACCUACUUCUGAUACUUCUCAUUCUAUGUAUAGGUAAUAAUGUAAUAGUUCUUUUCAUAAUACUAUCCUUUCAUAAUUUUAUUACAUGUGUUACACAUUUAUAAGUACUCUCUUUUGGUAUUAAUACACUCAUAACUGUUAAAUAACUUUUCAUUGUCUGUUUUCUUUUCCGUUAAUAUUUAAGAAUUGAUAUUCAUGUUAGUGCCAGUCUUUUAUUUCUUUGUAAGUCUGUUACUCUUCUGUAUCGAAUGAACUCUGUAGAAUCUUCCAUCAAACUUUGCAGAUCAGAUGAAAAGUAUCUUUCCAACAGUCGAUGUCCAGUUGUCUAAAGGAAUUCUUUCCUAACUUACUGCCACGAGGAUCUGUCACGCUUUACCUACAUUAAAACAAAAAACAUGUGCAGCAUCAAUACAAUGGUUUACAAUGUUUAUAUCUCAUUAUUAUUAUACAGUAUAACAUUGAAUUAUAUUGACUACACAAAACAUUCUCAUUUCUUCUCAUAAGAUCUACCAUCUUGUGGUCAUUAAAUUUAUGCCAUGUGAUGUAUAAUCUUAAAAUUUCCUUUAUAUUAAAAUCUUUCUGAACAUUUUAAGUUAUCAAAAUUUGUAUUAAUCAUACCCCCCUUUUAAACUGUUUAAUAAUCUGGAGGUAUAACCUAAUCACAUAUCAGAAGUUACAACAAAAUAUUGUUCUCCACUAUACUUUAGCAAUAGUAGCCAUCUUGUCUUAACACUGGCACCAUUUUGUCACAUGAAACAAACUACAAAAACAUAUAUUGUUUCCUACAUCAAAUAUAUCUGCAAAUCUAGGUUUUAUCCUAUCAAAACUUUUGUUUUCUAUAUAAUCAAAACAUAUGUAUGUCCAGGCUUUGCAAAAUAUAGUAAUCCAUUAUCAGUCAUGACAUUAAAAUCUCAUUCUCAUGAAUUAAAUCAAAGAUUUUAAAUCAACCUCAGAAGCAACAAAGAAUAAAUCUAUUGUUUUUUCCUUCUGUAAAAUGAUUGGGGUUACUCUAUAUUCGUAUACACCCAAUAUAACAUACAUUGCAUGUUCCUAACUGCUACAUUAGUGUAUUUCAUUCUGCCAUAUUUGCAAACUUGAUGUAAAUUUUUAUUUUAAUUAAUUAACCUAAUACUUUAUUAUAACACACAUAAAAACAAUGAAAAAACAGUUCAGACUAACAAUUCAUUGAAAACAACAAACUAACAUAGAUCUCUUUUCUUGUGUGCUGUUCUUAUUUCUGGAAUCAGCCUGUGUACAUCUGUUGGCACACAUAUCCAUGCUCAUUCCCUAAACUGAUCAAAUCUCUUGAAGUUAUCUGAUCCUUAUAACUUUCUGUGUUACACUGCAUUGCUUGUCUGUCUCCUAAUUUCGAUUUAGCUAAAAUUGCUCUUAUUUGUCUGAUUAUCAGUUUACAAGGAAAGGCUUUUAUUGAUUUAUCUCCACAUGUAUUUUCUCUGUCAAAAUUUUCAAUCAACAAAUUUAAUUUCUCAUUUGCUUUUGAUUUGAUAUCGAGGAUAAAAUAUCUGCAAGAUCUUAAAUAAUGUUGUUUAUUGCACCAAAAACAAAUAACUUUAGGAGUUAUAUUCUGCCUUUGAUUGUUAACUCUACAGUUUUUAGUAGAAAAAAAUGGGAGGGGCUCAGUUGUCUGUAUCACUCUUUCACACUGAGUCCACGAAGAAGGGGGAGGGGAAUGAGGGGUGUCAGGUCUGAGUUUCUUUCUCUGCCUCAUUUCACUAGUCUUUUUAACCCCUUCAUUAUUGGUUACCCUCCUUAAGUUAUCCAAGAACAAAACAACUUCUGUCAAAGUAAUUUUUUCUCUAGAUAUCACAAUUGCAGUUGGAUCUAGAGCUUGAGAUUUUUUCACAAAUUCAUUAAUUAACUGAUCCUCAGGAAAAUUAGCAACAAGUCUAUAUGCACUUUCAAAUUUUACAAGAAAACUAAAAAUAUCCUCAUCAUUGUGUGGUUUUAGUUUUUCCAACAUUUCAAUGUCUGCAAAAUCAUUCCCUGUUGUUAAUUUUAUUAAUUGUGUUAAUCUGUCUCGGUAUUUUCCAUAUAUUAUUUCAUCAUUGUCCUCACAUUUUAUAGGCGUGGUCAGCCUACAUGCCAUUAGAGUCGGCAGCCAUGUUUUAAAUAGUUUACUCCUUUGUUCGUCAUUAAGGCUGUAUUUUUCCAAAUUUGACUCAAACAUUCCAGCAUUAAUAAAUGCAUCCACUGACGUGUCAUAAACUGGAAUACAUUUCACAAUUUUCAGUAAUUGUUCCUGGAUUUUCAAAUUACGUUUUGCAGCUCUGUCUUGAAAUUUACAUUUUUGCAAAUCACUUUGUGAGGAUACAUUUUCAGUAUCUAUUGGUUCUCGGAUUAGAUUCUGUGCCUGUAUUUUUCUUUCUUUACUUCAUUAGUAAGCUGGCAAAUAAGAUCAUUUCUUAAUUCAACUCUAUCCUCUAGUUCACAGACUGUUUCUGACAAUCUUUCACAGUUACAGCAUGUACUCUCUGUUACGUUGUUACACUGUUCAUUUAAAUCUGAUUUGUCUUCUGUUAACCCAUUCAAAUCUACUUCUUUAUCUGCUAAUUCUAAAUUGUCUUGACCUGCAUUUCGUUCACAAAUCAAUGCAUUGUAAGUACAGACUAGUUUCAUAACAUUUCUGAUCUUUUGUUUUUUCUUAUUAACAAACAAUUUCUUGUCAAUUUCACUAUUGGCAAUUUCACAUUGUGUGUAUAAAGAUUGCCACAAUACAGCAUCUGAAUAGCUGCUAUUAAAUGCACACUGCAAUUUAGUUUUCUCUGCAAUAUCAUUUAUGAAUUCCAUGUUAGUCACCAGAUCAGUUAUUUCUGUUUAUUUCGUUGCUUCGUCCACACAGCUGCGCAGUUCUGGGCUUGGAUCUGGAUGAUUGCCAAUCUCUGCCACGUGCUUGCUUCUACAAUUCACGUUGUAUCUUGUGCUUUUUGUCUCAGUUGUAGAAAAUAGUCUUGUACAGUCUUUGUGAUUUGAAAUCUCUUUUUCUUACAAACACAGUUCUUUUGUGACAGUCUAGAUUCUUUUUUUCUCUUCAAGUUUGUUUUCCCAGUUCCAAAACAGCUUUGUAACUCGAUUCUUCUCUCUCCUCCCUUGAAGUGGGAACAAAACUUGAAUAGAAGACUGGCUGGCUAGCCAAUGUAAAAUGUAACUAGAAUUGAUCGUCAACGUUAAAUCUACUUAAUUUCUUCUUCUCUUCAGUUGAUUGAUAUAUAUACGUCUUUUGUAUAUAUAGUCUUGGGCCAAAUUUGCUCGCCACAUUAAUAUAUGUCUAUAUUAAUGAAAAGUACUAAUACGCAAUCUGACUUACGGUUUCUUCAGGUUUAUUCUUAGUUACUGAUACAUAAUAAAACAACAAAGGAUGUUACAGGAUAAUAGAUGUUCAACAGCAGAUGGUAAUUGCUGGACUCAAUAUAAUCAAUAGAAACAUAGAAUAUGCAAUAUUCUACAACAUGUCAUGAUUCCCUUUUAUUCCAGAAGUUUGGUUCUUAAGGGGUUAAAGGCAACAAAAUGUGCAUUAACUUUCAUCCUUUGUCAUCAGAGGGAAUUUAAUAGGGAAUAAAGGCUGGCAACUUUUACGGUGUUGUGGUAACCAUUUUGUAGUCACCAUCUAACAUGAAAUGUUAAUGCACAUGAUUGGUUCGUGGCCCAUGAUUGGUGUAGCCCCUUCGAUAUAGCAAAGGAUCAUGGGGUAUAUUUAAUUCUAUAUCUUUGUAUGCUCCCCAUCCUACAUACCUGUAUAUACAUAAACAAGGAAGUCACUAGUUCUCUGGACUCUAGAAUAAACUGGAGAGGAUUGGGUUCAAGAUAUUGAAUGCGGAAGACAGGUAAAACAAGGAAGGUGUAAAGAACAAGCAUUAUUGAAUGAAGGCGGAAGAGAUUAAAAAAAAAGACAUUUUAAGUGUAGAGGGUGCAAAGGGAAAAAAAUUUAAGUGUCAGGACUGGGGGGAGUAGGGGGUGAGGGAGAGCUUGCCUGCUGAUCAGAAACUGACACGGAUUGAUACCCACUUUGCUGAGCAGAUGACGGUGCACCCGGGGAUACAUUCUGUUCGAAACUUGAGGCCUACCUGAGCUUGAGCUGGGGUUAGACAGCCACUCUCCCAGUUCUCCGACCGGCGCUUUACUGGUGACCACCACUAAUCGCAGUCGCCUUUCAGCACCUACUUUGACACAGAUACUGGACGGGGCAGAAUACCCCAAGAUGACGGACGUGCUGCAGCCACGUGAACAGCAACCUGACAUGAACGCACUAUGAGCUAAAACUGCAGUGCCUGGAUGAGACUUUCGACUAAUUCUGGGCAAAGCUAUCAGCCCACCUUGAGGCGCCAAGAGCUCCGGUUGAGGAGAGAAAGCAGAGAAAAAAAAAGUGUCAGGACUGAAUUUAAUCAGAAGAGAGACAGAAUAGCAGUAGUUCACAAGGUAGGUAGACAGAAAUGUAAGUGUUAAAAAUGUUUAUUGUUGCACAAAGAUUGUGCUCAAAACAAUGUGUGCUUUGCCUUGAUCUGUCUUAAUCUGAUAGAUUCUUCAAUAAAUUAUUUAUCUGGAAAAACAUUAAACUUUAAUAAUUAAAUUACACAAAUUAAUUAUUAACCUACACAUUUACUUGCACCAUGUCUAUAAUACUGUUUGGCCUGUUUACACUCUUGUGAGGGACGUAUUUGCUCCGUUCUGACAUAUCCUCCUGUUUAACUCUCUUCUUAGAGAUCCCGUACCACCAUGAUGUUAAAGUACUCUCCUGUGACAGACACUAGUCAUAAAUCUCAAGGGGAUUUGAGAGGUAUGAAAAAGGGUCAAAUUUGUCACGGGACUCAUAAGAACAUAUAACAUAAAGCAUAAUGUGGUAAGGUCAGAGGCCGUUCAGGAAAACAAUUUGUGCUAUUUGCUGAAAUGUGAGAUCUUGUGAAUCCUCCAUUCUUCCCUCUUGCACAUAUGGAAGUAUUAAUUGUAUGCUUACUAUAUGGUAUUGUCUAGAAACAGGUGGCUUUGCGAAAUGUAUUCUGUGUUUGUAAAUCACAACUUGAGCUGACAUUUUAACAUGUGAUCUUUUUCUAUUGCAGCUGAGCAAAUGUCACUCAUUGUCGGCUUUUAAAUAUUUUUACGAGAUCUUUUAAAUUAUGAUCCUUUAAAAAUUUUAAAAAAAAAAUACAAAUGUAAAACCUAAUACACUGUGGUGACUGCACUGCAAUAUGCAGAAGAGAUGUAUGUAUACACGUAAGCAUGGGCGAGAUGCAUUUAAUUCACAACACAUACUUAAUGUGGUUGGGGAAUUUUCAAUAAUUGACACUGUUUGCUGUAACACUAACAAAUUGUUUCCUAAAACACUGCAUAAACAAAUAUUUAAUAAGUAUUUAUUUCACCGUGAUUAGUGCAAUGCAAAUAAAGUGAAAUAUACAGGGAGUGCAGAAUUAUUAGGCAAAUUAGUAUUUUGACCACAUCAUCCUCUUUAUGCAUGUUGUCUUACUCCAAGCUGUAUAGGCUCGAAAGCCUACUACCAAUUAAGCAUAUUAGGUGAUGUGCAUCUCUGUAAUGAGAAGGGUGUGGUCUAAUGACAUCAACACCCUAUAUCAGGUGUGCAUAAUUAUUAGGCAACUUCCUUUCCUUUGGCAAAAUGGGUCAAAAGAAGGACUUGACAGGCUCAGAAAAGUCAAAAAUAGUGAGAUAUCUUGCAGAGGGAUGCAGCACUCUUAAAAUUGCAAAGCUUCUGAAGCGUGAUCAUCGAACAAUCAAGCGUUUCAUUCAAAAUAGUCAACAGGGUCGCAAGAAGCGUGUGGAAAAACCAAGGCGCAAAAUAACUGCCCAUGAACUGAGAAAAGUCAAGCGUGCAGCUGCCACGAUGCCACUUGCCACCAGUUUGGCCAUAUUUCAGAGCUGCAACAUCACUGGAGUGCCCAAAAGCACAAGGUGUGCAAUACUCAGAGACAUGGCCAAGGUAAGAAAGGCUGAAAGACGACCACCACUGAACAAGACACACAAGCUGAAACGUCAAGACUGGGCCAAGAAAUAUCUCAAGACUGAUUUUUCUAAGGUUUUAUGGACUGAUGAAAUGAGAGUGAGUCUUGAUGGGCCAGAUGGAUGGGCCCGUGGCUGGAUUGGUAAAGGGCAGAGAGCUCCAGUCUGACUCAGACGCCAGCAAGGUGGAGGUGGAGUACUGGUUUGGGCUGGUAUCAUCAAAGAUGAGCUUGUGGGGCCUUUUCGGGUUGAGGAUGGAGUCAAGCUCAACUCCCAGUCCUACUGCCAGUUCCUGGAAGACACCUUCUUCAAGCAGUGGUACAGGAAGAAGUCUGCAUCCUUCAAGAAAAACAUGAUUUUCAUGCAGGACAAUGCUCCAUCACACGCGUCCAAGUACUCCACAGCGUGGCUGGCAAGAAAGGGUAUAAAAGAAGAAAAUCUAAUGACAUGGCCUCCUUGUUCACCUGAUCUGAACCCCAUUGAGAACCUGUGGUCCAUCAUCAAAUGUGAGAUUUACAAGGAGGGAAAACAGUACACCUCUCUGAACAGUGUCUGGGAGGCUGUGGUUGCUGCUGCACGCAAUGUUGAUGGUGAACAGAUCAAAACACUGACAGAAUCCAUGGAUGGCAGGCUUUUGAGUGUCCUUGCAAAGAAAGGUGGCUAUAUUGGUCACUGAUUUGUUUUUGUUUUGUUUUUGAAUGCCAGAAAUGUAUAUUUGUGAAUGUUGAGAUGUUAUAUUGGUUUCACUGGUAAUAAUAAAUAAUUGAAAUGGGUAUAUAUUUGUUUUUUGUUAAGUUGCCUAAUAAUUAUGCACAGUAAUAGUCACCUGCACACACAGAUAUCCCCCUAACAUAGCUAUAACUAAAAACAAACUAAAAACUACUUCCAAAAAUAUUCAGCUUUGAUAUUAAUGAGUUUUUUGGGUUCAUUGAGAACAUGGUUGUUUUUCAAUAAUAAAAUUAAUCCUCAAAAAUACAACUUGCCUAAUAAUUCUGCACUCCCUGUAUAAUCUGUGUGUGUGUGUGUGUGUGUGUGUGUGUAUAUAUAUAUAUAUAUAUAUAUAUAUAUAUAUAUAUAUAUAUAUAUAUGUUUUGCUUAAUGGUAAAUCUAUUGCAAUGUUUUCUGCCACUUUAAUAAAUAUAAUCAUAUUCUUUUAUUUCCCAUGUAGUUGGUAAGUUAAUAGGGAAAGGAUUAUCAAUAAAGAUGUAUGAAUUAAAGUGGCUCUAUGAUUAUUCAUGAAUUCUGAUGCCUUUUUGAAAUCCCCAGAUCCAUGUUAAAAAGCCAUUGGUAAGCAAAGGGAUUUUUAUGCAAUUAUUUGCACUUCAGUUUCUAUAAAAUAGGUCAGAAUUUCUCAAAUGCUAGGUAAAUAAGGCCUAUUGCCAAUCUUUUUUGUAAUAAGUGUGAAAUGUCAGACGUUUUCAGCGAUAAUUGCCAAUUCAUUUCGAGAUUAGCAGGUUUAUACUUAUAAGGAACAAUAUAAUAUCCGGAAUACAGCCAUGUAUUCCUAACAUUAUAGUGCUGGAAUACAUAUUUAGUUGUCCGGACCCCCUCUUUGUGGAAUAGAAAGGUAUUAAAUGUACCUUUUCUAAAACACUGUGUUUGCUCCGCCUACAUUGCAGAGAUCCUCAAUCUUGAGGAUCACAGCCAAUACUUUCACAUUGGGAGACUAUUGCACAUGCGCAGCAUGUCUUCAUAGAGAUACACUGAAUCAAUGCAUCUCUAUGGGGAACGUUCAACAUGGAGACGCUGAACGUAGGUACUGCACACUUUUCACCACUGAACUAAAAAGCAUCUCUUGUAGCCGAAAAGGCAGCAUGUACAUGGAGAAGCCUGCAGAGACACGCUAUAGACACCAGAAUCAUUACAUUAACCUAUAGUGGUUCUUAUGAUUAAAGUGUCCCUUUAAAACUAGCACAGGUUCCUUCCCAUCCAAGAUUCUUGUAGUUUUGUUUUGCAUACUGUGCCUUCUUUAUUUUGUAUUUUUUUUUUUAUGCAGAUGAAAAAAGAAAUCUUACAUAACUUCUUUAGACACUCACUAAAGGCAAAAAUCGCAAUAUCCUCUAUCAUUUCUGACCUUUAACAAAAAUUGUAAUCUUUCUUUUAUUAACAAAAGCUUGCUUUUUUUUUUUUUUUGCACCACAAGGUCUUGCACCAGCUGCUUUGUGUCAGAGUUGCUCUGUAUGAUAUUUCAGUGGCAACGUCGAAACACAAAAAUAAAUGGAAUUAUGAUAAAUAUUUAGGUCUUGCAAUGUUCAUUUCAUUUUCGAGGUUCUGUUUGUUCAAGGGGAUACAGACUAUGAGUUUUUUGUGAGUGAGUUUAACACCGACAACUGAAAAGUAAAGACACGUACACAAAUACCAUGCGCAAAGAAAGUCAAGCACCCAGCACACUGUUGCAUGCCUACAAGUAUAGAGUUUUGGUUUUCUGUGUAAUCAUGUAAUUGUGGGUUUUAAAGUCAUGUUUAACACAUUAUUUUCCAGUAUAUUUUCAAAUUUCAAAAUUCAACAAAGUUUGUUCUUCACAGUGCACUGAAAAAUUAGUUUAAAAAUACAUAUGCUCAUUCAAGCAGGGUCCGUAUUAACCUAUUGUUCCUGUUACACUUUGUAAUUGUCUCAGUUAUUGUAGAAUUUAUUUCCCCUUUCUAAUACUGUAAAGAUCUGUGGAAUAAAUUGGUACUAUAUGAAUGCCAAUAAUAAUAAUUUCUGGGAAAAGCAAGCCUUAUGGUUUGACUGGAGUGUUCAGAUUUGUAUUUAACAAUGUAUUGACUAUCUAAUAUUUGGAUGUAUAAAAAUAAAUAAUGAAGCCCUAAUUGACUGAUCUUUGAAAUUAUUGAAAAAAUAUUUUAGUAGGUGGAAAUAUGGUUUUAACUCCGCAAUUAAUUAAUUCUGAAAUCAGGAUAAAAAAUUUAAUCUGCUGGUGGGAGAGAACAGGGACAGUCUGGCAAACCAGUAAUUGCCCUCCUGUGAUCUCUGAUACGUUCACUAUAGGAGCAUAGACGCACUUUGCUAAUGGUAUAAUUGGAAACGUUUUUGUUAAAUUUGUACUGUGUAACUUAAAACAAUGCAAGAGCCUAGCAGCUGACCUGAACAGUCGCAUUGCAUCUGAGCUCCCGAAAAAAUGGCCUAAAUGAAGCACAAAACACGGCAAAACUUAACGAAAACCAACCCAAAGGGACCCCCAGCCAUCCACAUAAGGAUGGGGCGAAAAACAAAAAAGCAGAAAGCUGAAAAACCAAACCUGGGCAUGAACAUUGGAGACUUAUGGCGGCAGGCACAUGGAGCCUCACAAGCCCAGAUGGCGUCUUACCCUGACUUCCCAGACGACCACACCCUGGGGUCGUGAGACCUUCUCAUGCUGGAACCUCAAAGACCAAAAGUAAACCCGGCACCACCCUCCACCCAAAAGGACACGUCUCCGGUAACCAAGGCAGACAUGCAAGAGCUGCUGUCGGGCCUCCGACGGGAUAUACACGCGGACGUGGCCGCACUCCGUGCCGACCUCCAACGCCUGACAGGUCAUAUGGGAGCUCUGGAAAUGGACUCCCACAACAACAAACAGCAAGUAACCUUCAAUCAGAGAUACGGUCCCUAUGGAAACACCAUGCCGCCCUGGAAAGAAAAGUUACAUCCAUGGAAGACGCAAGGCGGUCUAAGAAUCUAAAGAUAAGAGGGGUGGCAGAGAUGGUGCCGGACACGGAAUUACUGCAUUUUAUGAGACUCCUUCUGGGCUCAAUCAUGCCCCUGAAACAGGCAAAACUGAUAACAAUGGAAAAAUUGUUCAGAAUACCUAAACCCAUUAAAGCCCCAACCGAGGCUCCCAGGGACCCGAUCGUAAGCUUUCAGACAAGUCAGGACAAAGCAGCUGUGAUGAAUGCGUUACGGGGACACUCACCUUACAUGUUUGAAAAUUCGUCCCUGACUUUCUUCGCGGAUCUAUCUGGGGACACACUGAAAUGGCGGAGAACCCUGCAGCCUCUCACAACGCUGCUCCGCUCACACACCAUGACCUACCGGUGGAGGGCGGCCCAGACCCUGAUGAUCACCCACAGAGGUAACUCCUACCCGGUGCACAAGUUGGAAGAAGCGGCUGGGAUCCUAGGGGACUUGGGUCUCCCUCCCGACUCCCUCUCCAAGGCCAUGCACCAGCCAGCCACCGCACUGCACAACUGGGACCCAGCGAACGUCACUGCCUUCGUACCCCGGAGGCCCCAAGAGAUCACCUAAGCAGCGGACACGACAUAAUGGCACAACACGGAGAAGAGUCUACAGUCUCCCCUUACAAAGGACAGGCUGCUCUCCAUUUGCCACCCAGGCGCGGCCAGGACAGUCAGUACAAAGCCUAAUGUUAACUGACAGAACUGUAUUUAACGUUUAAUGCUUACGAAGGUUGCAGAUAUGCCUAAACACUACUGCCUCUAUGGUUAAUUGGCUGCUGUUAUUACCAACUCUUCGUUAUCACUCUACUCUGCUAAUUUUAAUUUAAUUUGACUAACCUUACUCUAUCAAUGUCGACCUUUAACGCUGCAAGAUAUGCAGGAUAUGCUAACACUUGGCUAGAAAGACCCGACCACUAGCGCCCUAAUUAAACCACACGCACACCAGGUACCCCCACAGCCCACACCUCCCACACACACUCAUUAACCACGAGACUAUGAACAGACUGCAAUCCCGGGACGACUCCUUAUCUCCCUGGGGUACACACAAGCACACAACUACUUCUCUUUAAAUGCUCCUCUAACACUUGCUCCUCUAACACUUGCAGCGACUCACACACCAUUUAGCCAGCCAAAGACAAGGGUACACUGUGGCUGCUCACAGUUUAAUAGACAUGCCCCUACUCACGGUAUACUAAGUCAUUUUUACUUAGUAUUAGUAAAUUUGGCUGAAAGACCAUUUUAGGUCUUUCAGCCUUUUGGUAGAUAGCUCCCUAAUAUCGUGGGAAUUAGAGAGUUAUCUACUAAACGGCUGCAAGAGAACAUCCUUAGUUCCGAAUUUCGAAAUGCCGAACCAAAUUUUUUCCCCAUGCACAUCCCUCGUAAUCUGUGAGUGGUUGGUAAUUUUACAAACAGACUUUAUUAACUGGAAGCAGCACUUGCAACUGAAGUCCUAAGUUCCAAUAGAGCAAUAUGCAAUACUUGGGGCAUUGUACCGUCCAGGCGCAGUGAUUCGGAGCUGAUCUUGAGCUCCAGAAAAGUGCAAGUGCAAUCUUUUUUAUUUGCCAUAUUUGAGACCCUAAAGUCACCUGGGGGGUUGUAACAUUUUUAUUUAGGGCCCCCACCCACCGCUCAGGAGGGCAAUAGGUCCCCCCCGCCAUAUUGGUAUUUAAGGCCCCCACACGCCACUCAGGGGUGGGGGCCGGGGGGGAGGACAAUAGGUCUAAUUUCAGCACUUCGGAAAUUCGGCAUUCCGGCAAUUCAGCUAUUCGAACAUUCGGAAGUAUCUGAAUGUCCGAAUUGCCUGAAAUUCGUUCAAAUUGACAUUCGGAACGAAACAAAUUGCACAUGUCCAUAACAACCACACCUUACCCCUGAAUGAUGUGCACGUGGGUGAUUAAUGAGCUGAGAGAAAGAGGAACUUUAACUGUCAGAAAAGAGGCAGUUCACUUCAACACCCCAUUAUAAGCAAAGGAUGACUCCUUCUCUGGCUUCAAAUGUGUUAUCUUUAUGUUUUAUUUUAUGUUUUGUUAUGUAGCUGGAGAGACUGCCUGUGAGUUGUGUGUUUGGAGAAUUAACUGUUGUAAUAUCAGCCCUUACAGCAAACCAUAGGUCUAUAAAUCGACUUUAGACACUCCCUAUGUGGCAGCUGCAUACAUUAUUUAUGCAAAGGGUCACUGAACAUUACCAGUAAUAUUUCAUGAUAUCUGGCUUGGUUUAUUAUGACUGUACAUAAACACAAUAACAGUGAGUGUAUUAAUUUACUUCUUUGAUGUUAAGGGCACUAAAGUUGCUUGCAAAAAUCUGUAAAAGAGGGACAUUGUAUGGUAUUUUUUAAUGGUUAGAGAUAAACAGUGUUUUAAACGGCCAAUAAUAUUUCUCAACGAAAUGGUCUUGGUACAGUGGCCAUUUUGUUUUGAAGAAAUUGCAAUGUUUAUGUCGCAGGUUAACACACCUCUAAUGGCUAUCUUACACUUUAACGUUUGUAAUACAUGUUUGUAUUUCUAACACUAUAGUAUUCAUUUAAGAAAAUACUGGUUUUGGACAGAAAACCUUUACUAUACCGGUCCUCCCCAAAUGUGCAAGCUGGCAUCAGUAGCCAAGUUUGCACAGAAUUCACAUUAGCCAACACACAGCCAUAGGUUGUUACACCUCUGGCAGGUGUGGUGUUUCACAGUCAAUGGCUUGCCUAUUCCACAUUUUCAUUGAUUAAAAAAACAACUUUCAGCUGGAUCUCUCAAGGGGGAAAACUUCCAUGGGUUGCAACUUGGGAGUCAAAUAUAUUUGCUGCUUUUCAUAGUUCAGCAACGCAAGUGAUAAAGCACAGUACCAGUAAAAAAAACAUAAGUCACCUAACUUACAUAGUUGGUUUCAAAGGCUGAAAAGAGACAUGUGUCCAUCAAGUUCAGCCUUCCUCACACUUGUUUUUUGCUGUUGCUCCAAAAGAUGGCAAUAACCCAGUUUGAAGCACUUUCAAUUUUGCAACAAACUAGGGGGGCUAUUUAAAUAUCUGCACGGACUCUGAUAAAACUACUUUUUCAGGCAGAGAAUUCCAUAUCCUUAUUGUUCUUAGUAAAAAAAACUUUCCUUUGCGUUAGACUAAAUCUUCUUUCUUCCAGUCUAAAUGCAUGACCUUGUAUCCUAUGUAAAGUCCUGUUUGUGAAUAGAUUUCUACACAAUGGUUUGUAUUGGCCCCUGAUAUAUUUUUAUAAUGUUAAUUAUUUUGUUCUUGCUAUAUAACUUAUUCUUAGACCAACAUUUUUUAUUUUAUUUUUUUUAAGUCCAUUGCAACUCCACAAUGGACUUGUUUGGCAAGUUAAAAAUAUUUGAUCCCAUGAAAUCCCAACUGAAAUGCCACUCAGAGAUUAUAGAAUGAUGGAAAAUGAAAUGGCCUCCUUUAAUUGUGUGUGCCUGCUGCCCGAUGAUGCUGGAACACUUUAAUCUUGAGGGAGCUUAGCUUUUCAUUUAAGUGUGCCCAGGUAGCUUUGAUUACUAAUAUUAAGAUAAGAGGCUUACUCUCUUUUGUGUAUUUAUGUUGGUACAAGAGGAAAAUUACACUCAUUAAGUUUAGCUGUGUUCCAUAUUGUCUACGAAGAACAGGCAGUGAAAGAUCUUCCUCAAAUCACCUUGUCUAAGAACACUUCUCUGUUGUACUCAGCUCUCUACUGAUUGCAAGUUUAUUUUAUCAUGAUUUAUACGAUUAGGGACGUCAUUCCCUCUACUUCUGAAAUCCCACAUAAGAAUAUUUUUCAAAUUAUUUAAAAUUUCAUUUAAAUAAUUGUUUUAUCCGGAUCUUACUUAUUGUCUAAUUUAGUGACAUGAUACUUUUUUUUUUUUUAAAUCAUGCAGCACAAGAGGUUUCUCUGUGUUGUUUUGUUAUGCUCAUGAAAGAAGGAAAUAGUACGUCUUCUAGGAUUUCUUUCUGCGUAGGCUAAAGCUCUCAGUUGAAUAUUUCUCCUUUUCUGAUAUGGUUGCCUUUUGUGCUUUAUUGAUGAUGUGCAUUGUGUCUAAUCGCGUGCUUUCAUUCUGGCUCCAAUGCCUAUGCCUACAAAGAAAGAUCCUGUACCACUUUUUAUGUACUGGUGAAACUGACACUAUAUUUUUACUAUAAUUUCACAUCAUUGACAUAUAUAUAUAUCUCUAUCCCACAUACUGGAUAUACUCGAGUAUAAUUCGACCCGAAUAUAAGUCGAGACCUCUAAUUUUACCCCAAAAAACUGGGAGAACUUAUUGACUCAAGUAUAAGACUAGGGUGGGAAAUGCAGCAGCUACUGGUAAAUUUCUAAAUAAAAUUAGAUCCCCCAAAAAAUUACAUUAAUUGAAUAUUUAUUUUGUGUAUAUAAUGAAUGCAAUCUGUGUGUGUAUGAAUGCAGUGUGUGUAGUGUGUGUGUGAUGCAGAGUGUGUAACCUUGGUGGGGGGUGGGCAUUUUUAUUAAUUUUUUUAAAAUUAUUAUUUUAAUAUUAAAUUUAGUUUUUUUCAAUAUUUUUAUUUUAUUUUAAUAUUAUUACAUUUUUUAUUAUAUUAUUAUUUACAUUUUUAUUUACAUUUUUUUGUCCCCCCUCCCUGCUUGAUACAUGGCCAGGGAGUGGGGCUCUCCUUCCCUGGUGGUCCAGUGGCAUGGGCUGUGUAGGAGGGGGGCUGGCAGGAAGCUGUUCCUUCUCCUCCUUUCCGGUCAGCUCCCUUAUCCUCCACUGUAAGUCUCGCAAGACUUACAGUGGAGGAGAAGGGAGCUGACCGGAACGGAGGUGAAGGGAGCUGACAGGAGCAGCAGGAAAGGUAAGUUACAGCUCGCUGCCGGCCCCCAAAUGACCGCUGGGCUUGUAAUGAGCCUGGCGGUCCAUGUCUGUAUUAUGGCAAUGUAAGUUGCAAUAAUACAGACACUGACUCGAGUAGAAGACGAGUGGGGGGUUUUCAGCACAAAAAAAUGUGCCGAAAAACUUGUAUUAUACUCGAGUAUAUACGGUAUAUAGGAAGCAAAAACCAGAAAGGUUAUAAUGGGGAAAUUUUUUUUUUCAAAACCCCUUCCACCUAGUAUUUAGAGGGCUGAUAUUUGCCUAUUAUUAUUAUCAUCCUAGUUCUAUUUGAAUUUAGGAAGCUCAAAAUUUGGGCAGGACAGUCUGUGGGCCUCAAUCUGUUAUGUUAAAGCUUUAGGUUAUAGAGAACUGACAUUUGCCUCCUGUAACCGAAGUGAGGGUAGAAGCAUCAAUCUCUACUUUCUGGAGGUGCUAAGAAUUCACACAGUGUUUUUCAAAAAUAAAUUUUGAAUUAUUACAAAACCAGGUGCUCCCUACGAACUCAGAGAUCGUUUGGGAGCAGAGCUGAGCUAUGGCAGGUGGACUGGGUUCUUGGCUUACAAGAAAGCUACUGACAGAGGCCAGGACCCAUCAUGUUUCCUGAGAUGGCAGUAGUCAUUUGUGCUGAAAUUUAUAAUGUAAAAAGUACCUUGCAGGGUCUUCCACUUUCUAUAGCAGCACAGUAUUUACCAGGAAGGUAGACGGGUAGCUACUAUAUGCAGACCGCAUGAGCAGGCAGCAGUCUUGUCAAGUACCUGCCCUUUCGUGGCAAGUAGUUCUGCAUCCGCUACAAGUAACCAAACACGCUGCUAUUUCACUUUGUGGCCUUGUAGCUCACAGGGAUUCUGUGAUUGCUAUUGCUGUGUGAUCAUUUUUUGCUGAUAGCCCUUCUGCAAUUCCCUAUGCACUUAUUCACCCAUGCCCACACAACCCAUUAUUAUCUCUCAAUAACUCACACCAAACUCCCCAAUCAACCUAUUAUGCCUACCUGCCAACCAGGCCUCUUUAUGCCUAACAAGUCAUGUUCAUGCCAUCUUCUAUGCUCAUCUAGUCACACGUACCCAACUUGUCACAUACCCCACCUCCAAUCCUUUGCAUAGAGAAGUGGUAACAAUAACCCUCUUUGCUGACCCAUGGGUGAGAAUAAUCUCACUGCAGACUUCUGUAUUUUGUCUUGGGUAAAGCAAAUAAAACAAAAUAUACUCCUUGCAUGUUAAAUUCAUAUAUGAAGUCCAUUAAAUGUAAGUUAAAUUAAUACUUGUUAUUGCCAAGUUAAAUGAGUUUAUGAGUUUUAUAAAGCACGUUGUCACGUAAUGAUUUACUGAGAGCUAUUUUACUCUCAUAGAACAUAUAUCUGAAUCCCUGGUAGAAAAUGUGAUCAUGAUCAAUGGAUAAUCGCAAGGAAUGUAACGCUUUUCUGAGAAAACAUAAUUCUUUUUUUUAGGCUAUAGUCAGUCACCUGUUGAGAAAAUGGAUGUUCACAUUCUGGGGAAAGACAAAUUUUCUUGCAUUGACUGUAAACAAGGAUACAUUCAAUGGCUUGCUUAUCAUUUCCCUGGAUCAUUGUUAGUGAAUACAAUUGUCGAUAACUGUGUGGGUUCCAAGCCAUCUGAUUAUUGCUGUUAGCACAUUAGGGUGGGGCUAACUCUCAGCUUGUCACUAUGUUUUGUUUCAUGGUCUGUACAGUUUUAGUCUCUCUCUAUCCUGUCCAAAUUGACAUUUCCUGUCACAUAUAUAUAUUUUUUUUUCAGGAAAAUAACAAAGGAAAAGCACAUAUCAGUUUUGGAUUAGUAUCAAAUGUUUAAUUUAGAUUAUUUCUGUCAGUUUAUGUCAAAGUGGAAUCACUGUUUGUCAUGUUCUCUCAGCAAAUUCAAUGAUGUCAUUAUUUUUCUGACAAGUAUGAACUUGAGACUGAAAUCAGUGCCACAUGUACUAAUACUCUCCUAAAUGAUGGUAUUUAUCAGCUUUUAUUUAGAUUUAUCAUUUUUUGCUUAGAAUUCCAUUUUGCAAUGUGUACCUGAUCUACUAUUCCAGCUUAGAUGUAAUUUGUACAUUUGUAAAAUAAAAAACUACUUAUAAUUGAAAUUCACCCGUUUUAAAAUUUAACAUAGAAAACCAGAAGUAAUGAUAGAAGCCAAUGAAUAUCUCCAAUGCACACCUGUUUUAAAUUAUUAAUUUUAUACCUAUAUAAACAAACACCAAGCACUUUAAAACCACACUUCUGAUGAAACCCCAGGGUGAAACGCGUAAAGUGUGGAUCUAGAACCCAUGUGGAUUGCUUUAUAGAAUAUACUUUUAUUUAUUUAUUUGUUUAUACUACAUAAAGUUAAUCUUUUUAAAUUGUAUUUAUUUUGAAAAUAUUUUUGGAUUAUACCCUGCAUCUUUUCUUGGCUUCCUAUCUACAUAUGUCCCAGGUAGGCAUUAUACCACCAAAGCAUUACAACAGCAGAGCAGGCUCAUGCUCUAUCUCAUGUGAGUAGGUUAUUUAUACCUUUUCUGCACAGUUAUUUUACCGUACUGGCUGCACCAUUGGAUAUUCUCCUGUUUGUCUUUUUAUUCAUGUGAUGUGCUGGAAAGACCUACCACUAAGUCUGCUGACCAUAUAUCCCAAGACAGGGAUUGUACCAUCAACACUUUAUACAGCAGAGCUCUUAGAAGCUCUUGAAAGUGUGAGCGUGCCUUUGACGUAAUAUUACAUCUCACUCUCCUGUUAUUUGAUAUUUUGCACUAUUAUUCUUUUCUUUCUCUGUUUUCUUGAGAAUCUCUAAAACUGUAUAAAUCCGAACAGAAGAUUCUAUCAACAUAUGUAUGUAUAUGUAGCUGUUAUGUGAUUUCACAGAAGGGCUGUUAUCAUUUUAGGCGCGGUUAUCUAUACCUUGUUUGUCUUUUCUUAUUUAUUCACAAGGUUUUGGGGAAUACUUGUAAAGAUUGCCUACUGCCUGUUAAUUUAAGUAUAUAGUGAGCACUAGUGAUGUCCCGAACAGUUCGCCACGGACGGCGAACAUAUGCGCUGUUCGGUCGGCCCCUGUGUCAUCAUUGAGUAAACUUUGACCCUGUACCUCAUAGUCAGCAGACACAUUCCAGCCAAUCAGCAGCACACCCUCCCUCCCAGACCCUCCCACCUCCUGGACAGCAUCCAUUUUACAUUCAUUGUGAAGCUGCAUUCUUAGUGAGCUGUCCAGGAGGUGGUAGGGUCUGGGAGGGAGGGUCUGCUGCUGAUUGGCUGGAAUGUGUCUGCUGACUGUGAGGUACAGGGUAAAAGUUUACUCAAUGAUGACAUAGGGGGCGGACCGAACAGCGCAUAUGUUCGCCGUCUGUGGCGAACCGUUCGGGACAUCACUAGUGAGCACCUUUUCGCUGGUAUUUAGUUUAAAACUGUGUCCAAAAUAUUUGAACCUAUAUAAAAAAUACAAGUGUUGUGGUUGGCAGGUAGAAAAAAUAUAUUAAAUCUAAUUAAAAAAAACAAAACCGAAAAUAGAAAAUGUUAAUGUAUAAAUUGGAAAUAUCACUUUAUUUUGUGGUCCUUGAGUAGGGCUCUUCAAGUCCCAUCACGUGUAAUAGAAAUAAACUUUUAUUUUGUGGCUUCUUCUAAGUCACAAUAGGUAGGCCCAGAAACAUUUCCACACGGCAAGGACUCUAAUAUCUGGGCCAUCAGGCUGUGAGGCUAUGAUAAGAAUGUAUAAUGUGUUUGCAAGUGACUGCGUGGUGAGAUAUGUGCUCAUGACAUUCAUAACAUGAACCAGUUGUCAUUGGUGGCAUCUUUAAUGUCACACCUCACAACUCCCAUAUGAUAAAGGAAACAGUAGGGAUGGCACUCACCAAUGUGUAUUUAUAGUUUGAAUAAUUGACAAUAUGCACAAAUCUUCAAUAUCCUGAAUUUGCAAAUCAUGUCCUGUAUGUUGAGUAUUGGGUAUUUUUCACUGUAAUAAAAACCAGGGAUCUAGCAGUGUUAAGUGAAAGGAUAACAUUAUGUAAGAAUAUUAGCACCAAAAAGCAAGCAUGGGAAGAUUGAAUAACCUUUCAAAGAGUACAGUAUGAAUAUAUGUUAUACAAAUCAAUGGAAGCCACACUCCCAAUAUGAUAGCACUGUAGCUAGGCCAUAUAGCUGCAGCAAACCUCUCUAUUUAUGAAUAUAAUGAAGGAAUUCUGAUACAGAGAGCUGUGUGCCCCAAUAAUUUAAACAAGGAGCAUAAGUAAGUGUUUGUCAUUUUUGGAGUCUACCUAAAAUAAAUGCAGUAUACGCACAUAUAUAUAUAUAUCUCAGGAAUUUACAUUAUAAGGAUGCACCCAAAACCGUGACCCAGGGAGAUUUUGUUAAAACAAUAUUCUUCUAAACAUAUCCAUUAAUCAAUAUAUGUUGGGCGGUGGAUUUUUAAUCAUUGUGCCUAGUUCAUUUAGUUCAGUUUAUUUUAUAAUUUUCCAUAAAAAUAAGUAUUAAUGGAAUCUUAUUUAACUCUGUACCGAACACAAUUUUGACAGGUAAUAUUAAAAUCAUAGAAUUAAGUAAUAUUUUUGUAAUUAUUAUACGAUUAAAAGCUUGAAGGAGCUCAAGUUAUUUAGGAUUUCUCCUGUUAAUUACUAAAUUAGCCCCCUAUAGGUGAAAUCCAAGGCACUAAAAGUGAUUAGAAAGCAUUACAGGGCCCUAUUACCUUGUCACAGAGGGAUAAAAGGUACAUUUUGGCAGAUCUAUCUGUCAGUCACUCUGGUGUGGCACCUUAGGGAUUCCAAGGUGUCUUUUAAGAUCAUGGUGUUGACAUAUUUUAGAAAGUUGCUAUACUUUUUAAAAGAUAUUAAAUAAGCAGAACAUAUUAGACAUUGAAAUGUGAAAUGUUAAACCCAUAUCUUGUUACUUAGUCAGUUGAGUAGACAUUCAGACUUGUGGUCAUUAACUCCCUUUCUAAUGUGUGACUUAUUUAUUAUGUUAUGCAUUCCUGUGUCUACCUUUGCUGAGUUCAGUCAUAUUUCCUGAAAGUAAUUUAUUAUAGUAAUUUAAGAUAUUUAUAAUGAUGGUAACAAUAAACAAUAUUUUCAUUGCAUGAUUAUUUUUUAUUGAAAUAUGUUAUUCAUUUAAAUUUCUGUAACAUGUCACUUCAUUUUCACACAACAAAACAUUUAUUUUAUGAUAUUUAAAUGCUCACACCUUGUAUCUGUGGCGUUGAACUCUAAUGUGCUACUAUAUUGUUUGUUUAUUUUUUUAAGAAUAUAUUAACUUUAGAUUAGAUCACAAGUUCUUAUCACUUCUGAUGGGGAUUAUAUUAUAUAUAUAAUGGAAAUUAUGUUGCUACUGUAAAUUAUUAGUAGUUAUGUUAGUAGUAGGAUCUUACUUUUUCCAGACAUUUAUAUCACCUGAUUUUUUUUCCAGCUGUAUAUCAGAUGAGUAGAACAGAUGUAGCAUCACUGCCUUAAAACUGGGAAAGCCAGGUUUGAAUCUUGGUCUGAUCACCUCACCAAUAAGUGUCCUUGGCCAAGAUGCCCAACUAUACAUAUAUUCGCCUACCUCAAAUUCUCUAGUAAGGACCUUCUUCACCUCUAAAUAUCCCCUUUCAAUAAUUGUUAAACACGGCAGAAUAUGUUGGUGCCAUAUUAUUAUUAUUUUAUUAUUUAUAUAGCGCCAGCAAAAUUCCGUAGCGCUGUACAAUGGGAUUAAUGCUAGUCUUAUCUAUUGUGGGCACGUUUUAGCUUGCUUUCUUCACCCCUAAAUAUCAACCUUCCUAUAAGGCACUAUAUAAAUAAUAAUGAUCUUAUCCUGUGCAAUUUUUAGUUAAAACCUCUAUCAUUAGGGUUUGUGUGCAUUUUGCUUUAUUAGCAGUUAAUUGAAAAUAUUUUUCACAAGAGUAUUGUGUCCUAAAAUGUAUUCUCUCUCCAUUAUAUUUAUUUAUUUUUAGGGUCGAGAACCCAUCAAGUUGAAUGAUCUGAAGUCUGAGGUUUCCCCUCGUAUCUCCGCAGAGGAUCUCAUUGACCUGUGUGAAUUAACAGUUUCCAGUCAUCUCAAAGCAUCUGCCAAGAAGAGCAAGUCUAGCAAACCCAAGCUGCUUGUGGUGGACAUUCGAAACAGCGAGGAGUAUCCUUUUUAUAGACCUCAAAUACGUAUGUAUCGCAAUACUCCUAUAUGCACUCAUCACAUCUAA